AUGGUGUCCCAUUCCAGAAGAACCAUAAGGAGGGACGACUGCCAUUGUCUACUGGUACAGGCAAGUAGGCGACUUUAAGUCCAGGUGAGUAAACCAGUCUCCUUCUUGCCGGAGGUGCCGCAAUAGAUGGAUACCUUGGUAUGUAAAAAUGUUUAACCAGGAAAGACACAUUCAGAUAUUUCUGCUUUCUAAGAAACGAACAACCCAAAGGGAAACUACUGAACGCUGAUGAUGUGCGUUCGGGAGUAGAACAGUCCAAAGGGUCGACCAAGAAGGAAUACAAACCACCAAAUGUGCAUUGGUUUGAAUACGCGUUCAGUAGUUUGAAAAACGAAAAGCAGGCGUAGGCGACACAUGAACCCGUGCGAAUGCCUGAUAGAAAAUACAAACCGCUGAGUGCACAUAGAUAUACGCGUUUGGUAGAUUGAAAAUGAGAGAAUAGGCGAAUGCGGGCAUACUUUUAAAGCGUGCAAACGCAGAAGCCCUGAGGAGAGCGUGUGGCGGUGGGAGAGCGCCUGUGGAGUGGUGAGCGUAGCCACAAGAACACUUUAUAAGAGGGGCUCACCCUCUAAUAACAAAAUUAUCAAUAUCAGUAUUGGCCUGAGUUUAUAAGAGGGGCUAACUCUCUAAUAAUGAAAUCAGUAUCAUGCACUGACAUAAACUGUAAGAUAAACCAGAACUGACAGGAAGCAGUAUAAAUAUCAAUAUUGGGCUGAGUUUAUGAGAGGGGCUAAUCCUCUAAUAAUCAGUAUUGUGUACUGACAAACUGUAAAAUAAACAAAGAACUGACAGGAACCAGUAUAAAUAUCAAUAUUAGGCUUAGUUUAUGAGAGGGUCUCACCCUUUAAUAAUGAGAUCAGUAUCAUGUACUAACAUAAACUGUAAGAUAAACAAAAACUGACCGGAAAUAAAGUAGGUACACAGACAUCCUAAGUCUAUACCCUACAAAACAAAACCAGCAUUCCCACUAUCAGAUAACGAAUACAUACAUACAUAAACCCUACAUAAAUACAAAUACAGUAAGAAAAGAAAGAAAUCAAUCAAGUAAGUAAGUAAAAUUAAGUAAAUAUAACAAGAAAAGCCAACAAAGUGUAGAUACAAUAUUCUGACCUGAGUUGUAAUGGAGCAGCAAUGAAAGAGGAAAUGACUCAGUGGAAGGCAUAUCUUAUACUCUCUGCCUGUCUCUGAUUGGUUCCUUUUUUUCUCUAUAUGUCUUUGCUGCUAUGGAGUAGUAAAGAAAGAUUAUGCAAAAUAUGAAGCCUCCUGUCAUGUGAUAAAAUUAUAUGUAACUUACUUUAGAAGUUUUUAUCUCCUGCUCUGUAAAUUUAAAUUUAAUCACACAAAGGAGUCUCAUGCAGGCUCUAGAAGGCUAUUAACAAAGCAGGGGAUAAGAAAUCCUAACGUAAGCAGGAACAAAGGAAGUAUAAAUAUCAGAUCUCUCUUUCCCUGACAUGUUUAGGCAGGCUGUGCAAGUCACAUGCAGAGACAAAGUGAGCCCCCAGAUUACAGAGAAUUUAUCAGUUAGACAUGAUCUAUACACCAGACCACUCCAUUAAGCAAAACUUGUUUUGUUGCUUAUAGUGUUCCUAUAACCCCUUAGUGACUAAGGACGUAUCAAGUACGUCCGACAAAAACUGGCCAUUAAUAACCUUGGACGUACCUGAUACGUCCGCGGCACAUUUGAGCACUGGAAGCGAUCAUGAUCUCUUCCAGCCACUCUAAGGGUAUUGCAGCAAUGCCUCGAUAUCCUGCAAUACCCUCAUCACUGCUGGGCCGCCAGGUGAUCGCUCCCCUGGAGCGAUCACUUCCGGGUUCCCCCACGUGCCACCCGGCAGUGAGGCAGAGCAUCGGAAGCCAUCAGGCAGGCUUUCGAUGCUCUGCAUGUGUGCUGAGAGGCACUCAGUGAAGAAUAAAAUAAAUAAUAAAAAAAAAUAUUAACCCCCCUCCACCCUCCCUCCAUUCCCAUCCACUUACCCAAUCACUGCCGUUCCCCCACUGGCGAUCAGUCUUCUUCUCCACUGGGGGGGACUGUCUGACAGCCCAGACAGUCCCCUCUCUGCAAAAUAGGACCCCAAGGGCCAUGUGAUCGCCCUGAAAGAGCGGUCACAUGGCCGCAAUAGGCGUCCAUAGUGUUGCCUGCAGGAGACUGCCUGAACUGACAUAAAAAUGUUUUACAAAAAAAGUUUUAAAAUAAAAAAAAUUAAGUUAAUUAAAACAAAUAUAUAUAUAUAUAUAUAUAUAUAUAUAGGAAAAUGUAUUCAUACCAUAAUUUUCUUUUCCUGGUCAUAGGCCAUGGCAGCACAACAAUGGGUAGCUCCUCCCCAUCCCUAGUUAGACAGGAACUAAUUAAAACAAGGGUAUAAGAAGGAAUACAAACCACUGAACAUGCAUUGGUUUGAAUACGCGUUCAGUAGUUUGAAAAACGAAAAGCAGGCGUAGGCGACACAUGAACUGUGCGAAUGCCUGAUAGAAAAUACAAACCGCUGAGUGCACAUAGAUAUAUGCGUUUGGUAGAUUGAAAAUGAGAGAAUAGGCGAAUGCGGGCAUACUUUUAAAGCAAACGCAGAAGCCCUGAGGAGAGCGUGUGGCGGUGGGAGAGCGCCUGUGGAGUGGUGAGCGUACCCUCAGUCUUGUAUUCCAGCAAAAUCCUUGGACGGGAUCUUUGUGCUGCCAUGGCCUAUGACCAGGAAAAGAAAAUAACGGUAAGUAUGAAUAAAUUUUCCUCUUUCCUGGCCAUGUCCAUGGCAGCACAAUAAUGGGUAAUACCCAAGCAAAACGAAGGGAGGGAAAAAAAAUACACGGACUCAAAAUAUUUCGUAAUGCAAGUGUAUUAGCACAUCUAUAAGUGAAAUCAUACAAAAGAAAGACAUUAUUUGGAUGCUGAAAGGACACUUUUACCAAACUUGUCCCAUUGACCCGCUCUGACAUCUAGUUGAUAAUGUCAAAUAAAGGUGUUCACCAAAGACCAUGUAGCUGCUCUGGAGAUAUUCUCGCUGCGGCUGCCCUAGAGGAGGAAAGGGACCUGGUCGAGUGAGCCUUUAGACUGCUAGGUACUGGAACCCCACUGGCCCCGUAAGCCUGAAUGGUAGCGGAGACAAUCCAUCUGCUCACGGCCUCUUUAGAAGCUUGGCGACCUUUCCUAGCCCCAUUCGGGAUGAUGAAUAGCUGAUCCGACGAAUGCCAGCCAAGAGAUCUGUCAAUAUAGAUUCUUAAACAUCUUACCAAAUCUAGCAGAGAAGAACCUCCUUCUUGCAUCAGGGCUGGAAGCACUAUGUCUUCAUUCACAUGAAAGGCCGUGUUUACCUUAGGGCAAAAUUCGGGAAUGGUUCUUAGAAUCACCCUGUCUCUGUGAAACACCGUGAAAGGCUCCUUGACUGAUAAGGCACUGAGCUCCUAAACCCUUCUCCCUGAUGCUAACGCCACCAGUAAAACGGCCUUGAUGGUAAGGAGAUGAGGAGAGAUGGACUCCAAGGGUUCGAAGGGAGCUGACUUCAUAGCUUGCAAUACCCGUGGUAGAUACCAUAGGGGAGCAAAUGGCUUGAUCGGAGGUUUAAUCUUGAGGACUGCAGCAAGAAACCUGGAUACAUCUGGAUUAAAGGCCCAUUUACAUAGAAACAUAGAAUGUGACGGCAGAUAAGAACCAUUCGGCCCAUCUAGUCUGCCCAAUUUUCUAAAUACUUUCAUUAGUCCCUGGCCUUAUCUUAUAGUUAGGAUAGCCUUAUGCCUAUCCCAUGCAUGCUUAAACUCCUUUACUGUGUUAAGCUCUACCACUUCACCUGGAAGGCUAUUCCAUGCAUCCACUACCCUCUCGGUAAAAUACUUCCUGAUAUUAUUUUUAAACCUUUGACCCUCUAAUUUUAUGUCCUCUUGUUGUGGUAGCUUUUCUUCUUUUAAAUAUAGUCUCCUCCUUUACUGUGUUGAUUCCCUUUAUGUAUUUAAAUGUUUCUAUCAUAUCCCCCCGUCUCAUCUUUCCUCCAAGCUAUACAUGUUAAGAUCCAUUAACCUUUCCUGGUAAGUUUUAUCCCGCAAUCCAUGAACCAGUUUAGUAGCCCUUCUCUGAACCCUCUCUAAGGUAUCAAUACCCUUCUGAAGAUACGGUCUCCGGUACUGUGUACAAUACUCCAAGUGAGGUCUCACCAGUGUUCUGUACAAUGGCAUGAGGACUUCCCUCUUCCUACUGCUAAUACCUCUCCCUAUACAACCAAGCAUUCUGCUAGCAUUUCCUGCUGCUCUAUUACAUUGUCUGCCUACCUUUAAGUCAUCAGAAAUAAUCACCCCUAAAUCCCUUUCCUCAUAUGUUGAGGUUAGGACUCUAUCAAAUAUUCUGUACUCUGCCCUUGGGUUUUUACGUCCAAGAUGCAUUAUCUUGCACUUAUCCACAUUAAAUGUCAGUUGCCACAAUUCUGACCAUUUUUCUAGUUUACCUAAAUCAUUUGCCAUUUGGCUUAUCCCUCCUGGAACAUCAACCCUGUUACAUAACUUAGUAUCAUCAGCAAAAAGACAUACCUUACCAUCAAGACCUUCUGCAAUAUCACUAAUAAAAAUAUUAAAGAGAAUGGGUCCAAGUACAGAUCCCUGAGGUACCCCACUGGUGACAAGUCCAAGCUUCGAAUAUAUUCCAUUAACUACAACCCUCUGUUGCCUGUCACUCAGCCACUGCCUUACCCAUUCAGCAAUAUUGGAAUCCAAACUUAAAGAUUUCAGUUUAUUCAUAAGCCUUCUAUGUGCAACAGUGUCAAAAGCCUUACUGAAAUCUAGGUAAGCAAUGUCUACUGCACCACCCUGAUCUAUAAUUUUAGUUACCCAAUCAAAAAAAUCAAUAAGAUUAGUUUGGCAUGAUCUCCCUGAAGUAAACCCAUGUUGUCUCUGAUCUUGAAAUCCAUGUGUUUUUAGAUGUUCAUCAAUCCUAUCCUUUAACAUGGUUUCCAUCACUUUCCCCACUACUGAAGUAAGGCUUACUGGCCUAUAGUUGCCCAACUCCUCCCUAUUACCUUUCUUGUAAAUGGGCACAACAUUCGCUAACUUCCAAUCUUCUGGGACUACUCCUGUUAACAAUGAUUGGUUAAAUAAAUCUGUUAAUGGUUUUGCUAGUACACCACUAAGCUCUUUUAAUAGCUUUGGGUGUAUUCAAUCAGGUCCCAUUGACUUAUUUGUCUUUACUUUUGACAGUUGAAAUAGAACCUCUUCCUCUGUAAACUAACGUGUAAUAAAUGACUCAUUUAUCCUUUUUCUCAACUGAUGUCCCUUUCCUUCAUUUUCAUCUGUAAAUACAGAACAAAAAUAUUCAUUGAGGCAGUCAGCUAGACCUUUAUCCUCUUCUACAUACCUUCCUUCUUUUGUUUUUAAUCUAACUAAUCCUUGUUUUACUUUUCUUUUCUCAUUUAUGUAUCUAAAAAAAGUUCCCCCCCUUUUUUACUGACUGUGCUAUUUUCUCUUCUGUGUGUUAUUUGGAAGCUCUUAUAACUUGCUUAGCCUCUUUCUGCCUAAUCUUAUAGAUCAUUUUGUCUUCCUCGCUCUGGGUUUUUUUAUAAUUACUAAAUACUAACAUUUUGUUUUUAACUAUUUUGGCCACAUCUGCAGAGUACCACAGUGGUUUCUAGAAUUUUUUGCUUUUACUGACAAGCCUAAAGCAAUUUUCUGUUGCCUUCAAUAGUGCAACUUUUAAAUAAUCCCAUUUCUCUUGGACUCCAUUUAAAUUGCUCCAGUCUGAUAAUGACUCCUCUACACUUAUUCUAAUGUUAGAAAAGUCUGUUUUUCUAAAGUCUAAAACUUUUGUUUUUGUGUGGUGUGACUCAGUCACUGUUCUUAUAUUAAACCACACUGACUGAUGAUCACUGGAUCCUAAACUUUCACCUACAGUAAUAUUUGAUACCAAAUCUCCAUUUGUUUACACUAAAUCUAGUAUGACCUCUUUACGAGUUGGCUCCUCAACAACUUGUCUUAGAGACAAUCCCAGUAGGGAGUUUAGAAUAUGUGUGCUCCUGGCACAAGUAGCUAAUUUUGUUUUCCAAUUUACAUCAGGAAGAUUAAAGUCACCCAUGAUGAUAACUUCCCCUUCAUUGUCAUUUUAGCUAUUUCCUCAACUAGUAGAUUAUCUAACUCUUCAAUUUGUCCUGGGGGCCUAUAAAUCACACCUACACGAGUUACUGUGUGAUUACCAAAUUCUAACGUAACCCAAACAGACUCUAUGUUUGCCUCACUAACUUUUAUUAGGUUAGAUUUUAUGCUAUCCUUCACAUACAAGGCCAUCCCUCCCCCUUUCUUGCCUUCCCUAUCUUUCCUGUAUAAAGAGUACCCUGGUAUUGCUAUGUCCCAGUCAUUUUUCUCAUUAUACCAUGUCUCUGUAACAGCAACUAAAUCUACACUAUCAGUUGCCAUUAUUGCCCCAAGUUCAUGGAUCUUAUUCCCUAAACUGCGAGCAUUUGUAGACAUGACUCUAAGCUUAUCAUUUUUUAACACACUUGCUACAGUCACCUUCUGUCCUUGUUUUGGGGGACAAUUGGAUUGAUGUUUUAUCACCCUUUUGCCCCCCCCUCCUAGUUUAAAUACAUCCUAGCAAAACCUCUGAACUGCUCACUGAGAACAUUUGUUCCCUUUUGAGAAAGAUGCAAACCAUCUUUUUUGUACAGCUCAUCUCCAUUCCAAACAGCUACCAUGAGAAAUAAAGCCAAAUCUUUGCUCCUGACACCAUUCACCAAGCCACAAAUUAAAGUCCCUAAUACGCAUCCGCCUGUCGUUCUGAGUGUUAUGCACAGGAAGAACUUCAGGGAAUGACAGUGUGGAAGCAACCUGCCGUAUAUCAUUGGCAAAAACACUAAAAACUUCCUUAACCUCUGAAACCUCAUUGCAAGCCAAGUCAUUUGUCCCUAGAUGGACAAGUACAUCCAAUUCCCCUUCCUGCUUUGCUUGCUUAACAAUAUUACAGAUACGUCUCCUGUCUCUGUGAGUAGUAGCUCCGGGAAGACACCUCACAAGACCCCCAUUGUCUAUCUCCACACCUCUUAUGAUGGAAUCCCCCAACAAUUGCUUUCUAUUAGGCCUCACCAUAGUCUCCAAGCCGGUCUUCACAACACCACUAGCCUCAGUGCCCCUCUCCACAACACCACUAGCCUCAGUGCCCCUCUCCACAGCACCACUAGCUUCAGUACCCCUCUCCACAACACCACUAGCCUCAGUGCCUCUCUCCACAACACCAUUACGCUCUGAAAGAGCAGAAAAUGAAUUAUGUAGAGCAACAGACCGUGCUAUAUGCCUUUUAUCCACAACUCUAAGUCUACCAGAUCCUACAGUAAUCCAUCUGCCAUUCCUAGUAUGUCUCUGCGGCAGUGGCUUUGCAGCAGUUCCAGUCUGAGUUUGUUCACCAGAUAAUUUACAUAUCUCAGACUUCAAAAAUACAAUCUCCUGCAGCAAGAUAGAGAACUGUCUACAGAUUAGACAACAACCAAACCUCCAAAAAGUGGAACAUGAAACAAAUGCAUAGCAACUAUUACACUGAACUAAGUCUGCCAUUCCAAUGAGGAGAAUAAUUUAAAUCAAAUUAAUCUUAACUUUUUAUCUAUCCUCCUGAAUACCUCAGAUUACCUCCAGUUUCUCUCCAGAAUAUCUCCAACCACACACUUAGAAGCAACACUUAGAUGAAGCAACCAAGCUAUAUUAGCCAAGCUAAAGACAACAACCCUUAUAUAACUCCUAAAAUCACCACCCACUAGGAAUGUUUAACACCUGGGUAGGCCUCUGCUUAUUUGCAAACAAUAGCUAAUUUAAACAGCAAUCAAUAGCAAGUUGCCAACUAAUCAAAUCAAAUGCCUUAUAAUUACCAACAGGAAUUCAAACCUUGUGCAAUCAGUAACCUUUUCCUACAGAUGAAUCUUACCUGUAACAGUAGAAAAGAAAGCUCUUAGCACAACCCCUGUUAGACAGUUGAAGCUUCUGUAAAACUCUCCAGAAUAUCUCCAACCACACACUUAGAAGCAAAACUUAGAUGAAGCAACCAAGCUAUAUAUUUGUGGUCAGUGAGAGCUGAAAGAGCGGAGACAUGUACCUUUAAGGUGUUGUAGCUCAAACCCUUAUCCAGACCGGUUUGUAGACACUCCAAGAUGUCUUUAAUAGCAGGAUGCUGUAUGUUAAUCUGCUUAGGAGAGGCCCAGGAAGAAAAUGCGUCCUAAAUUCUAUAGUAGGUAGAGGAAGUGGAACGCUUCCGAGCCUGUAACAAGGUAUCUGUGACUGCAGCCGAGAAACCCUUCUCUAGAAGCCUUUCCCUUUCAACCUCCAGGCCUUCAGGUUGAGUGAUACUGGGUCUGUGUGUAGGAUAGGACCCUGGUGCAGAAGAGAAGGAACUGCUGGAAGGUCCCACGGAGGUUCCGGACAGAGGCUCAGAAGAAGAGGAAACCAAGGCCGGCAAGGCCAGUAUGAGGCAAUCAGGAUCAUAAAUACUGGUUCCUGCCAAAUCCUUCUUAGUAGAGGAAAUAUGAGGGGAGUGGAAGGAGAUGCAUACCCGCAAGGUUCUUCUGUACCCAAGACAUCAGGGGAAUCAACCUUACCAUACUGCGUCUUCGGGUACCUCCUUGAUGAUUGAUCUGUGCUACUACUGUAGCAUUGUCCGUUCUCACCUUCACUCACUUGUGCUGUAGUGAACGCUGAAAGUGCUUUAGUGCUCUGAAAACUGCCAGACGUUCCAGAAGGUUUGAGUGGGUCUUGUGUGCAGGAAACUCCCACUUCCCCUGGGUGACCUCAUUCUGCAGGUAGGCUCCCCAACCCCAGUGAACGGCAUCUGUUGUUAUAGUUAUCCAGGCAAUGUUCCCCAGGGGGAACCCUGAGAACAAAGCCUUCUUGUUCAUCUACGAUGUCAGACUUAGAUGGACCGGGGUGGGAAUCCUGAUGGGCUGGAGUAGAUUCUUCCCUCUGUAUUGGGAAAGGAAAUUCCUCUGGAGUGUUCUCAUUCUCCAUUGCGCCCAUCUUGUCAAGCCUAUGGUUGAUGACAUGGAUCCUAGUAGGCUCAAGACUUUCUCUGCCGUGGCGACCUGGACUUGUCGUAUAUCCUUUACCUUUCUGAUGAGCUUUACUUCUCUUUCUCUUGAGAGCUGAACUGUCCCCAGUGCAGUGUUGAACAGGGCUCCUGGAUAAAGCAUGGACUGUGAAGGAAUAAGGUGACUCUUUUUCCAAUUUAUCUUCCAUCCGUGUUCCUGCAGGAACUGAAUGCAGAUUGAGAGUGUACCUGUCCUCUGAUAGCACCAGGAUGUCGUCCAGAUAAUGAAAAAUGGCAAUGCCCCUCUUUCUUAAUUCUGCGAUCAGGACCACCAGGAUCUUUGAGAAAGUGCGAGGAGCUGUACUGAAGCCAAAGGUAAGGGCUCGGAACUGGAAAUGCCCUCCUUCUACUGCGACUCUCAGAUAUCUUUGAUGCAGUUGAGCGAUCGGAACAUGGAAGCAGGCAUCUUGCAGAUCUACAGACAUUAGCCAUUGCCCUGGGAAGACUGCUUUGAUGGACUGAAACGACUCCAUUUUGAAUCUUCUUACGUUCAAUCGCUUGUUGAGUGUGAAGAUCUAGAAUAGGUCUCCAUGCUCCUGAGGACUUUCUUGUGAUGAAUAGGUGAGAAUAAAACCCGUGUGUUCUUUCCUCCUUUGGAACUUCCAUAAUGACGCCUUCCUGCUGCAGGGAAGAAAUAAACUCCAGAAGAGCCAAUCUCUUGUCUCUGUCUCCCGGCCAUCUUGUAAGUUAAAAACUGUGACAAGGUGGGGUAUCUCUGAAUUCUAAAAGAUAUCCUCUUUUGAUGAUGUCCAGCACCCACUUGUCUUUGGUAGAAGACUCCCAUCUCUUUCGGAAUAGGAGGAGGCGUGCUCCUACCCCUCCAGGCUGGGAGAUCAACCCGUCAUAAAGCUCUCGUAUUCCUGCUGAAUGCAGAGCCUCUCGAUCUUCCUCCCCUGACUGAAGACUGCCCCCCUCUCCAAGGCUGGGAUCUUCUGUAUUCUCUACCCAGUCUGUAGGAUUUGAAGUCCCGAAAGGAAGAUUGAUCUGAAGGUCUUUUGGGCCGAAAGGAUCUCUUAGGUCUACGAUCUUGGGGUAGAAAAGCAUUCUUGCCAUCUGCCACUUUCUUAAUGCAAUCAUCCAGGUUCUUACCAAAGAGCAUAUCUCCAUAGAACGGUAAAGAGCAGAGGCUGUUCUUAGAUGAAGCAUCUGCUGACCAGGAUCUAAGCCACAAAGCCCGUCUAGCCGAGAUGGAAAAUGCCAUGUUCCUGGCCACUGCUUUGACCAUAUUUCAGUAGUGAAAUCUAUGGCCAGUUUAAUGUCUUGUAGACUACCCAUGAGGUUGGAUCUGCUUAUGCCCUCUUUGAUAUCCUGCCCCAGGCCUUCUAGCUAGAUCUUCAAAGCUCUGGAGACUGAGGUAAGGGCUACCGCGGGGUGGAGGCCUGUGCCUGCUGCCACAUAGGCCCUGGACAGGUUGGAGUCCAUCUUCUAAUCCAUGGAGACUCUUAGAGAUUCUGCAUUAUCCACUGGCAAUGUCGUGCGCUUGGCCAGUCUUACCACCGCUGCAUCCACUUUAGGGGCUGACUCCCAGUGGCCUGCGUCCUUUUUGUUAAAAGGAUAGAGGCGAGAAAUUCUCCCUUGAUUGGGAAGCUUCCUCUCUGUCUUGAAGUAGUCGGGAGGAUCUGGAAAUCUAGGCCUUUUGUGGGCUCUGCUCGCCUCUUUAAUGCCUUGGGAUACAGCAUUCUGAAUAAUUUGCAUAAAAUCCGGGGUGGAUGAUGCGGGACAUCCUGCGGCCUGUAGGCAAUCUGAGCAUAGGCGCUUCCCCUCCAGGGCCCUCUUGGCACAUGCUUUGCAUAGGGACCUUGCGGGAGACUUCCCUUUUGAUGUUCCAGCUGUCUUUUUCCCUUUAGUACUACUAUAAUAAGGGAAAAAUAUUAGCCCUCACUCUUUUGUUUAGAAGAAAAAUUGGCAAAACUAGACCAUAGAAGAAAAAAUGAUAUAGGAAAUGGCUUACCCCUGAGAUUUAGAUAGUGACCGUUUACUUUGAACUGAUGAGUCUGAGUUAAGCCCAUAAAAUAAGGCUUAAAAAUGAGGUUCAAAAAACAUCAACUGACUAAAAAACAAAAAACAGACAAACUGUGCCUUUAAAAGACUUACCUUCAGUCUGCAACACAAAACUGGGUGAAGACCUCACUGUACUGCCUUAAGUUAGCAAGGGAGUGUGUUGAAAAGUUAAAUUUCAGUAUUGGCGCUUUAAAAAGGGCGCCCAAACUUACUGAAUGACGUCAUCAGAACCUCGGACAUACCGCGCAUACACAACCGGUAAUUCCACGCAUGCGCGAAAUCGGCAUGGCGCAAACCGGACGCCAAGCCAGCAAGGAGACCCAUGGUCUCCCAACCUCUGCAGACCGCCAGAAAUACAGCGAAAAUGCCGCGAAUAGGGACAGGGGGAACCCUAGAUCACCAGGGAAACCCUGCACUCCCCCAGAAGGCAGAAAUAAAUACUAGGCAGAGAACUGCCGAAUCAAAGAGGAGGAAUGCCUCCAAAUCCGAGAGAAGGCAGAUAACCAGGAAAUUGAAGGUAGAAGGGGGUAUAUCCAUACUGUUUAUGCCUUGCCCAUACCUUCUACCCCUAGGGUCACUGCAAUAAUGUCACAUAUUCAUCCGCUUAUAGAAAUGUGGUUAAUGACAUUUACUGUCCACACAGGAAAAGUUGUGCCGAGCAGCAACCUAAUCCACAGAAGGGUUAAUGCUGAGCAGUAAUUGUGCAAAUGAAACCUGGUGUCAUGUAUUCAUCCACUUAGAGAAAAGUGAUUAAUGACAUUUACUGUCCACACAGGAAAAGUUGUGCCGAGCAGCAACCUAAUCCACAGAAGGGUUAAUGCUGAGCAGCAAUUAUGCAAAUGAAACCUGGUAACUGACUUUGGGGUCAAAGGCCGGUUACAGCCUAUCAGAACUAAAGGAGGGGUAUUUAGGCCCAGUUCUCAGCCUGCUCAGUGCCCUGUCGUGGUUUCCCUUGUGGUUGUCCGAGAGCGCGUUCCUGUUUAUAGUUUUCUACCUGGUUUUUGACUUUGGCUUUGUUUAUUGACUUCUCUAUAUUCUGGUAUCCUGACUCCUGGCUUUCCUCAUCGCUGUGUCCCUUUCUGUGUUCCCUGACCUCGGCUAGUAUUUUUGACUAUUCUUUGUACGUUAAAUCCGGCCAUUCUAAGGACCGGUAAUACGUUACUUAUUUGUCAUCCGUGCUGUACAGUUCUACGUGCUGGAUCAAACAGUAAUCCUGACAUUACGACAUGGCCAUAGAUCCUGUAGAACUGUGUCAGCACAUAGCUGCUUGCGAGAGGAAAUUAGAGGAGAAUGAUCACCGCAUGGAUCAAUUCACUCAGGCUUUAAGUACGCUUCUCGCUAGAACGGAGCAUCUGCAGCCUGCAGCAUCUCCUCCUAUAGCACCUCUACCCUGUGUACCUCCACCCACUGUUAAUAGGACUCCUUGCAUCUCCUUAUCACCAUCCCUACAGUUUGAUGGCAAUAUCCAGGAAUGCAGGGGUUUUCUUAAUCAGGUGGAGUACCAUUUUGAGGCCUCACCAGGGUCAUUCCCCACGGACAGAGCAAGAAUUGGUUAUCUAAUGAAUCAAUUAAAGGGCAAGGCCCUUGCCUGGGCUAAUCCGUUGUGGGAGAGUAAUCGGAGCAUAGCUCAUAAUUACCAGGAAUUCCUUGCCGAAUUCAAGCUCACGUUUGAGCCAUUGGGUAGAGAGGAUGACGCCUCCACUGCCCUAAUGCACAUCAGACAAGGUAACCGGUCUAUCUCGGAUUAUGCUAUUGAAUUCCGUACCUUAGCUUCCGAGGUAGACUGGACUAACAAUGGGUUAAUCUCAGCAUUCAAAAAGGGUCUCUCAGAGACUAUACUAGAUGAGAUAGCCGCUAAAGAAUUACCUAAGAGUCUUAACGAAUUUAUUACGUUUGUCAUGCAUAUUGAUAAUAGGUUAAGACUCAGAGAAGUCACCAGAAGCAAGACCAGACGUACGGCUAUGUCCCUAGCACCUCAAUUCUCUAAACCUGUUUUGUCUAACCUCCCUGUACAGUCCGAACCCGAACCUAUGCAGUUGGGGGUCACUAGACUGUCAGAGGCCGAAAAACAGUAUAGGAGAAGGGAGGGGUUAUGCCUAUAUUGCGGUAGAAAGGGACAUAUGAUAACUAAUUGUCCAGUGCGUCCGGAAAACUUCCGCACCUAAGAACCUUAAGGGGACAGAUCUUAGGUGUGAUGGAGUUGUUGUCCUCUAACAAAAACAAAAGUAGAUUCCUCCUUGAGGUAUGAUAACUUUCCCUUGAUAACAAGAAGUUUUCUUGCAGUGCCCUAAUGGACUCAGGUGCUGCUGGAAAUGUUAUUGAUGUCCAGUUUAUUAGGGGUAAUGAGAUACCAGUCAGGGAGAGACCUACGCCGCUAGCUGUAGAGGCUAUUGAUGGUAGACCACUCACACAACCGCUUAUAACCCACGAAACUGUCCCUAUUACGAUCUCCAUUGGGGCCUCCCAUAGGGAGGAGAUGACGUUUCAGGUUAUUACUUCUCCAUCAUGUCCUAUCAUAUUAGGGUUUCCGUGGCUGAGUAAGCACAAUCCCUAUAUUGACUGGGCUAAUGGGGAGAUAUUAGAAUGGGGUAAAGAGUGUAUGGGGAGAUGUAUAAAACUAGUACUAAAGAGAUUGGAUACUAUUGACCUUCCCACUACCACUCCCCAAACUCCUGGAGUUCCCAUACAAUACCGAGAACUUCAGGAGGUGUUUAACAAGGCUCAAUCCGAUGUAUUGCCUCCCCACAGAGCAUAUGACUGUGCCAUUAACCUGUUUCCAGGCGCUAUGCCACCUAAGGGGGCAGUUUAUGCCUUAUCUCCACAGGAGAGUAAAAUAAUGGAGGAAUACAUCAAAGAAUCCUUGAGCAAAGGGCACAUAAGAAAGUCAUCCUCACCAGCUGGUGCAGGAUUCUUUUUUGUUGAGAAAAAGGGUGGUGAGUUACGCCCUUGCAUAGACUACAGGGCACUUAAUAAAAUCACUGUAAAAAAUGCAUACCCUAUUCCACUCAUUUCCGAAUUGUUCGAUAGACUUCAGGGAGCUAAAGUAUUUACUAAGCUUGACCUUAGGAGCGCUUACAAUUUGGUUAGAAUUAAAGAGAAUCAUGAGUGGAAGACGGCAUUUAAUACCCGUAGUGGACACUAUGAAUAUCUGGUAAUGCCAUUUGGGUUAUGCAACGCCCCGGCCGUAUUCCAAGACUUUAUAAAUGAUGUACUCAGGGAAUUCAUUUACUCAUUUGUCUUGGUUUAUUUGGACGAUAUUUUGGUGUAUUCCCCUGAUCUUCAAACUCACCACUCCCAUGUGAAACAGGUUCUGCAGACAUUGUUGAAAAAUAAACUUUAUUGUAAAUUAGAAAAGUGCAUAUUUGACCAGCCUGAAGUCCACUUUUUGGGUUACAACAUCUCUGCAUCGGGAUUUCAAAUGGAUCCUAAAAAACUAGAGGCUGUACUACACUGGCCAUUACCCUCUGGUUUAAAAGCCAUUCAAAGGUUUAUUGGUUUUGCCAACUAUUACAGAAGAUUCAUCAAGGGAUUUUCUUCUGUAAUAGCCCCAAUCACAAAUAUGACUCGCAAAGGGGUUAGUAGCACGGUAUGGUCCAAAGAGGCUGUGAAUGCUUUUGAGACUCUUAAACAAAGAUUUGCCUCUGCGGACAUACUAAAACAUCCUGACACCAGUAAACCUUUUAUAUUGGAGGUUGAUGCAUCCGAGACAGGGGUAGGGGCUGUUCUCUCUCAGAGAGAAAGCCAGGGAACACCAUUGUAUCCUUGUGGCUACUUCUCCAGAAAGAUGUCUCCUGCUGAGCGCAACUAUGAUAUUGGCAAUAGAGAACUGUUGGCCAUUAUUCUUGCCCUCAAGGAGUGGCGACAUCUUUUGGAGGGUUCCAAGGACCCCCUGUUGAUCAUAACCGACCACAAAAAUCUGGCAUAUAUAGGGGAUGCCAAACGUUUGUCUUCCAGACAGGCUAGAUGGUCACUGUUCCUUUCACGUUUUAACUUUCUCAUUACUUAUAGACCUGGUUCUAAAAAUACCAAGGCUGAUGCCUUGUCCAGGCAAUUUGAUAAUGAGUCAGCUCCGGAACAGAUGACAUCUCCUAUUAUUCCAGCAGAGUGUAUUAUUGCUACUACUGUCCUCUCACUGUCUUCUCCACUGCUUGGCACCAUACUGGAGGCCCAGCCUCAGGCGCCCAGUGGUAAACCGUGUGAUAAACUGUUCGUUCCCCUAUGUGAAAGGGUUAAUAUCAUGAAAGUGUUCCAUGACAAUAUAACUGCUGGACACCCGGGCAUCAAUAAGUCCACUGCCGCGAUCACUAGAUCAUUUUGGUGGGAUUCACUCAGGAAAGAUGUAAAGGAGUAUGUGCAGGCAUGUUCUGUGUGUGCAGUUUCUAAGGUGACUCAUGCACUUCCUUGUGGCCUGUUGCAGCCUCUUCCUGUUCCUGAGAUUCCAUGGUCCCACCUAUCCAUGGACUUUAUUGUUGAGCUUCCUAGCUCUGCUGGGUUCACUACUAUUCUCAUGGUUGUAGACCGAUUUUCUAAGAUGGCUCACUUCAUUCCUCUCAAGAAGUUGCCAUCUUCGCAAGAUUUGGUCCUAAUUUUCAUACGUGAAAUUGUCCGUUUGCAUGGCAUCCCCCACAAUAUUGUGUCUGAUAGGGGCUCUCAGUUUGUGUCCAGGUUCUGGAGGGCGUUCAGUAAACAAUUGGGGAUUGAUCUCUCCUUCUCCUCCUCCUACCAUCCACAGACCAAUGGUACAGCUGAGAGGGCUAACCAGUCAUUAGAAGUUUAUUUGCGUUGUUUUAUUAAUAGCACACAAGACAAUUGGUCCAAACUACUCCCGUGGGCCGAGUUCGCUAGAAACAAUGCUGUUCAUGACUCCUCUGGGCACAGUCCAUUUUUUGUCAAUAAUGGUAGGCAUCCUACGGUUCUCCCUGCGGUAUUUUCUGAUACUGCCAUUCCUGCUCUGGAUGAGCGUCUGGCCUCCAUUUGGGAUACCUGGGUUAAGGUUCAAACUGCUCUAGGGGCUGCUGCUGAACGCUUCAAACAUUUUGCUGAUAAGCGUAGGAGUGCCAACCCGGUGUACCAAGUGGGGGACCGGGUUUGGUUGUCAUCUCGCAACAUCAAGCUUAAGGUCCCUAGCAUGAAGUUUGCCCCCAGAUUCCUUGGUCCCUAUAGAGUGCUUCGUAGGAUCAAUCCAGUGUCUUACUCUCUGGCUCUUCCUGCAUCUUUAGGGAUUCCCAACACUUUUCAUGUGUCCUUACUCAAACCUCUUGUCUGCAAUAGAUAUACUGUUCCUUGUGUUCCUCCCCCUCCGGUGGUGGUGGGUGGUCAGGAAGAGUAUGAGGUAUCUUCUAUCGUGGAUUCUAGGUUUUCUCGGGGCACUUUACAGUACUUGGUUGUUUGGAAAGGUUACGGUCCUGCUGAUCGUUCUUGGGUUUCGGCUCCUGACCUGCAUGCGGGCCGUAAGAUCCGCGCUUUUCACGCUAAAUUUCCUCUCAAGCCUGGUCCUGUCCGCCCGGUGGGCGUUCUUCAGGUGGGGGUAAUGUCACAUAUUCAUCCGCUUAUAGAAAUGUGGUUAAUGACAUUUACUGUCCACACAGGAAAAGUUGUGCCGAGCAGCAACCUAAUCCACAGAAGGGUUAAUGCUGAGCAGUAAUUGUGCAAAUGAAACCUGGUGUCAUGUAUUCAUCCACUUAGAGAAAAGUGAUUAAUGACAUUUACUGUCCACACAGGAAAAGUUGUGCCGAGUAGCAACCUAAUCCACAGAAGGGUUAAUGCUGAGCAGCAAUUAUGCAAAUGAAACCUGGUAACUGACUUUGGGGUCAAAGGCCGGUUACAGCCUAUCAGAACUAAAGGAGGGGUAUUUAGGCCAAGUUCUUAGCCUGCUCAGUGCCCUGUCGUGGUUUCCCUUGUGGUUGUCUGAGAGCGCGUUCCUGUUUAGUUUUCUACCUGGUUUUUGACUUUGGCUUUGUUUAUUGACUUCUUUAUAUUCUGGUAUCCUGACUCGAUCCUUUCCUCAUCGCUGUGUCCCUUUCUGUGUUCCCUGACCUCGGCUAGUAUUUUUGACUAUUCUUUGUACGUUAAAUCCGGCCAUUCUAAGGACCGGUAAUACGUUACUUAUUUGUCAUCCGUGCUGUACAGUUCUACGUGCUGGAUCAAACAGUAAUCCUGACAAAUAAGUAGGGUAAUGGCUCCUUAUGCUUGCUACCCCUAGGGUCACUGCAAGCUUUCCCCCGGUCACUGGGGGGUUCUCCAGGGGGACACCUUUGCACAGGCCCGUAUACUGGAGCUUCCCAAGGAAGAGAGGCUUAACUCCCCUGGGGCCAAGGGUAAAAACCCUUAAAUUAAGCCAUAAAAAAAUAGUUCUCAGUCUGAAAAGACUAAUCUGUCCUAGAGAUAGGACAGGAACAAAAAGACUGAGGGUAGGAGGGGGUACUUAUACCCUUGUUUUAAUUAGUUCCUGUCUAACUAGGGAUGGGGAGGAGCUACUCAUUGUUGUGCUGCCAUGGAUAUGGCCAGGAAAUGUAUAUAUACACCUUAUAUAUAACUUCAUACUAAGUGCAUUUUUUUUACUAAUAUAUACAUAUAUUAAUAUAAAAAUCACACUUAGAGUAAAAUUACACAAGUAAUAUAUAUAUAUAUAUAUAUAUAUAUAUAUAUAUAUAUAUACACACACACACACACUAUUAUAACAAAUAAAUAACUAAUUAAAAAUAAAUGUAAAAAUAAAAAACUUUUUUUACAUUAUAUAUAUAUAUGUUUCAUUUUAUUCUAACUGUAUUUUGAUAAUAUAUAUAUAAAUAAAUUUAAUUCAAAAUACACUUAGAAAUUUAUCUAUGUAUAUAAAAAUAAAUAAAAAUAAAUACAAAUUUACAUAUGUCCAUUUGCAUAAUUACAUAAAUAAUUUCAUAAAUAUACACGUAGACUUCAAAUAUAUAAAUAUGUAUAUAUAUUUAAAUUUUAUACGUGCAUAUUUAUGUAAUAUUUUUACAUAAUUAAGUAAUUUAAUUGAUUGCAAUUUGGGGGACCUGCCUGACAACCCAGGCUGAAAGUAAGGAGAAUUUAAUUUGCUAGCACUAUAUUUAACCCUGUAACUUGCCAAGACACCCUAAAACCUGUACAUGUGGGGUACUGUUUUACUCUGCAGACUUCACUGAACACAAAUAUUAGUGUUUCAAAACAGUAAAACAUAUCACAGCGAUGAUAUUUUCAGUGAAAGUGAAUUUUUAUGCAUUUUUCACACACAAACGGCACUUUCACUGAUGAUAUUGUUGUGAUACAUCUUACUGUUUUGAAACACUAAUAUUUAUGUUCAGAAAAGUCUCCUGAGUAUAAUCAAACCCCCCAUGUACAGGUUUUAUAGUGUUUUUAAAAGUUACAGUGUCAAAUAUAAGGUUUGAUUUUCUGUUUUUUCACAUUGAAUUUGCCAGAUUGGUUAUGUUGCCUUUGAGAGCGUAUGGCAGCCCAGGAAUGAGAAUUACCCUCAUGAUGGCAUACCAUUUGCAAAAGAAAACAACCCAAGGUAUUGCAUAUGGGAUAUGUUCAGUCUUUUUCAGUAGCCACUUAGUCACAAACACUGGCUAAAUUUAGCGUUCAUAAUUGUUUUUUGCAUUUUUAACACACAAACAAAUAUAAUGCUAACUUUGGCCAGUGUUUGUGACCAAAUGACUACUUAAAAAGACUGGACACACCCCACAUUGAAUAACCCUGGGUUAUCUACUUAAAAAAAAAAAAUUAUGUACAUGUGAGGUGUAAUUCAGAUAUUUGACAGAUAUGUGUUACACUGUCACUAUUGAUGCAUUUUAAAAAUAUAUAUUUUAAAACAGCAAUGUCCUACAUGUACUUAUAGCCCUAUAACUGGCAAAAAAAAGGUAAGAACAUGUUAACAUUGGGUAUUUCUAAACUCAGGACAAAAUUAAUAAACUAUUUAGCACGGGUGUUUUUUGGCGGUUGUAGAUGCAUAACAGAUUUUGGGGGUCAACGUUAGAAAAAGUGGGUUUUUAAAAAAAUGUUCAUCAUAUUUUAUAAUUGUUUUUAUAGUUAAUUAUAUGAUAUGAUGAUAAUAAUGGUAUCUUUAGAAAGACCAUUUAAUGGCGAGAGAAACUGUAUAUAAUAUGUGUGGGUACAGUAAAUGAGUAAGAGAAAAAUUACAGCUAAACACAAACACCGCAGAAAUGUAAAAACAGCCUUCGUGACGGUCUGGUCACUAAGGGGUUAAUAUUACUUGUAUCCAGGAUUGUGCAUGCUUUAGUCACACUUUCUAAAGUGGUAAGAAAAGCAGUUGGGCCCACUGAAUUAGGUAUCAUUGGACGCUAAUUAUGAAGUUGAGAAGAUAGAAAUGUUUGUGUCUGUCUAUUUAUUAAUCUAUGGACUUCACUGUCUAAGCAGUGGGUUGGGGCAAAAAAAAACAGCUUCUAGCCAGAAUGUCAACUUAUUGCUUCUCCAUAUAGGUCUCUGUAUGUGGAUGAUUAAAAAGUAAUGACCUGAAUAACAAAGAGAAUGUAGGUGCUUAAUGUUGAGUCUACUAAACAGCUCCAUUUGUUAUCAUGUAAUAUAGGUAAAUAUAUCCCUGACAAAUGUACUGCAUUUUCUGAGUCAUCUUAAGCAUUCUUUGCCAACUGUAGCCUUGUUUUUUUUUUUAAAUAAUUCACUUAUGGUCCGGAUCAUGAUCAUGAGUUACUCUGAGAGCUGAAAGCUCUCUCUCUUCAUUUAUAGAAAGAAAUAAGAAAAGAGAUGUGCCAACAACACCAACAAAAAGGAAAACACUGGAAAGAGAGAGUGAAUAGGCAAGUGACGACCACUAACCUGUUUUAUCCCUGGUGCAAAGCAUACAAAUUUCUUAUAUCCUUGGCAUGGGGAGCAGACUUCAAGAGCUUAAACACAGUGUCCGAGCAUUAACUGGCUGCACAGGCGUGGUGCCAGGUGUUGUCACACCACAGACAGUCAAAUGGGAGAACCUAACCACCACUUUUGAGGACAUUUGGAAAUCAGGGUAAAAAUUAAGGAAAUAGAAGAAACAGAUAAAAAAAAAAAAAAAAACAACCAAGGAAUAAGAAAAGAGAUGUGUCACCACCACAUACAGAAAAGAAUAAAGUGGAAGAAAAAGACCUAGUAGUCUAUCCCAUGUAGGGCAGAAGCCCUCAGCCCCCCCAACUAACCUACAUCUUGUUUAUCCUCUAAAUAGAUUCAAAUCAAUUUAAACUAAAUAUAGCUAAUUAAAAACAGAGGUAGCAAUUAGCAAAAAGAAAGAAUAUAAAACACAUGGAUUCAGCAGGCAGGUAGCCAUUGUGAGGAAAAUGCUGCUCAGCCCAAUAGUGCACACAGCACAGAAAAUACAGAAAGAAAAAAAAAAAGUCUCAGCCUCUCUAAUAGUACUGAGAAUGGCUAGCUCACCAGCCAAUGAAAUGGCAAAUAAGUGAAUUGCAAUGGGGCUAGCACAGCAGUGUACCACCAUCAACGCUCAAUUAGACUCUAGAAAAAACUAAGCACGUGCUUUCCAUAUAUAGUAUUUCCACAACCUGCUUUUAAGAAAAAAAAUCAACUCACUUUCCCCUUUAUGUGAUAAUAAUAAAGUUUGGCAUGCAUUAGUUCAUUCUGACAUUUGAAAGGAUAAAAAAAAAAUGGCCGAUUUUCAUCCAAAUAGCAUCCGGUUUGAAAACUAUUGCCUUUGUCUGGUAUUUAAUCACAUUACCUAAAGAGACUUAUUUGAUAGUAUUUUAAUACAUAAAAAUUAAAUUGUGCUUUGUGGCUUUUGAUACUAGAGUUAAGUGUGGGUGGUGUUAAGAGGGAUUACACUCCCAGAACCAAUUUGCGGGCACAUCUGAAGUAGUGUGCUCUAUACACUGAUGAUUUAUAAUAUAUUAAUGAUCCAUGGGGUAUCAAAGCCUCCUGACCCAAACGUGGUGCUCCACAAUGAUUUAAACUGAAAUUUGCAGUAUUCUGUAUAUUUUGCAACCAUAUUUAUUAUUAUUGUAAUAGUUUUGAGGCGAUAAAAUCCUAGGUCUGUAGGCCCAUAAAGAAGCUAAUGUGAGUGCCAGAAGAUCGGGUCAAAGGUCCAGAAGAUAAAUUAAAAAAGAUGAAUAAUUUUUGUGUAUGUAGAGUAGGUUCCAAUAAAUAAAUACAUUAUUGACAUGGACAAAAGAUCCAAUACUUAAAUUCAGGGGAACCCAAAUUGAUAUCAGGCACCUGGAGAAGCAAUUAACACACGGCACAAAUGGUUGUGAGACCAGAAUUACUUCCUGUACGUUUAUUCAAAGUAGGGUGUAUUUAUACACAAAAUUGUUGCAGCUUAGCUUAAAGGUUUAAAAAUAGAAAAGUAAAAAAAAAAAAAAAAAUUUGUUAAUGUGGCUACAUAUUUCAUAAGAUAUAAAAUUAGUUUACAAAACAAUAUGCGUUACAUAUUUCAUAAGAUAGGAAGGUCGCAGAUAAAAUUAGCUAGCAAACCGUCACACAAUGUACAGUUUCUCAAAAUAAGUACUCCGGUGGGGGCUAGAAUACACAGAGAACACAAUUUAGGCUGACACGUAUACAGCAUUUUACAGAGAAAAUGUUCAUUACAUAUAAAGAACAUCAGAUGUAGGCCUUAAUCAUUGGAACCAAGAUAAAUUCCCUCCCAAUUAUAUAUAUAUAUAUAUAUAUAUAUAUAUAUAUAUAUAUAUAUAUAUUUGUAUAAUUCCAGUUGUGACACUAGCUUGAUGAUAUUCAAAUGUUGUGUAACCAGCUGUUUUGUUAGAUGACGGUCUCUUAUUUAUCCAUAGUUCCCACAUAUGUUUCGUAUAGCCCCUCCCAUUGGGUCUGCUGUAGUAGCAUUCAAUCCAUUCUAUGUUGUAGUUUUGUGUCCAGGAAUGGUUUGUUCCAAUUGCCCAUUUGUUGUCAGAUUACGCUUGUUUCGUUUUAAUCUGGUCGACGUCCGAGCCGGCAUGUUCGUGUUACUCUCAUAUUGUUGAGGUGUAUGUGUGCUAAGCAGCAAUUUCAAGUCUCACAGAAUGUAAUAGUUUUAUUUAAAAACACCUCACCCAGGCAAAAAAUAAUGGGGGUUUAGUUAAAGGUAUUGAUCAUACAUUGCAUAAGCCUGCCACAACGUCAAUGUACCCCAUUCUUGGCAGGUCCUACUCUAGCAGCCUAAUGCCUACUCUUAUGAGAUUAAUCCACUUACUUGGGAAUUUCUUCCUCCUGUGACUCUGCAGCUCAAGGAUAAAUAGGGCCAUGGAAUGAGGCACCUGUGACAGGGAGGAGUGCAAAACCAAGGAGUUGGCCUGGACUCCCAAAUAUAUAAAUGGAAUCAAGGGGUCUGCACUCACCUGAACAUGCAUACAUUAUACGGUAAUUCUGGGGUCAAUUUAUACAACAUACAAAAUCCAGUGCACUUGCUCAUUCACUAAACAGCAUGUUCAGGUGAGAACCUACCACUCUCUGACUGGCUCUGGUGGGACUUAGGUCCCUGUCUCCCACUUUCUGCCUCUACACUAUGGAGCCUGCUCUUCUGGGAAGAUUCCAGAGGCUGGCUUAGUCACAUUGUUUGCUUGUUUGCAGAGGACUUGUGGUAAGCACAUGUGCUACCUUUCAGUGAUGAUCACUUCCAGGAAGAAGAAUCAAUUAAUCAGGACCACCCUACUUAAACAGAGCUCUCUAGUUUAUCAGCACUUUUGUGGUUCCAGAAUCCUUGGAACUAUUUUGUUCUCUUUUAAUCUCUGUUAUUAUUGGCCAAGCUCGCCUUGAACACACUUCUGUUCUCCUGACCUUGUAAACUUGACCUAUCCCGUUUACUUUCCUGCCUACUUCAUGUCUUCUGGCUUGUCUGACUACCCUGCCUGUGUACUAGUACCGGGCUUGUUUACAGACUAUUCUCUGUACAUAUUAAAUUAGGCCCUGCGCUCAAACUCCCACUACUCCUAGGGGCAGCAAUAAUUAAAGUACACAUCAGCCGCAAUACAUACAAUAAAAAACAAAGAAAAUAGUUACUUGUGCAUUAUCCUAUAUCACUAUGCACAUUUAAAUAACUGGAGUUUUUUUAGUAGCACUCCAAAGGCCAUUUUAGUAUAAACUCACCUGCCACGUCAAGACAAAACUUCUUAGUUGAGUCCUACAACAAUAAUUCACUUUGCUGUCUUCGGCUAACAGGUAAGAACCUCUGAGACAGAGAGGGGCAUUUUUCUAAAUCCCUACACAUUUAUUAACCCUUAAUACGGAACACAUGGGAUAGAUGGCAACACUGUAACAUGGCUGUGUAAUACAAAAGAAGUUCAAACAUACAAAAGCCCUGCACUCAAACUCCCACUACUCCUGGACGUCAACAAUGACUAUAGUACAAUAUAUACAAUAAAAAAAAAAAAAAAGUUACUUGUGCACUAUGCCAAAUCCCUAUUCAUACAGGGAGUGCAGAAUUAUUAGGCAAGUUGUAUUUUUGAGGAUUAAUUUUAUUAUUGAACAACAACCAUGUUCUCAAUGAACCCAAAAAACUCAUUAAUAUCAAAGCUGAAUAUUUUUGGAAGUAGUUUUUAGUUUGUUUUUAGUUUUAGCUAUGUUAGGGGGAUAUCUGUGUGUGCAGGUGACUAUUACUGUGCAUAAUUAUUAGGCAACUUAACAAAAAACAAAUAUAUACCCAUUUCAAUUAUUUAUUAUUACCAGUGAAACCAAUAUAACAUCUCAACAUUCACAAAUAUACAUUUCUGACAUUCAAAAACAAAACAAAAACAAAUCAGUGACCAAUAUAGCCACCUUUCUUUGCAAGGACACUCAAAAGCCUGCCAUCCAUGGAUUCUGUCAGUGUUUUGAUCUGUUCACCAUCAACAUUGCGUGCAGCAGCAACCACAGCCUCCCAGACACUGUUCAGAGAGGUGUACUGUUUUCCCUCCUUGUAAAUCUCACAUUUGAUGAUGGACCACAGGUUCUCAAUGGGGUUCAGAUCAGGUGAACAAGGAGGCCAUGUCAUUAGAUUUUCUUCUUUUAUACCCUUUCUUGCCAGCCACGCUGUGGAGUACUUGGACGCGUGUGAUGGAGCAUUGUCCUGCAUGAAAAUCAUGUUUUUCUUGAAGGAUGCAGACUUCUUCCUGUACCACUGCUUGAAGAAGGUGUCUUCCAGGAACUGGCAGUAGGACUGGGAGUUGAGCUUGACUCCAUCCUCAACCCGAAAAGGCCCCACAAGCUCAUCUUUGAUGAUACCAGCCCAAACCAGUACUCCACCUCCACCUUGCUGGCGUCUGAGUCGGACUGGAGCUCUCUGCCCUUUACCAAUCCAGCCACGGGCCCAUCCAUCUGGCCCAUCAAGACUCACUCUCAUUUCAUCAGUCCAUAAAACCUUAGAAAAAUCAGUCUUGAGAUAUUUCUUGGCCCAGUCUUGACGUUUCAGCUUGUGUGUCUUGUUCAGUGGUGGUCGUCUUUCAGCCUUUCUUACCUUGGCCAUGUCUCUGAGUAUUGCACACCUUGUGCUUUUGGGCACUCCAGUGAUGUUGCAGCUCUGAAAUAUGGCCAAACUGGUGGCAAGUGGCAUCGUGGCAGCUGCACGCUUGACUUUUCUCAGUUCAUGGGCAGUUAUUUUGCGCCUUGGUUUUUCCACACGCUUCUUGCGACCCUGUUGACUAUUUUGAAUGAAACGCUUGAUUGUUCGAUGAUCACGCUUCAGAAGCUUUGCAAUUUUAAGAGUGCUGCAUCCCUCUGCAAGAUAUCUCACUAUUUUUGACUUUUCUGAGCCUGUCAAGUCCUUCUUUUGACCCAUUUUGCCAAAGGAAAGGAAGUUGCCUAAUAAUUAUGCACACCUGAUAUAGGGUGUUGAUGUCAUUAGACCACACCCCUUCUCAUUACAGAGAUGCACAUCACCUAAUAUGCUUAAUUGGUAGUAGGCUUUCGAGCCUAUACAGCUUGGAGUAAGACAACAUGCAUAAAGAGGAUGAUGUGGUCAAAAUACUCAUUUGCCUAAUAAUUCUGCACUCCCUGUAUAAGUGUGAAGAUCCACUAUAACCUAUUGGCACAUGGGAUACUUCAUUUUAAGCCAUUAACAUGUAAGGAUCUAUUAUUCCAUCCCAGGUGAACAACAUAUGAAAAGUAAUCAUUCAGCUAUUACAAUGUAUUUCACCUUAAGGGUAUAAUACCUGUGUUUUAAACUUUACCUUGUGGCAGUAGUCACCAGCACUGGGGGCUGAAGAUGGACACUUCAUGUAGGUUCCCAGGUUAUUCUUAUGUCUUAGACACUUUGUUCUCAUUAUAGGUGCAGACCGUGCAGUGGAUGUAUAAUGCAUUACUCAUUAUUAAAAUGUUUGUGUGCUUUCCUGUCCAACUAUUGGAUUUGCAUUUUGAGCCUGUACAACGACAUAUGUUGGUUACCAGGAACUAGGAACAGCUAUAUGCACUACGUGAAUAGCAAGCCUUGUAAAUUUGAAUAUUUAGGUAGAUUUGCAUAUUAGGAUUUCUGCAGGCAGGGGCGAUAGUUUGAGUUAGUUAUUUUCCCACCUCUUGAUAAAUAUGUUAUAGUGUUAUUGUUGAGUUUCUGUGUGUUUCCCCAUAUGAUUAACUAUAAGUUAAUCGUAAGUUAAAUGUAAUGGGCAUAUGGGCUAGUACUGAGUUCCAAUAAAGCUGAGUUUGGGAGUUCCUUUUGGAACGGCUUGUUCCGCUGGAUUUGUUCACAGAUCCCAGUAACAAAGUAUUCGGACCUGUUGGCUGUCUGCAUGGUCUCUGUAGUUUGGGACAAUUCAAAAAGAGCUAUGCCUGAAAUCAGCAAGUGCCUUUAUAAAGGCAGAAGCUUGUCUUGAUGCAGGCAGAGGUGUAAAUACUUGCCUAGGAGUGCUGCAGAGGAAUUGGCAGCGGGGAUAGUACCUAUCUGGAAGAAUAGAGCUGGAGCCUGGUUGGGUAGAAGAGCACCCUCUGUUAUUGUUAUUUUUUGUCACUUUGGACAAGUUUGUUUGUUUUUUCCCUCCGAACCUAAUCCAAUUACUCAUUAAAUGGAAUUAGAUGAAUAAUGCGUACAUGUAGUUGUAAGACGUAAUUUAUCUGUAAUAAAAUUCGUAAUACAAACGCUCAACCACAUAUUCGGUCUUGUACACCUAAAAAAGGCAUAAUUGAUGUUUUGCAUUGUAACUCAGAAGCUGGUCAUUAGCUUCUGAAGUGAUAUUACAAAUGUUGUGCCUUGUUUGUCAACACUAUGCUCAACAUUUUAAAGCAUCAACAUUAUAGGUAUUAUAAAUAGAACACAUUUAAAAAAAAAAAGUAUUUCCAACAUGCCGAUAAGACACUGGUUUGAACUGGCCUGAAUAAUGUUAUCCACACGGAGAGUGUGAAGAAAGGGUCAGCAAAGAGAGGCUAACUUUAGAAACAAGUUUUGGAAAGAGUUUUAUCUGUGACAGACAUAAAGAUGCUACCCUAGUCAAACACAGCUCAACCUGCCAAGAAUAAAGGCUUGUUAAGUGUCCUGAAUUCAGAAGGAUAAAAGCCGCAGUAAAUAAGAGACUGCAGAAAGCACAAAUUAUUUAGCAGACUUCAAGCCGCAUUUGAGAGGAAAGGAAUAUCCCGUUUACUAAUUUAUUCAAAACAGAUUUAAUUUGGAAAACAUUUUACAUCAUAUAUCAUUUAAGGUACAGUAUUUUUUCAGUAUUUCAACUUAUUUAAUUGAACUUGUUUAUGGCACAUUCUGAUCAGGAACAUCUCUCUAAAAACUUUGAUUUACCUGUUGAUGUUUAUAAACUGAUAUUUAAAGUGUCCCACUAUUUCAGAGGCUUGUUGUGUGAGGCCGUAUUUCACUGCUAAUAUGACCUACCGAUUGCUUAAACUUUGCAUAUUAAAACUAAACACAAAUCCAAGAGACUGUAUAAAUGGUUAUAAAAAUGUGGUGAAUAAUGCUACAAAAUGUAGUUUAUGUUAUUGAGUCUUUUAAAUGAGUGAAUAAUGUUUUAUUGCAAUAGGCAUUGUUGCAAAGCACUGUACUAUACUUUGAACGCUAGAUUCUGUUUGCAGAACAUGUAGUUCAUGCAGUUCAUGUAGUAUUGAGUGUUUUAAAUGAGUGAAUAAUGUUUUAUUACAAUAGGCAUUGUUGCAAAGCACUGUACUAUACGUUAGACGCUAGGAUGUUUUUGCUGAAGAUUAUAGUUCAUGAACCAAACAAAUUACAAAUUCAACAUUCUUUGCAUGUUAUUUUAAAUAGUAACGUGAUACACUGUUGAUUCCAAACAUAUGAUUUUCAAUGUGGAUAUAAUACUAUGAAGUCUAUUCACUAAACAGUGCUAUGAUGAAUAGACAACUAACUUACGAACUUCAGACCAAAUUAAUAGACUUGUAAGAUACAUUGGGGAAAAGAAAGUAAUAUCUUUCAUUUUGCAAGAUGGUUUUAGUACUCACUGUUUAGUGAAUAAACAUUGUCCCUCACAAAUAAAAAAAAAAAUCAUGUGAUUAGGCACUAACAAAUGCUCAUAAAGUUUAACUAUUGUCUUUUUCAAAUUAUAUCCUUGUUCAUGGGUAAGCCUAUGGAUAUUGAGAUGUAGGCUAAAAGAGGUGCAACAGAUUUUCUUGUUUAAGUAGUAAUAUGCCCAAUUAUAUCACCAUCCUUUAAUUCCACUAUAUUUUUUCAUCACUUAUUUAUAUUUUUUCAUCACUCCAGGCACAAAGAUUGGCCUAAAACAGACUUUAACAAGCUCAUUGUAGAGACAAUAUUUCGGUUCUACUACAGAGCCAUUGUCAAGUAUUGAUAAAAAACGUUGACAAAACAGAGCCGAAAACCCGAGUUGUCAUGGGAGCACCUGAAGUUUUGUGGUAUUGUGGACAUAUACAAUUCCCUUUUAGUUCACCUAAUAUAUUAUAACUUGUUAUAAUCAUAAUUUACUUUUCCCACUACAAAUUAAACUGAGCAAAUUGAUUUUGUUAAUUCUUAAAUAUAGAAAAUAAUUGUAGGCUUGCAAAACGUUCAUGUAAACACUCUUAUAGAGAAAAAUCCUGUGGAAAUAGGUCUCAAUGAAUUUGGCCAUAUAUCAGAUUAAAAUGUUGUCUCAGUCCCCAUGUCAGUUAUUUAUUUGAUCUUACUGUCUCUAAAACAAACAUGGCACCAUUAAAUUAAUUUCUGUGAUAUAUGUUACUGAUAUAAUUAUGUCUCUGUUUUCUGUCUUCAAUGCUGCUAGUAGAGUGGACCAGAAAAUGUAAAAACCUACAGUUUGUCACAUGUAUUCAGGUUUAAAUGCAAAUUAAAAUGUCUCGACAAGAAAACCUGAAAUGCAAAAAGCUUGUGUUUUUUGGAGGCGGACCUAGCAGCCGUGCUGACUGGUCGCACUUCUUGUAACUCCGUGCUUAAACGCUUUUAUUCAGCUAAAUUCACUGCACUUAUCCCGGGAUUUCAGUUACAGCGGUGCUCCAGAGAAGGGAAAUACCUGCUGCAAUGGCAUCCAUAAUGAUAUUGACCGAGAUCGACGGCUUUUAACAGGGAUAGACCUGCAGCCUACAAGAGGACUACUCAGACAGAGCAAGGCAGGCGGUCGAUCCCUCAGCCUGUAACUGCCCGCUUCACUCGAGGUCUCCCGUUCACAUGCUUUCCCCCCAGCCGGUGAGGGAUAUCCCAGCAACCUCCUCCAGGGUUACAGUGGCUACAUACCUACCCCAACUUACCUGCAACAACAAGCCUGCUGAAAACAAUAUGGCGGACGCCUCAAGCAAACCGAGACCCGCAACCUACCCUCGAAAAAAACUGGAUCGCCUGUUUGUCAACUUCUGGGCCAAGCUGUCCUGUCCUCUGGGCACUCCUGACACAGCCCCAACUCUCCAGCAGAGUUCACAACACUCUGCAUCCCCUCAGCAAGGAACCGACACUGCAUUGAGACAGCAGCUUGUGCAGAGAGAAACACGAUGGGCGCCCAAGUUUCAGCUCAGCAUUCCAUGAGAUCAUUUCCUAAGCGUCUUAUUCACCCUCGGAAGGUCACAGUUUAUCGGAAGAGGUGACAGCCUGAUAGAAGACCCAGAGACCGAGCUUGCCAAAGCCAGGAGACUGCAGCUCUCAUAUCCCUGCUCGGGCGGAGACCCUCCAUGAGACACCAACACCACCACUAGGCAUGUAUCGCCUGGACACCAGAGUACUUCUCUGGCUGACACUGGAGCUGUGGAGCACAUUGGAGGUCAGACCAAGGCGGGGCUGUUAAUUAACCCUGCAGGAGUUGGCUGACUAGUGACUUUUGCCGCUACUGCGUAUUAUGCCCUAACCAAGGUCUUUUAGCAUAUAUGAUUUACUUUGAUUUUAAUGUUUCUCUUUAAUUUACAUUUUUAUCACUAAUGGGCAUUUUUCACCUUUCACAUCUUGCAUAAUUUAGGGGGUCCUCGGGGCAAAACCUUAACCUUUCACCUGUCAGUUAAGUGGGGUCAGAGCAGAGCUAGCAGUGCCAGUGGUUUCACCCUCUAAAGCUUAAGUAGCAUGAAAUUCAGCGAUUUAUUAAAUAUAUGUUACCCUCAGUUUGACCUAGCAUGCAAUACAUAAUAUGUGCAAACUUGAGCUUCUUUCCUAACUAAAAUAUAUUGCAUAUUGUCAAUAUGUUUGCUCUGAUUCAUCUGUAUGCCUAGUAACUCGUCUGACAUAUUGAUCAUCUUGUUUACAUAAACUAGUGAUUAGCCUGACUUCCCUGUAACAAAAAUGUGCAGUAUUUCGCAGUGCAGACCAAUGUAUAAAACUAAAUAUUUGUGCUGCUCCAUCGCAAUUGUACAUAACCUAUCUUUGAGUACCAUAUCUGUCUCCAUGCUACCAGUAUAAUUAUGUUACCUACUGUGCCUGCAUCUCUUGUUGUGACAGUGCAGGCGAUUGUGUACUCUUCAGCACUACAAAAAAAAAACUGGUGGUUUUACUGCACAUAAACAGGGUUAUUUAAGAAAAUAAGGAUUGCAAGGAAUUCAAAGUAAAUUUCAAACUCAAGUUCAUAGUAGAGGCAAAGCUGAAUUAGAGAAUUUUUUCAAACAGAGUAAAAAAAUUGGACAGGGGACAGGCGUGCGUGAGCUACAUGGGGUUGUAGGAAUACUGGAAGCUGGUAUUGCUAUGAAAUCAAGCAAUCCGAUCAUCUGCAGCUGCGACCAUAAACAGUAAAACCAGCUAGUAGUAACUUGACUUUGAACACAUGAAAACCAUAAAACACAUGGUGAAAGACUGUUGUUCAUACCAAAUUAUGAGAGUGAGAAGAAAUAUGCUUUAAGAUAAUUUGACCAUUAAUGAUUGUUGAUGCCAGAUGUGGUGGCUAGAAACUGUUAAUUGCUUGGAAUUUUCACACACAAAGCUGUAGAUCUUACAGACAAUAGUGUGGGGGGAAAAAAAUUCUGAUCAGUAAAUAUGCCUUGCUAAAUAUAUCUGUGAUCAGUGUAUAUACCUAGCUAAUGACCGUGGUCAAGAAGAAUCUCCAAACUUGUUAAAUCUGACGGGAAGGCGAUGGUAACUAAAAUAACCAAAUAUUACCACAGUGUUUAUGAAUACACAACAAACUGUACUUUGAAAAAGAUGGGUUGCAAAAGCAGAAACCAACAUCAGGUUUUUUCUUGUCAGAACAGGAAGCUGAAAUAUACCAUAUUGAAUCAUACUGGAUCAGAUUAAUUCUAGGCAUAUGGAAUGUCACAAAAGUAUAAUUUGUCUGCUCUGGACACACCUCCUACCUUGACAUUGUCUUGACUAUGGUUUGGAGUUAAGGCUUGGACACUAAUGACAGAUACCUCUCAAGAAUAGAUUGAUCCCCAUUCUUAUAUCUCUGUACAAAUGUGGCUUACUUUUGACUUCCUUAAAAUAUUUUGUUCGGGAUAAAUGUUUCAGAUGACAUAAUGAACCAAUAAAGUAGUAGUAGAGAGACUCUUAUCUAAUCCUUCCAAUUGGGUAAACAUCCACUUAAAAAAACAUUUUUUUUUGGGGGGGGGGGGCAAUGCAGGGGCGGGUAUUUCUGUGUGAUGGAACGCUGAGAGGCUCUCCCAGCUCUGCAUGUAUCUCUUCCCACGUUCCCUGAGACGGCUCCACCUUUUCCUGGUGGGCUCCCCCAGUCUGGGGCCACAGCGCUGGGAGAGCGGCUCUUGAGCGCCAGGCCGAUCCUCAAGGCGCCCGAGGUUGGACAAAGCCCCUAACAGCUGUGACAUCGGCUUCUGCUGAUCUCACAGAAGGCUGCAUGGGAGAAAAUGGAGCUGGGGGAAGAAGGAUUCUCUGAUUCCUCCUCCGAUGCCUAUCCGGACCCGGGAGAAGGCACCUCAAUGGACAAAGCCAAGUCACCUCCACCCGGAGACCCAGUCACUGCAGUUUAUUAAAAAGAAUGUUUGCAGAACUCCUGCAGGACUUAACUGCUGACAGGGCAUAUUUCAAGGAAGCCAUUGAGGGUUGCCACUACAAGGCUGACUCUUCUCGAGGCCUCAGCAAGCUCCCAAGACACCCUCCUAGCCACUCAUGAGCAGAGAGUCUCAGAGCUCCAAACACAACAACUCGGCACAGCCAAGUGGAGGACCACAGACGGAAACACAACUUAAAGAUCAGAGGGGUGCCUGACGCCAUAUGACUUUCUGAUCUGAUCUUGGCAUUUAUUGACCACACUGCUACAGCCUAAGCAGGCAUAACUUGUGAAAAUGUAUGGAAUGUUCCGCCUGCCAAAGCCGGCAAACGCACCCCCAACAGCCACAGCAGACCUUUUAGUGAGGUUUCAAUCCCUACAGGAACUGGACUCUCAUCUGGGUCGAUUGGGCCAAGCAGCCUCACAAAAGGAGACCAAUGCCAUCCUGACCCCUCUACAGUAGCGGAGUUCAUACCUAGAAUCUUCCAGCUGUCCUUAUGGACAUACGCUGCACAGACACCUACACCACAGUUUCUGCCACCAAGAACCGUGUUUAUGCUUACUAUGUUAUCAUUGUUAUUUUGCUUCAUGGAUGUUCAUUAAUUCUAAAUUCUAACUAUUGAUUAAUUGCAUACCUAGAGAUGUCUGAGAUGUCUGUAGAUACAUAUACCCACUUACUGUUUUAGGUUUAAAUUCUAAAAGUUUGCACCCCAUGCACAUACGUCCGCACAUCUUGCAGUCACACGCUUGAGAUGUCAAACCUAGUGCUAAAGAUAGCUUAGAGACGUCAGUCCCUGGAGGGGGCGACCCCCUGGAGCACCUAAGUUUACACGAGACACGACUUAACCAAAUGCAAUUUACUACUGUGCCCUAGAGGGUUUACAUCAUUGUGUUGUACCUGUUGAAAAUCUUGUUCUUAAUAUAAAAUUUCACUCUGCAUGUACCAUUGAACCUGCCAAUAACUAUGCCUUGAUCAUUAUAUGUGUACACCAUGGGCGGCAGCCUGCGUAUUGUAUUCUUCGUAUGCUGAAUGAACAAAACAUUUUUUUUUAUAUAAAAACAUUUUUGUAGAUUUCCCCCAAAUGAAUAUGUGCAUGCAUUUAAUUAUGCAUUUUUUCUUUGGCGUUAUAUAAAAAAUAAAUACCAGUAGCUUGCAAAACUGCAGAUCUUUCGUGACUGUUCAGUCACAGACUUUCCAUUGCAGCUCAAUUAAAAGUCUUUGCACAGUAGGUUCUCUGGGCACUUGUUGUCUUGAGUUCAGUGCACCUAAGCUAACCAAACCUAAAAGUAACAUUAUCCGUGGGUGUAACCAUUAUUAUUUUUAAAAGUGUCAAUUUCUGUUGAAAUCUUCACAAAUGAAGAAGGUAGGACUCACUCUCCACACAAAGCUUUUCAGCAAGCUAACGUGCUUUGGUAUCUGGAUUAUCCCUUUACAGAGACUCUCCAGUGCCAGGAAUACAUAUCAGUUUUUCUGGCAGUGCAGGUUCCUGCAGUGCCCCUCUCCCUUCCACCCCCAUCCCAUAUUGCUGAAGGGGUUAAAACCCCUUCAGUGACUUACCUGAAUCCAGCACCAAUGUCCCUCGGCACUGGGUCAGGCUCCGCCCAAGCUCCUCCCCCGCAGAUGUCACCUGAUGGGGGAGACAUGCAUGGCAAUGGAUGCGCAUUAGACCUCCACAUAGGAAAGCAUUAUUCAAUGCUUUCCAAUGUGGAUUCCCGCGACGCUGGAGGUCCUCAUGCAUAGCGGGCAUGGGGCCAGAGCGAAAUGCCCUUUUGGCCAAUCAGAACCUCCUCAUAGAGAUGCAUUGAAUCAAGCGUCUCCAUGCAGAGCGUGGGGAUGCUGAACGGCACUGAUGCCUACUGUGCUGCCCUGAGCCAGGAAGCACCUCCAGUGGCCAUCUGAGGCAUGGCCACUUGGAAGUGUCCCUAGGCGCAAUGUUAACACUGCCUUUUCUCUGAAAAGGCAGUGUUUGCAUGGAAAUGCCUGUAGUGAGCUAUUAUACUCACCAGAACAACUACAUUAAGCUGUAGUUGUUCUGGUGACUAUAGUGUCACUUUAAUGAAAACACUUUAUUAUGCAAAAAAAAAAAAAAGAUAAAUAUACACAUAGAUAUCUUUCUAUAUAUAAAACUUAAUUCUAAGUGUAAUUUAAAUUUUAUAUUAAUAUCAAAAUACGCUUACAAUAAAAUUACAUGUAUAUAUAUUUUGUUUUUUAUUUGUGGUUAUGUGAUCUUGAUGAAAUCACGAUCGCAUGACCCGGAAGGGCCAGAUUGGCUGCAGGGUUACUGCUGGGCUUGUCUGGCAGACUCUGAUCUGCAUUGCUGCCCUAAUGGCGUUAAAGCAGGACGGCAUUGUACAUCAUAACGAUGUAGAGGGGCCAAGUCCUUGCUUGGAUACAGGCACAUACAUUAAAUAAAUAGUUGCAAUUUACAGACAAAUCUCACUUAAAGGACACUCCAGCCUGCCUAAAUACUGAAAAGUGUGUUCUCUUUUUGUAUUUUUCAAAAAGUGGCGAUUUGAAUUGAAAUAUACUUUUAUAACUUAACCGGUUUACAUCCCUAUAUUUUGGUGUUUUUUUUAAAGUAAGACAACGGGUCCUGUAACUUCCUGGUUUGGUUAGCUCAGUGGAGCUAAACUCAAGAGGCAGCAAUUGCUCAGAGCUCCUGUCUUCCAAAUACUUCUCAUUGAGCUGAAUUGAAAAGUCUGUGAUUGGACAGCCACAGAUAGCUACAAAGUCUGGGUUGGGGAAGGAGGGGAGCGUUGGCAAAGGCAGCAGACAAGAAAGUGCAGGUUUUGCAUGCUGUUUUUAGAUAUACCCCCAGUGGGAAAAAAUACAUUAAUUUAUGCAUGCCAUUUUUCAUUUGUGAUAUAUCUACUAAACAGUAAUUUAAAAAAAAUAUAUAUAUAUAUAUAUAUAUUGGGCAGUGGAGUGUCCCUUUAAAUAUACACUGUUUGCCCUAACAGCCCUCUGCAGCAGAAUGAUAUGCAUGUGUGUAUCCAUGACAUGUCAGCUGCAACAAAAAAGUAAAAAUAAACAGAUACUUUGCGGCCCUCGAAAAUAAAUAAAAUCAGUCACUAUUUAUUAGAUAUACCCCCAAUUAAAUUAUGCAUGCUUUUAAUAAUGCAUUUUGCUCGCAUUGGAAGUAUAGCUAAAACAAUCUUGCAAAGUCUGCAGCUCUCCUGCAAGGUAUGUGUUCUGGCCAAUUGCCUGCCUCUUGAGUUAAAGGGGCAAACAUAAAAGGUAAAGGGAGGAUGGGAAGGCUUAACUGAAAUAGAGAGGGAGUGACAGUAAAGCCCAACAUGUAUUUUUGCACAGAAUUCACAUUAGGCAGUCUGGGACAGAGUUCAGCAUACAAAUGAGAGGAACUACACUCAUGGUUUCCUCUCUAACCUCUGCAGUUUAUAUAUUAUGUAAAUAAGUAGAUUUCUUCAGUUUUGCCGUCUAUGCUUUUGUAAGGUGCAUUUGCAGAUUGCUGUCAGCUCUCACCACAUUAUUUAUGAAAGUUACUUUGUGAUUACUAGAGGACUUCUAUUUAUAGAAAUCUCCCCUAGGUUUGGUAUGCUGGUCUCCAUAGCAAAGAUGAAAAAUAAAAAUACCAACCAGGGUAGAAAAAAUACCAACUGUGUCUACUGCAGUUAUACAACUACUGCAGGUACAGUUACAGUUUUACAGUUAUUCAGUUAUUCAAGAAACAUGCAGGCUUUUUAUUAAUUUUUUUUUUCCCAUACCAAGUGGGUGCACAAAAGAAUUAACAUAACAGCCUUGCACAGAAUUAAUUCAAGUCUUAAAACAUAUCAAUAGUGAUGCACCGAACGGUUCGCCGGCGAACAUAGCGUGUUUGCGUCCGCCGCGGACGGCGAACACAUGCGCGGUUUGAUCCGCCCCCUAUUCGUCAUCAUUGAGUAAACUUUGACCCUGUACCUCACAGUCAGCAGACACAUUCCAGCCAAUUAGCAACACACCCUCCCUAGCAGACCCUCCCACCUACUGGACAGCAUCCAUUUUAGAUUCAUUCUCAAGCUGCAUGCUUAGUGAGAGGAGGGAAAGUGUAGCUGCUGUUGAUUAGAUAGGGAAAUGCAUAGCUAGGUUAGGGUAUACAGUGUCCACUACAGUCCUGAAGGACUCAUCUGAUCUCUGCUGUAAGGACAGCACCCCAAAAAGCCCUUUUUAGGGCUAGAACAUCAGUCUGCUUUUUUUUUUUUCUGUGUAAUGUAAUUGCAGUUAGUUGUCUGCCACUGCUGCCAGCUUCUGUGUCAGGCUCACAGUGGAUACUGUGCCCAUUUGGCCAGUCAGUGCCACCACUCAUAUCUUGUGUCACAAUAGCUUGCAUUUAAAAACAAAAAACUUUUUUCACUGUUAUAGAUUGAAUAGCAGUCAGUGUCCUUAAAGCGGGUGUGUCAGGCUCACAGUGGAUACUGUGCCCAGUGCUACCACUCACUCACUGGUGUCACAAUGGAUACUGUGCCCUGUGUCAGGCUCACAGUGGAUACUGUGCCCAGUGCCACCACUCACUCACUGGUGUCACAAUAGCUUGCAUUUAAAAACAAAAAACUUUUUUCACUGUUCUAGAUUGAAUAGCAGUCAGUGUCCUUACUGGUGUCACCACUCACUCACUGGUGUCACAAUAGCUUGCAUUUAAAAACAAAAAACUUUUUUCACUGUUAUAGAUUGAAUAGCAGUCAGUGUCCUUAAAGCGGGUGUGUCAGACUCACAGUGGAUACUGUGCCCAGUGCCACCACUCACUCACUGGUGUCACAAUGGAUACUGUGCCCUGUGUCAGGCUCACAGUGGAUACUGUGCCCAGUGCCACCACUCACUCACUGGUGUCACAAUAGCUUGCAUUUAAAAACAAAAAACUUUUUUCACUGUUCUAGAUUGAAUAGCAGUCAGUGUCCUUAAAGCGGGUGUGUCAGGCUCACAGUGGAUACUGUGCCCAGUGCCACCACUCACUCACUGGUGUCACAAUAGCUUGCAUUUAAAAACAAAAAACUUUUUUCACUAUUAUAGAUUGAAUAGCAGUCAGUGUCCUUAAAGCGGGUGUGUCAGGCUCACAGUGGAUACUGUGCCCAUUUGCCCAGUGCCACGACUCAUAUCUGGUGUCACAAUAGCUUAAGCUUGACAUUUAAAAAGAAAAAAAAAUUUUUUUCACUGUAAUAGAUUGAAUAGCAGUUAGUUGUCUGCAAGCGUCUGGGUGUCAGGCCUCCUUCAGUGUGUGCUCUGCAGACCUCUGCUCGUGUACUUUGCCACUCAUAUCUGGUGUCUCUAUAGCAUGCUUUUACAAAGAAAAAAGUUUUUCAGUGUAAGCUAAUAGCAGUCAGUGUCCUUAAAGCGGGUGUCAGGCCUCCUUCAGCGUGUGCUCUGCAGACCUUUGCCCGUGUACUUUGCCACUCAUAUCUGGUGUCUCUAUAGCGUGCUUUUACAAAGAAAAAAAGUUUUUCAGUGUAAGCUAAUAGCAGUCAGUGUCCUUAAAGCGGGUGUCAGGCCUCCUUCAGCGUGUGCUCUGCAGACCUUUGCCCGUGUACUUUGCCACUCAUAUCUGGUGUCUCUAUAGCGUGCUUUUACAAAGAAAAAAAGUUUUUCAGUGUAAGCUAAUAGCAGUCAGUGUCCUUAAAGUGGGUGUCAGGCCUCCUUCAGCGUGUGCUCUGCAGACCUUGCCCGUGUACUUUGCCACUCAUAUCUGGUGUCUCUAUAGCGUGCUUUUACAAAGAAAAAAGUUUUUCAGUGUAAGCUAAUAGCAGUCAGUGUCCUUAAAGCGGGUGUCAGGCCUCCUUCAGCGUGUGCUCUGCAGACCUCUGCCCGUGUACUUUGCCACUCAUAUCUGGUGUCUCUAUAGCAUGCUUUUACAAAGAAAAAAAGUUUUUCAGUGUAAGCUAAUAGCAGUCAGUGUCCUUAAAGCGGGUGUCAGGCCUCCUUCAGCGUGUGCUCUGCAGACCUCUUGUACUUUGCCACUCAUAUCUGGUGUCUCUAUAGCGUGCUUUUACAAAGAAAAAACGUUUUUCAGUGUAAGCUAAUAGCAGUCAGUGUCCUUAAAGCGGGUGUCAGGCCUCCUUCAGCGUGUGCUCUGCAGACCUUGCCGUGUACUUUGCCACUCAUAUCUGGUGUCUCUAUAGCGUGCUUUUACAAAGAAAAAAAGUUUUUCAGUGUAAGCUAAUAGCAGUCAGUGUCCUUAAAGCGGGUGUCAGGCCUUCAGCGUGUGCUCUGCAGACCUCUGCCAGUGUACUUUGCCACUCAUAUCUGGUGUCACAAUAGCGUGCAUUUAAAACCAAAAAACUUUUUUCACUGUUAUAGAUUGAAUAGCAGUUAGUUGUCUCAAAGCGGGUGUGUCAGGCUCACAGUGGAUACUGUGCCCAGUGCCACCACUCACUCACUGGUGUCACAAUAGCUUGCAUUUAAAAACCAAAAAUCUUUUUUCACUGUUAUAGAUUGAAUAGCAGUUAGUUGUCUCAAAGCGGGUGUGUCAGGCUCACAGUGGAUACUGUGCCCAGUGCCACCACUCACUCACUGGUGUCACAAUAGCUUGCAUUUAAAAACCAAAAAACUUUUUUCACUGUUAUAGAUUGAAUAGCAGUUAGUUGUCUCAAAGCGGGUGUGUCAGCCCUACAGCGUGUACUCUGCCAGUUUACAGUGCCACUCAUAUCUGGUGUCAUAAUAGCUUGCAUUUAAAAACAAAAAACUUUUUUCACUGUUAUAGAUUGAAUAGCAGUUAGUUGUCUGCCAGCAGGUGUGUCAGGCUCACAGUGGAUACUGUGCCCAGUGCCACCACUCACUCACUGGUACCCGGACGAAAUUUAUUUUCACAAAAGGCAAUCCCCAACCUGUACUCGAUUGUGCAAAAGGAAAUAAUGGCAUGUCUGGCACACAGUGUUGGGGCAAGGGUCCAUCUGACCACUGAUACCUGGUCUGCAAAGCAUGGUCAGGGCAGGUAUAUCACCUACACUGCGCACUGGGCAAACCUGCUGACGGCUGCCAAGCAUGGAAUGCGUGGCUCUGCAGAGGAGUUGGUGACACCGCCAUGACUUGCAGGCAGGCCUGCUGCCACCUCCUCUACUCCUCCUACUCCAUCCUCUUCCAUAACCUCCUCGGCUGAGUCCUCUUCUGCUGCUGCGUCUUGCUCCACAUCAACGGAUAGGGGACGUAACAGGGAUUAAACUGAUAAGAAUAGUACUACAUAACACACCACUCCUAUCUGGUGGCACAUUAGAUUGCAUGCGCAGUGCCCCAAAUUUGUUGUGAUCUGUGAGUAAGGUAAACGGUUGUCCAUACAAGUAAGGUUGCAGCUUUUUGAGGGCCCACACCACCGCCAUGCACUCCUUUUCAAUGGCAGUGUAUCUACUUCCCUGGGCAAAAGUUUCCAGCUUAGAUAAGCCCCGGGUUGCUCGCCGCAAUCUGCUCCAACUUGACUCAGUACUGCUCCCAAUCCAAACAUAGAAGCGUCUGUAUGGACGAGAAAGCGUUUAGUUGGAUCAGGAGCAGAAAGUACAGAUGAUUUAAUGAGCGCCGUCUUGAGCUGUUGGAAGGCCUGUUCACACUCUGGGGCCCAUACUACUAUCUUUGGGAGGUUUUUACGCAUUCCUAUAUGGCACUUACUGGGCUUUAGGGUAAUUCCGGCCUCCCUAAUCCGGUCUAGUACGGCUCCUAUGUGGGUCAGGUGUUAGGGCCAGGAGCAGCUAAAAAUGGCUAUAUCAUCCAAGUAGGCGCAGACAUACUCCUGAAACCCAUCCAGUAGCCGAUCUACCAUCCUCUGAAAGUUAGCCGGGGCAUUCUUCAUCCCAAAUGGCAUGGCCUUAAACUGAUACAGGCCAAACGAGGUGACAAAUGCCGACUUGUGGAUGGCGUCCUCGGCUAAUGGAAUUUGCCAGUACCCCUUACACAGAUCUAUUGUGGUGAGGUACUGGCCUCUGGCCAUUUUGUCUAGGAGCUCGUCUAUCCGGGGCAUAGAUGAGGCGUCUGAGGUUGUUUUAUCGUUUUUAUCGUGCCGUCCCGUUUCGGUACUAGUACUACCGGGGAGGCCCAGGGGCUGUCAGAGUGUUCUAUCACCCCUAACUGCAUCAUUUCCUCAAUUUCUUUCUGAAUAUUUUCUUUAACUGCUUCGGGUAUGCGAUAGGCGGUUUGGCGAAGGGGGGUCUGGUCUAGGGUUUCAACUUUGUGAGUGGUUAACGGACUGUACCCAGGUAGGUUGGAAAACGUGGCCCCCUUGUCCUGGAUUAGUCUUUGGACCUGGGUUCGCUCCUGGGGGUCUAACCGUUCUCCUAACUGUACUUCUCCCAGGUCUCCGCUCUGGCCCUCUAGGUCUAGGAGAUCUGGGAGUGGCAAAUUAUCAUAAUCUUCAGUGGCAGGUGCACAGAUCGCGGUUACCUCUUCCGUGCGCUCGUGGUAUGGCUUGAGCAUGUUCACAUGGAGCAUGCGCUUGCCUCCCGUGCCUGUGACUGCACCGAUCACAAAGGUGGUCACAUCUCAAUGGUGCCAAGUGCACCCUUGUAUGGAACAGUCUCUAUUCUGCUCUGUGUCAGUGUGUAUCAUGGUCUCUUGAGGACAGGUGUCAAUCCAUAUCUGCCAAGUGACCCUAUGUAGGGGGAACAGUCUCUAUUCUGCUCUGUGUCAGUGUGUAUCAGGGUCUUUGAGGACAGGUGUCAAUCCAUAUCUGCCAAGUGACCCUAUGUAGGGGGAACAGUCUCUAUUCUGCUCUGUGUCAGUGUGUAUCAUGGUCUCUGAGGACAGGUGUCAAUCCAUACCUGCCAAGUGACCCUAUGUAGGGGACCAGUCCCUAUUCUGCUCUGUGUCCGUGUGCAUCAGGGGCUCUGAGGACAGGUGUCAAUCCAUAUGUCAAGGUGUCAAUAUGUCAUAUGUCAGGUGUCAAUCCAUAUUCAUUGUGAUUUAGGAAUGUUAGGUGAUUUCUGCCCUUUAUGGAUUAAAACCAGACUCUGCAUCAACUGUGUAAUUUUCCAUGGGAGUUUUGCCCCCUCCGGCAUGCCACAGUCCAGGUGUUAGUCCUCUUGAAACAACUUUUCCAUUCCUAUUGUGGCCAGAAAGAGUCCCUGUGUGUUUUAAAAUUCGCCUGCCCAUUGAAGUCUAUGGCGGUUCGCGAACAUUUGCGGAAGUUCGCGUUCGCCGUUCGCGAACCGAAACUUUUGUGUUCGCGACAUCACUACAUAUCAAUAUACAGUUAGGUUUGUUGCCUGUGUGUGCGACCCGAGUAUAUUGUGGUAAGAAUGUUUUUUCAUUUAGGGGGUAAGAGAAUUUAUAUAGUAUGUCAGAAUAAGAUGUGUGCCCCAAUGGGUCAUGUUAAGGUGUUUAAAUGCAAAGGCUCUAUUAAAAAUACCUAAUCCCUCGGGUGUAGACCACCUAUUGUGUGGAAUCUAGCAUUGGUAUCUUAAUUAUUUCAGUAGGAGGAGGUGUUUUGUGGCGCGUCUGAAGUUAGGGUGUUAGACUUUGCUGUAAGCCCAAUGGAGGGAUCGUUCUGCCUCGGUAGACUGGUGAAGGUUAACAGAGCAGUGCAUUAACACAAAAAAGAAAGGGUUACUUCGCCCCGUGGUCACUUUGAACCUAGGGUGCAAUUUAAGGUACACAAAACCACCCCCACCCCCCAAAAAUCCUUAAACAUGUGGUAGAACCACGGAACACAUAAAAUAAAAAGACAAGUAAAGUUAACAGUGAACUAAACUAGGAAAUUGUGUUUUUGGUGGUAUCUGUGGACAGUCUCAAGGCUUGUAGAGACUCCAGCUACUAGAAUAUGAUAAUCCCGUUGGGCCGCCGGCUGGUAGUUAGGUCACCUCUCCGGUGGGCACUGGUGGUCUUGCCGCUCGCGCAUUUGCUCUUCAAAUGUCUGGUAUGUUCCCGCAUGGUAAGUGGUACCGUCUAUGGAGUACCAGAUUACCCUUGGUAGGCCCCAGUGUGAGGGUAUAUUUCUGUCCCGUAGUGGAUGUAGCAGAGGUUUGAGGGAGCGGCGCCAUAGCAAGGUGGGCCAUGUUAGGCCUGGGAAGAUUAGUAGCGUGGGCCCCUCACACAGCACAGCCUUAUCCUGUAGAGACUGAAAACAGAGGAUGAGGUCUGGAGUCACCGCGGGUGGCGCACCUGCGGGCUUUGGAAGGCAGAACAUGCCGUCUAGUUUAAGUGUUUUGGCUUGUUUAGGCAGUAUAUAUGCAAAGAAGCGUCUGAUAAAAAGAGGUAUGUCCUCCAUCCCCAGAGACUCCGGGAUCCCCCUUAACUUGAGGUUAUAAUGCUUGUGGUGGUCUUUCAAGGCCUCUAUCCAAAUAUCGGCUUUAUGUUGAUGUUGAAGCAGUUCUUCCAUCCCAAGUUCCCCAGCCGCCAGCCAGGUAUCAUCAUUGCUGUGAGCAGCUUCUAUGUGGGUAAUCCGAGCUACUGCGCCAUCCACAGCUUUCUGGAAGCAGUCCAUGUCUCCCGCGAUAUUCGUACAGAGUUCCACGAGCAUUCGUACUGGGCUGCGGUGACUGGCUCCCAGCUGUCUCCUGCCGGAGGGUUUGGUUGCAGCUUCUUGCCUACAGACGCCCCCUCUCCCGGAUCGAAGCAGACAUCUUCGGAGGAGUAGCAUGAUCCCUCUUCUAGGGACACCAUAUUAUCCCACGCGGCCUGAGAGUUUUGGAAUAAGACUCCGAUGUUGCGGCCCAGUGGGCCUUCUGUCCCCCUUAGUUUUUUUUGUUUUCCGACCCAUCUCGAUCUCGCCCACCAGGUAAGGUAGUAUGGCCAGGUUUUUUGUUGAUUUCCACCAAAAUGUUUUAGUCUACUAUUCUGAGGAGCUCAGGUAAAGUUCAACUGCUCUGAUGCGCAGCUUUACUCCCCCCACUGCAGGCUUUCUUUUAUGAGAGUGAGUUUUAUACUAUUAUUGUCUUUAUUUUGACUUUAUACUGACUGCUGGAUUUACGUCAUCACUUCUGACUUCGUCACUAUUGAUCCCCUGCUUGAUUACUUGUGACUUGCAGCAUAUCUAUCCACCUUAGACUACUUGCAGUCAAACCUGGCCUUUGGGAGGUGUGCUAAUUGUACCUAAUAACCUGUAGAUUGCCAUUCAUAUCCCCCUCGGAUGGCUCCCUUUUAUACUUUGAUGUUGGGGGUGGUCUGUUUAACAACAUAUGCAGAGAUUACGUACCAUCACAUUCCCGGAACAGAUCAUUUAUCCAGCACUAUUUCAUUACUCAGCUCUGGUUAGCUACUGGAUAUUUACCCCCUGCCUCUGUUAAGAUUAAUUUACAGAUCUUUAUCUUCUUAAAACACACACAAAGGAGGAAUCCUGUGUAACUCAUUGUAAGUCUAUUUUUAAUAUACAUACAUACAAUGAAAGAAUAUACUUUCAGGGCAUCACUUUAAAAAAAAUAGAUGUAUUUUAACAGUGAGAGACAGAAUUUAAAAAAAACAAAUCCAAAAAAACACAUGUCAAAAAAGUUACACAUUUGCAUGUCAAUGAGUGAAAUAAGUAUUUGAUCCCCCAUCAAUCAGCAAGAUUUCUGGCUCCCAGGUGUCUUUUAUACAGGAUAACAAGCUGAGAUUAAGAGCACUCUCUUAAAGAGACUGCUUCUAAUCUCAGCUAGUUACCUGUAUAAAAGACACCUGUCCAUAGAAGCAAUCAAUCAGAUUCCAAACUCUUCACCAUGGCCAAGACCAAAGAGCUGUCAAGGAUGUCAGGGAAAAGAUUGUAGACCUACACAAGGCUGUAAUGAGCUACAAGACCAUCGUCAAGCAGCUUGGUGAGAAGGUGACAACAGUUGUUGCGAUUAUUUGCAAAUGGAAGAAACACAAAAUAACUGUUAGUCUCCCUUGGUCUGGUGCUCCAUGCAAGAUUUCACCUCGUGGAGUUUCAAUGAUCAUGAGAAUGGUGAGAAAUCAGCCCAGAACUACACGGGAGGAUCUUGUUAAUGAUCUCAAGGCAGCUGGGACCAUAGUCACCAAGAAAACAAUUGGUAACACACUAUGCUGUGAAGGACUGAAAUCCUGCAGUGCCCGCAUGGUACCCCUGCUAAAGAAAGCACAUGUACAGGCCCGUCUGAAGUUUGCCAAUGAACAUCUGAAAGAUUCAAAGGAGAACUGGCGGUAAGUGUUGUGGUCAGAUGAGACCAAAAUCAAGCUCUUUUGCAUCAACUCAACUUGCUUUGUUUGGAGGAGGAGGAAUGCUGCCUAUGACCCCAAGAACACCAUCCCGAACGUCAAACAUGGAGGUGAAAACAUGGAGCUUUGGGGGUGUUUUUCUGCUAAGGGGACAGGACACUUGCACUUUAUCAAAGGGACGAUGGACAGUGCCAUGUACUGUCAAAUCUUGGGUGAAUACCUCCUUCCCUCAGCCAGGGCAUUGAAAAUGCGUUGUGGAUGGGUAUUCCAGCAUGACAAUGACCUGAAAAACACAGCCAAGACAACAAAGGAGUGGCUCAAGAAGGAGCACAUUAAAGUCCUGGAGUGGCCUAGACAGUCUCCAAAUGUUAAUCCCAUAGAAAAUCUGUGGAGGGAGCUGAAGGUUCAAGUUGCCAAACGUCAGCCUCGAAACCUUAAUGACUUGCAGAGGAUCUGCAAAGAAGAGUGGGACAAAAUCCCUCCUGAGAUGUGUGCAAACAUGGUGGCCAACUACAAGAAACGUACUAAGUCAAAGGGGUCAAAUACUUAUUUCACUAAUGCAAAUCAAUUUAUAUUUUUUUUGACAUGUAGCCCAUGGAGCAACAAAGUAUGGGGAGUGGGCCUUGAGUAGGCAUAGCAACCAUGGUAAUUAGGUCAUUAGCUUGUUGGGGUGGGGUUUUGUGAAUCAUAGCGGCCAUUUUAGGUAGUGACCAUCUUAAUUAACUUUCACUUACCUGGUAGUUGUCCCACCAUCCCCCCCUUUUUGGUUUUGGUUUGGGUGCUUUCCUGUUUGGUCACUGCGGCAGGUUAGGGCCAGGUUAAAUUUAAAGGAUAGAUGGAGUAGGAAGUGGGGAAUGGCUACAUUAGGAUGGAUUCGGCAGGUAAGGUUCAUUUGCUUGGUAGGUUCGAGCCCGUCGGUGGCUCCGAACCUGGGGGUGUAGGGGUGUCUCGGUACAUCCCUACAGUUAAUAAGUUUGUUAUGGGGCUGAUGGAACAGCCAUGUGAUAUGUUAUCUGUACUGUUAUAUAUAUAUAGUUUGUGGGGUCAUUGCCAGGGGAUAUUUAAGUACAGGGAAUGGUGGGUUAUAUAUAUUUAUUUAUAUAUAUAUAUAUAUAUAUAUAUAUAUAUAUAUAUAUGUAUUUGUUGGCAAUGACCUUAGUUUGUUUCAUUUUCUUAUAAGUUAAUAAAGCUGUGGACAUAUAUGUUCCAACAAGAAAGUGUGUGUCUGUGCAUUCUUCGGUUAUUUGGAAGUGUUUAUAACACGACUGUGCGCUUGUCAUGCGUUUUUCUGGUUAUUUUUUUUGCUAUUCAGUCUCUCACUGUUAAAAUACACCUACCAUUAAAAUUAUAGACUGAUCAUUUCUUUGUCAGUGGGCAAUUGUUCAAAAUCAGCAGGGGAUCAAAUACUUUCUCCCCUGUAUAUAUAUACACAUAUGUUUGCUCAUCUGUCCACUAUUGGGAUUAUUUUUCAUAAAUUUUCCAUAAAUUUUUAUAAUUUAUUUAUAUAAAAAAUACACUUCGAUAACAAGACACGAAACAGCAGUUCAAAACCCUUGUGUGAGGUUAAAGGACCACUAUAGGUAUCCAGACCACGUCAGCUCAAUGAAGUAGUUUGGAUGCCAGGUCACUCUAGUUUUAACCCUGCAGCUAAAAACAUAGCAGUUUCAGAGAAACUGCUAUGUUUCACUGAGGGUUAAUCCAGCCUCUAGUGUCUGUCUCACUAACAGUCGCUAGAGGCGCGUCCGCGAUUCUCACUGAAAAUCACAGUGAGAGGACCAUGGACGUCCAUAGUGAAGCAUUGAGUAAUGCUUUCAUAUGGACUGUUUGAAUGCGCACGCGGCACUUGCCGCGCAUGUGCAUUCGGAUCUGACGUCGGCAGGGCAGGGCCGGUGCAAGGAUUUUUGCCGCCCUAGGCAAAAGUAAAGUUUGCCGCCCCCCCCGUGACAUCACAAUGCCCCACCCAUAUGACCUGCCUGUUAACUAACGCUAGUGCUGCAGUGCCGCCGUGUUUACAUUAAAAGGCCUGCAGGGACAGGCUAUAGACACCAGGACCACUACAUUAAGCUGCAGUGGUUCUGAGGACUAUAGUGUUUCUUUAAUGUGAGGUAAAUUAGAGAUUAGUGCCACAAAUAAUAUACUAGAUUACCUACUUACAAGCAGAUGAGGAUGAUGAUGGGCUCUAGCUGCAGUCUGGCUCCACUGGUCUGGUGUAUAACAGGAUCUCUGGAGGCUGUUUGUAACUGUGGUCACAAAAAUCAAUGUUCUGUGAGAACGAGAAGCAGCUCCAUUUUUUGGGGGCACUUUACACAGCUCAAGGUCUGGGUCCCAGGGUCCACCUUCAUGUUCCACCAAUGAGUUUGUUCACAGGGGGUGGAGUGUGUAGGGGAUGUCCUGAUUUGUGUGUAAGGAAUGCAUUGUGUGAAUCUGUGUUUGUAUGUGUAAGGGCUGCAAGGUGUGUUUCUGUGUAUGUAAGGGAUGAAGUGUGUGAGUCUGUAAGGGGUGCUUUGAGUGUGUGUAAGGAAUGCAUUGUGUGUUUCUGUGUGUGUAAGGGAUGCAUUGUGUGUAAGGCUUGCAUUGCGUGUGUGUGUGUGUAAUGCAUUGUGUGUUUUUCUGUGUGCAAGGGGUUCAUUGUCUUUGUGUGUGAUUGUGUGUGUGUGUGAUGGAUGUCAAUCUCUCCCCCCUCCCUUGUCACUCUCUUCUCCCCCUCCCUUGUUACUCUCAUUCUCCCUCCCUGUCAAUUUCUCUCUCCCCGUCAAUUCCCCUCCCUGUCAAUGUCUUCCCCCCUCCCUGUUUCUUUCUCCCCCCCCUCCCUCUCCUCCUCCUGUUUCUUUCUUUCUCCCCCCUCCCUCCCUGUUUCUUUCUCCUCCUCCCCUCCCUCCCUGUUUCUUUCUCCCCUCCCUCCCUCCUUCUUUCUCCCUCCCUGUUUCUUUCUCCCCCCCUCUUUCUUCUCCCUCCUCCCCUACCUGUGUUGUAGCGUGGCCGAGCUCUGUAUAGUCGGCGGGUACAGGGAGCUUUUGUUUCCUGUACCGGGCCGGACUAACAGGAAGUGCACACUCAGUGUGCACUUCCUGUUAGUCCGGCCGGGUACAGGAGACAGAUGCUCCCUGUACCCGCCGACUAUACAGAGCUCGGCCACGCUACAGAGAGGGAGUGACAGGAGGGAGCGCUGAGCGCUUCCCUCCUGUCAGCCCCUCUCCCCAGGCUGCGCCCGGGCUGUGUGGACCGCCCUCAUGGACGCACCGCCCGGGCAAAGCUGCAGCCGCCUGAGGCUCUUUACAGAGCGCUCGGGCGGCUGCAGCAUGAGCGGGGCCGGCGCUCCUGGCGGCGCCCCCUCCCAAGGGGCGCCCUAGGCGGCUGCCUAGUCCGCCUUACAGAUAGCGCCGGCCCUGCGGCAGGGGGUUCCCCAGCACAGAGGGAGCCCUAUGCUGAAGAAAGGUAAGUGGCUGAAGGGGUUUUAACCCCUUCAGCCCAGUGGGAGGGGGCCCUGAGGGUGGGGGGAACCUAAUGACCCUAUGGUGCCAAGAAAACAUAGUGCUCCUUUAACCUUACUCCCCUCGCCAAAAGGAUAAAUAAUGUAUAAAUAAGUGAAAAAACAUUAAUAUAUAGUGGAGCACGUAAUAUAGGAUACCUUACUUUGAGUAAAGGGUAACAAUCUAUUUUAAGCGAUCCACUAUAUACCAGUUUUUUACACUUAUUUAUGCAUUAUUAUAAUUAUUUUUGUUUAUGAAAAGUGAUGCCCUGAAAGUAUAUUCCUUUUAUUGUGUGAGAACCCUUUAAGAUUAUUUUAUCAUUUCUGAUUUUUUAUUUUGCAUUGGUUUUUAUCUAAUGUUUAUUGCAUUAGUAGUUUUUCAAGUAUUUAUAUAUUCAUGCAAAUUAUUCUAAUUAUUUAUAUAUGAAACAUAAUUUAAUAUGAAUAAAAUAAAAAAACUGAGAAAUUAAGAAUUUUUUUUAGUUAAGCAUGGUAUUUUAACUGUGAAUUUCAUAAUACUAUUAGCUUUUACUGUAAUAAAACACACAUAUUUGUAUUCAGCGAUGUACAGAUUUUAUAGUGUUUUGGAAAUUACAGGGUCAAAUAGCACAUUCUAUUUUUCAGUAUAAACACAUUGAAAUUUGCCAGACUGGUUAUGUUGCCUUUGAGACCGUAUGGUAGCUCAGGAAUAAGAAUUACCCUGAGGGCAUACCAUUUGCAAUAGAUCCUUGAGAGAGUUGUGGAUGUGAGAUUGACAGACUUCUUCGUAUCCAACUCUCUGCUUGACCCGCUUCAGUCUUGAUUCCGUGCUCACUCUGUUGAAACAGCUGUGACCAAAGUAUCCAACGAUUUAAUCGCUGCUAAAUCUCGUGGCCAUUACUCUAUCCUAAUUCUCCUUGAUCUCUCUGCUGCCUUUGACACUGUUGAUCAUCAACAGCUUCUUCUCAUUCUCCAUAAUCUCGGUCUACAGGAUACCGCUCUCUCCUGGUGCUCCUCUUACCUCUCCCAGUACGUUUUCAGUGUUUCUUUCUCUGGCUCUGCCUCUUCUCUCCAACCCCUCUCUGUCUCCGAUCCCCAAGGUUCUUUCCUUAGUCCCCUACUGUUCUCUAUCUAUACUGCCUCCCUUGGUAAAUUCAUCAGCUCCUUUGGCUUCCAUUAUCAUUUAUAUGCAGAUGACACACAAGUCUACCUGUCCUCUCCUGAUCUCUCCCCGCCCAUCUUGACUCCUGUCUCUGACUGCCUCUCCGCAAUUUCCAACUGGAUGGCUGCUCACUUCCUUAAACUCAACCUGUCCAAAACAGAACUUCUGGUCUUUCCUCCCUCAAGUGUUGUUACUCCCGUGUCUGUCUCCCUCCAAGUCAACGACACCACCAUCACCUCUACCUCACAGGCUUGCUGCCUAGGUGUUCUCUUUGACUCUGACCUCUCCUUCACCCCUCAUGUCCAGUCAAUCGCCAAAUCCUGCCGCUUCCAUCUCAAAAACAUAGCUUGCAUCCGCCCUUAUUUAACACCAGGUCCGGCUACAGUGCUGGUCCAUGUCGUUGUUCUUUCUCGCCUUGACUACUGCAAUCCCCUUCUCAGUUGUCUUACGUGUUUCCAUAUUGCACUGCUGAAAUCUAUAAUAAAUACGGCGGCGAGGUUCAUUUUCCUGUCCGCCCGCACCUCCCACCUCUGUCGGUCCCUACAUUGGCUUCCAGUUAGAUAUAGAGCUCAAUUUAAGAAUCUGGUGCUUGUUUACAAGUCCCUACAUAAUGCUGCUCCAACUUACCUAUCCUCCCUAAUGCACAAAUAUGUCACGUCGAGGUCCCUGCGCUCUGCCGAACACCUACGCCUAUCAUCUCUCAGUACUCCCACAUCUGAUGCUUGCCUCCAAGACUUCUCCAGGGCUGCACCUCUUCUGUGGAACUCCCUUCCCUUCUCCGUUAGACUUUCACCCAGCUCCACUCUUUCAAAAAAAAUCUUUGAAAACACACUUCAGGAAAGCAUAUCUUUUAAACUGUUAGUGGGUUUUCACUUCCCCCCUCCCCCCACACUCCCUGCCAUGACUCCUCUCCUGCAACUCUCAAAAAUAACCUACUACGUUCUCAGUGAUUACUUUUCUAGCAACCUGUAACGGAUCACCUGGCACCCCGACUGGGUACCUCCGUUGAAGGAUGCUCCUAGCGCUUCCUGAGGACUCCAAGCACUGCAGCAGACACCACAACCACCGAACCGGAGAAACAUACAGCCUCUUUUAUUCACAAUCCACAAACAUAGUACUGCCCACAGGGUUUUGAAAUACAACCAAUCAAUCCUUACAAUACACACAGACACUCCCACACAAAAUCCUCCCCUCUGCCUGUGAUAUGAUUAUUGAACACAAUGGUUAAUAUAAUUAUGACAGGCAGAGAAAUACAAUAUUAUAAAAAUAUCACAGGGACCCCAAAACAUGCAUUAACCCCAUAAAAAGUAUAUCCUCGGAACCGGGGGAUCUGGGUGAACCACAUAUCCAAAAUUAACCCAGAUCCGUUCAGUAGUUUGAAAGAUACAGUUUAAUGCAGAUUCCGCAGAACAUAUACAGGCUAUAUGAAAAACAGUUACUGUAUAAUAUGUCCCCUGUUGUAUAGUCCAAAACCACUGCACGAUGUCUCUGCCGUGCACCAAAUACCGGCGAGAUGGCCCCGUGUAGAAAAGUCCAAACAGUGUCUGUGAGUUAAAAUGGCCGCCAUCCAUUGUUCUCACCAUGUGCUUCAUCCAUUGUUCUCACCAUGUGCUUCAUCCAUUGUUCUCACCAUGUGCUUCUGAUACAUGAAAUGGUGGCCACCCAGUAACCUCACAGUAUGUCCCCUGAUGGUUCUUAAAGGGCCAGCAGCAGCAUAAUAAAAUACAAUAUGCCCAAAUACUGUAUUUAAAGGGCCAAAUCUCCCAGCGGCUAUAGUCAGCAGGCAGGAGGCGGGCAAACAGGCUUCUCCAAUGCCCAGUGGCGAGGUUGGUUUCGCCACAUUUCUCCCCUUUCCCAAAAAGACUAACAAGGUAUCUGGCCUCCUGUUGGUCAGUGCCCUGGUUAGUCCAGCAACCCACCCACAAAACAGAACUGCAGUAUAACCCACCCACGAAAAUUGGUUACUACACGUGGAGUAGUGGGUCGCUUGUCCAGGUCCAGGAGCUCCACCUAGGCUCUGGGGGGUACUAGCACUCUGGAUUGGUGGGUUGCUGGGUGGGCAGAGACCAGCGGUACUCUGCCCUGGUGCCUGCGCUACCACGGGAGUAGCCUGGUUGGAGCCCAGGUGAGGGAACGGCGUAGUAGGCUCCUCACUCCGGACCUGGGGCUGCUGCUGGAGGGGAAGACAGGCUGUCCCCUAUUUGGAUAUUGAGUGCUUUGUGGUAAAAGAGUUCUGGGAUGCCUCAAUCACGUGUGCUAGGGGUGCAAAUAGCAGCCAAUACAAAGGUGCAGAUUGCUCUGAAAUUGCCCCAUUUCAUCCAGAAACUCUGUACAUACAGACUCCUACCACCAUGACCACUUCUAAAACCUGAAGCUGCAGGGGGACAGGACCGACUGUCCCUACACUCUGUGGUUUGGGCACAGAGACCACGGUCCCAUAUGCACCUGUGUGGGGCUUAUCAUCUCCCCUUGGUGGGCUAGGCUGCCGCUGGGGAGGGGGAAUGAGACUCUCCCCUCCUGGUAGAAUACUCUGCCGCUGGGGAGCAGGACCGACUGUCCGUACUCCCUGUAGCUUGGGCGCAGAGACCAUGGUCCCAUCUGCGCUGAUGGGGGCUUAGUGUCUCCCCUUGUUGGGCUACGCUGCUGCUGGGGAGAGGGGGUAACAAGCUCCUCUCCCUUACACACUUUCAGCUGCUGGGGAGAAGGGGUAACAGUCUCCUCUCCCUGACACUCUCUCUGCUGGUGGAGAGGAGGACCGACUGUCUCCCCUUUCAAUAUAUUGUCCUGCUGCUGGGAAAUGAGACCGACUGUCUUAUCUUCCCCAUCUGGGAGAAUAAGGUCUACCCUUUGGGAAAUACACUGCCGCUGGGGAGGAAGGACGGCACCUUCGGCUCCCUGUGAUACAUACUGGUGCUGGGGAGGAAGGACAGCACCUUCAGCUCCCUGUGAUACAUACUGCGGCUGGGGAUCUGGGCCGACCCAUCUCCACCUGCCAUCUGUGGGUCUUCCCAGGACCAGUCUGUGAGGUCCCUCAACAUUUGCGAGUAAGGACCACCUGCUUCUGCACCUGGCAACUCAGGCUGCUGCUGGGGAUCUGGGCCGGCUGCCCAGCAUCCCGGUGGGCCUGGUGGAGAGACCUCGGUCCCAUCUCCACCUGCCUGUUGUGUUUCCUCACAGGACCAGUCUAUGAGGACCCCUACUUCGGGUUCCUCCGGCCGCCUCAGGGGGAGACGGCUAUCCUCCUCGGUUGCAGCCUCUACUCGGCUGCUGUAACACUCCUUCCGCUGAGCAUGCUCUCUCUCUUUCGCCAGCCGGAAUUCUCGGGCCAGCCUUGUGUUUCGCUUGGCGUGACCUGGUUCCAGAUCACCUGGCGUAUCUCUAUGGGUACAUCAUCCCCAUACUGGGCCACUCGCUGCCUCACCUCGGCCAUUCAAUCAUCUUCAGAGCCAGAGCCUUCCAUACCUGUCUGCUCCAAGUCGCUGGAUACCACUGCUCCCAGAGGUGCUGCAUGAGUGCUAGCGUUGCCCUCAAUUUGUAACUCCACGAACGGUGUGUCUGAGCUUCUUUACCUCGCACUAGGAUGCCAUCCCACCGCUGCCACCAAUGUAACGGAUCACCUGGCACCCCGACUGGGUACAUCCAUUGAAGGAUGCUCCUAGCGCUUCCUGAGGACUCCAAGCACUGCAGCAGACACCACAACCACCGAACCGGAGAAGCAUACGAAUGCUCUCAAGCAUUAGAAUGCUGUAAGCAGCUGAACAGGAAAAGCAUACAAUCAGCUUACACUCCUGGCAAUCAGCAUACAAUCCAAUUCCCCCAAUAACGAGGCGACACUUCGUUUUGAGGUCAAGCAGAACUGACUGUACUGGCACAUACAGCCUCUUUUAUUCACAAUCCACAAACAUAGUACUGCCCACAGGUUUUUGAAAUACAACCAAUCAAUCCUUACAAUACACACAGACACUCCCACACAAAAUCCUCCCCUCUGCCUGUGAUAAGAUUAUUGAACACAAUGGUUAAUAUAAUUAUGACAGGCAGAGAAAUACAGUAUUAUAAAAAUAUCACAGGGACCCAGAAACAUGCAAUAACCCCAUAAAAAGUAUAUCCUCGGAACCGGGGGAUCUGGGUGAACCACAUAUCCAAAAUUAACCCAGAUCAUUUCAGUAGUUUGGAAGAUACAGUUUAAUGCAGAUUCCGCAGAACAUAUACAGGCUAUAUGAAAAACACUUACUGUAUUAUGUGUCCCCUGUUGUAUAGUCCAAAACCACUGCACGAUGGCACCGUGUAGAAAAGUCCAAACAGUGUCUGUGCGUUAAAAUGGCCGCCAUCCAUUGUUCUCACCAUGUGCUUCAUCCAUUGUUCUCACCAUGUGCCUCUGAUACAUGAAAUGGUGGCCACCCAGUAACUCCACAGUAUGUCCCCAGAUGGUUCUUAAAGGGCCAGCAGUAGCAUAAUAAAAUACAAUAUACCCAAAUACUGUAUUUAAAGGGCCAAAUCUCCCAGGGGCCAUAGUCAGCAGGCAGGAGGCGGGCAAACAGGCUUCUCCAAUGCCCAGUGGCGAGGUUGGUUUCGCCACACAACCUAUUUCAUUAAUCCUACUUAUACCCUUUGUGUCACUAUACUCCACUCCCUCUAGCAUGUAAGCUCAUAAAGCAGGGCCCUCAACCCCUGUGCGUCCAAUUGUCUGGUUACAAUUACGUGUUAGUCCACCCAUUGUACAGCGCUACGCAAUUUGCUGGCGCUAUUUAAAUAAGAUAAUAAUAAAUAAUAAUAGUAGACAACCCAAAGUAUUGCAAAUGGGGUAUGUCCAGUCUUUUUCUAGUAACCACUUAUUCACAAACACUGGCCAAAGUUAGAGUUUAUAUUUGUUUGUUUGUGAAAAAUGCAACGCGAUCAAAUGGCCCAGGAGGGCUGAAUUAGCCAGAAGUGGACUGCCUGGGAUCUCAGGGACCCAAUGAGUAUUAAGGACAGUGGGGACGUUGUAUGCCACCCGCCAGUGUUUAGGACCAGCUCCUUAAGGACAGCAUUAAAUUAUAAACAUUUAUACAUAAACAUAAUUCUAUAUUUAUAUAUAAAAUAAUGCUUGUUUACUUAAGUUUAUGACUUGACAAAGGCCAGUGUAGGUCAAAACAUCACCUUUUGCUUGCUGUAAGUCUGUACUUUUAAAGGGGCUAUUGAGUGCUUUGUGGUAAAAGAGUUCUGGGCUGCCUCAAUCACGUGUGCUAGGGGUGCAAAUAGCAGCCAUUUCAUCCAGAAACUCUGUACAUACAGACUCCUACCACCAUGACCACUUCUAAAACCUGAAUUGAUAGUUGAAGUAACUAUUUAAGCUCCAGUGAGCUUAACCCUUUAAGGACCGGACUGUUUUUGUGAUGUUGUACAUUUGCGACCAGGCCUCUUUUUACACUUUUGUGAUGUUUGUGUUUAGCUGUCAUUUUCUGCUCUCUCAUUUACUGUUCCCAUACAAAUUAUAUAUUGUUUUUUUAGGACAAAAGGGGCUUUCUUUACCUACCAUUAUUUAUAUAAUCUCAUGUAAUUUAAUUUAAAAAAAAUUUUAAAAAAAUAUGAUGAAAAAUUGAAUAAAAAAAUACCAGUUUUUUGACUUUUAAUUGAAAAGUCUUUUACUAAUCUACAAAAGCUAAUGAAAAAAACUGCUAAAUAGAUUCAAAAUGUUGUCCUGAGUUUAAAAAUGCCCAGUGUUUACAUGCUUUUUUGCUUUUUUUUGCAAGUUAUAGGGCUAUAAGUACAAGUAGGAUAUUGGGGUUUCAAAACAUACAUCAAUAGUGACAUUGUAGAUAGCGAGAUCCCAGACAUCAAACCCACACACCUUACCACCAUGGAACACAAAAUGAAAAAGCCCAAACAGGACAGACCUAACCUGGGGAUGAACAUCUGCGAAAGGUGGCGUCAAGCACAUGACGCGAGCGGGCCCAAGAUGGCCGCGCUGUCGGGUGGUUGUUCCGAUUUCUCGGACGACCUGGCUUCGGAGGAGGAAGAGACACUUUCACUCACACCGGCUAAACCCCCGCCGACAAAGCCCACAACCCCCGGACACAUCCCCGGUUACUAUAUCGGCCUUAAAGGGACUCCUUGCGGAACUACAGAUCACCCUGCAAGCCGACAUUGCCACAAUAAGUGGAGGGCUGCAGGGGCUAACAGGCUGAAUCGACACACUAGAAACUACCACUCACCAGGACUCCCAGCGGAUACAAGUGCUGGAGAGAGUGGUGCAGGACAUCCAGCAGCAAAAUCAGGCCAACGAGCGCCGCUUCGCAGCCCAAGAAGACCUACGACGGCGGAACAAUUUGAAACUCAGGGGGGUCCCCGACGCGGUCCCCGAAGCAGAGCUGCCGCACUUAAUGCGGAGAAUGAUGGGAGACCUACUACCACCCUAGCAGGCCAAAGCAACACCCCUGGACGGGCUUUUUCAGAUCCCCAAACCAGCCAAAGCACAACCAAUGGCAUCAAGCGACCUGAAAAUCCAAUUCAGGCACAGAGCAGACAAGAUGGCAAUCCUGAAGGCAAUCAGGGGUAAGCCAAACUACCGCUUUGAAAAUAUGGCAUUGAAAUUUUACAGCGACCAGUACAAUGGCUUGGCGGAGGUCAUUCAAGCCCCUUACAUCACUGCUCCAACAGCGCAACAUAGGAUACCGCUGGCGCCUGCCCCGCAUGCUCCAGGUCACCCACGGAGAGACCACAUACCAACUCCAGGAGCUACGAGACGCAGGCACACUCCUAAGGGACUUGGGACUACCACAGGACCUUUUAUUAAAACCUCAGUCAUGACCCGAUACCAGGCCCACGCAUACCUGGGACGUUACCUCACUGUAGGUGUGUGCGAACAGCUAUAUUUCAUGCUUCCUGCUGUUAACCGCUGACGUACAUCCCAACACUCGCUUAACCAAUUAUUUCAACUUUACAUAAGAGCAUCACCUAGCAUGCAAAUUACUCCCAAGUUACCUCCAUGAGAGUAGUACUUAGCACUGAGUUUAGCUAAAAAUUAUUGAUACACAUAGACAAGCAAUCGGACCACUAACAUAUUGUUUUCUAACCGAGUUUAAUCAGCUGUGUACUACAAAUGGCAACGUCCGAAUAGCUUGUUCAUAACUUAACAUGUUAAAAAUGUGCUGAUAUUUCCAUGUCACUACUGUGUUUAUAUCUCUUACCUCUGUUGUUGUGGCAUGGUCAACCGUUCUGUCAAUCUUUGCACAAAGAAAAAUAAAGAAUAAAAAAAAUUAAAAAAAAGUGACAUUGUAACACUAUUAUCUGUCAUAAAUCUCUGAAUAACACCCCCACAUGUACAUAUUUUUUUUUAAAGUAGACAACCCAGGAUAUUCAAUAUGGGGUAUAUCCAGUCUUUUUUAGUAGCCACAAACAAUGGCCAAAGUUAGCGUUCAUAUAUGUUUGUGUGUGAAAAAAGUAAAAAACGAAAUUGAACGCUAAUUUUGGCCAGUGUUUGACUAAGUGGCUGCUAAAAAAGACCUUGCAAUACCUUGAGUUGUCUUCUUUUGCAAAUGGUAUGCCAUCAUGGGGGAAAUUCUCAUUCCUGAGCUACCAUACGCUCUCAAAGGCAACGUAACCAACCUGGCAAUUUUCAAUGUAAAAAUAUUUGACCCAUAUAUUUGACCCUGUAAUUUAAAAAAGCGCUAUAAAACCUGUACAUGCGGGGUACUGUUAUACUCGGGAGACUUUGCUGAACACAAAUAUUAGUGUUUCAAAACAGAAUGUAUCACAACAAUGAUAUCAUCAGUAAAAGUGUUGUUUGUGUGUUAAAAAUGCAAAAUGUCACUUUCACUGACAAUACCAUCACUGUGAUAUGUUUUACUGUUUUGAAUCACUAAUAUCUGUGUUCAGCAAAGUCUCCCGAGUGAAACAGUACCCCCCAUGUACAGGUUUUAGGGUGUCAUAGAAAGUUACUGGGUAAAAUACAGUGCUAGCAAAAUAAAUUCUCUGGACUUUUGGCCUGGGUUGUCAGGCAGGUCCCUCAAAUUGCAAUCAAUAAAAUUACUUAAUUACUUACUAUUGUGACCAUGUGAUCCCUCUGUUGAGCGAUCACAUGGCCCCAGGAGUCCUAAUCCGCCAUGUGGAGAUCCGCCACACCUAAUCCACCACACCGGGGGAACGACAGUGAUCGGGUAAGUACAUUAGACCGUUGUGAUGAUUCAGGAUCGUCAGCAAUACAAAAAAAGGACCACUAUAGUGCCACGAAAACAAACUUGUUUUCCUGGCACUAUAGGAUCUUUAGGUUCCCCCCUCCCUCAGGGUCCCACUCCCGCUGGGCUCAAGGAGGCUGAAGGGGUUAAACACUUACCUUUCUCCAGCGCCAGGUUCCCUCGGUGCUGGGGAACUCUCCUCCUCCUCCCGACGUCAUUGCUGAAUGCGCAUGUGCGGCAAGAGCCGCACGCACAUUCAGACAGUCCAUAGAAAAGCAUCUCAAUGUCAGUGAGACAGCCACUAGAGGCUGGAUUAACCCUAGUGUAAACAUAGCAGUUUCUCUAUGUUUAAAGCUCCAGGGUUAAAACCUGGGGGACUUGGCACCCAGACCACCUUGAAUUGAAGUGAUCUGGGUGCCUAUAGUGGUCCUUUAACUACCAGGAAAAAAACAGGACUGGUCGUCUAAUUGACAGGGGGUGUAAGAAGGUUAUUUUAUAAAAGUGCAAAUUUAUAUUGUAUAAAUAUUGUAAAGUGGAAAAAAAAUUAGAUCAGACAAAUAUUUUUGUGGGUAGCAAAUCAAAAUGGUUAAUAGUAUGUGCAGAUCAUGUGUUAAUGGCAUUAAGUCAACCACAUAUUUUAUUAUCUGUGUUAAAAAUAUUCUUAACAAUGUAUCAUAUUAGAAAAUGAAUGUAAACAAGUCACAAGCAUUAGCUAUUGGAUUAGACAGAGUAGUUUUAACAGCAUUAUUAAACAAUUUUCAGAUUCACUGGGCAGAUGACAAUGUUAUAUAUUUAUUUAGGACUACAUAUAUAGAAAACAAGCCCAGAAAAAUAUAUCUAAAAAAUAAUGUUAAACUAAAUUACAUUCCUGAACAUAUUUUGUAUUAAGUAACUGAUCCAACUCACCCUUCUCGUAGUUAGAUAGAAUAUCAACUAUAAAGAUGUUAAUAUCUACUCUGUAAUGUCUGUAAGAGUUUGUUCUGUACACUGUCUAUAAAAAUAGCAAAACUAUGUUUAAUAGAACAAUGGUUUGUUUGUUUUUUGGUUUUUUAUUCUUUAUUUUUACGGUGCAGAAUUAGGCAUACAGGCUUGCAUUAACAUUGUGAAAGAUUGACUGUAGUGGCACAGAGAUGUGACAUACAAUAUCAAGAAAAUAUGCACUGUUUGUUGGUAUAUAAAUGACAUGGUAAAUCCGUGUGUGUCUAAUGAUAGACCAAACAAUCUAGUAAAAGCUAAGCUGGGUCUCAACACAAAUAAUAACAUGCAAUGAAAUGCCCACCAGAGUUCUCAGGUAUUAAGUUAGGGUAGGUGACUGGCGGCUACUAAAAAUAUAAAAUGAAAGUAGCAGAGACAACACAAAUCAAGCAAAAGACAAGCUGCACCAACUGACAUUAUGAUUAAAUUAAAAUAAAAACAAAAAAUAAUAAAAACAGAAUAUAGUACGAAUAAACAGGCAGACUUGAUCAGCCAUGCUGGAAUAGAAAUCCACUGGAUACGCUUCACAUUGAGACAAGUCAAGUCUCUGCAUUACAAAUUAGAAAAAUAAUAACAUGAAUUAGGAGAGAUUUCCCAGAACGGCAAGCCUAUACCCCUUGUAGGCCAACGGUCGUGGGACAGUACGGUGCUGGGAUCAGCUCCUACUCCCUUUGCCUUUGCCUCUCGCUGCAGUAAUAGAUAGACUUGAUGCAUUAGAAACAGAGACAGUUCCAGAUGCCAGACCCCUCCCCCCCUCUUCCCCUUCAACCUAGGCCUUAAUAGGAGCCAGUGCCUGGUCUCCUGGAAACCUCUGUCUUGGUAGGAGGAUUGUGACCCCGCACAGGCCUCAGGUGUUGUGGUGUCUCUUGGGUCCAGAUGAUGUGCAGCAAGCUGGAAUGGCCUCUGAUGUCAGCAGAGCGACAGGCGAGGUAGGUAUUCUUGGUCAGCAGGUCACACAAUGCCAAAUCUCCUGGCACAGCUUCUCAAAAAGAGCCUCAAAGUUCUCCCUCCAGUUUUGGCCCGUGGGCUUGUUUGACUUUGAACAUGUACUUGCAUGGCUACCAUCUCGGACUUGCCUCUUGGUAAUUGAGUAAGCAGAUGUUAAGUGCUGCAGAGUCACAACUUCUGCAGUGGGGACCAGGAUAUCCCCCACCAGUCCAAAGAGGGUAGCAGAGGUACCAUGCAAGGGAAAAUAUUGAGCUACCUGAAAUCCAACACUCUGUCAUUAUCAGUACAACACUAGCCAUGCCAGUCCUGUGAUAGUCUCCUAGCUUCACUUUACUACAAACUAAUAGUGGAGCCAGGUAGCUCCCUUUUUCUGUUCCCUGAUGGAAACUUGUAGGGGUGAGAACCCCGCAACACCCAAAAAAAAAGUAGUGUAGGCAGACCCAAAGAAUGAUGAAAUGAUUAUAUAGGAAAUAAAAUAAAUAAAUAAGUUUGUUGUCUUUGUUAUACAUUCCAGAACAGAAAAAAUAUCAAUACGUAAGCUACCCUGGCACCAGACAGAGGAUUGAAUAAGACAGGCAGGGCAUUUGAGAGGCAUCUCAGCCUGCCAGGAAAGAUCUACCUCUAUCAACUCCCUCACCUACUCAGUGAGUGAUCAUUUGUAUUAUAGCAUGGCUCUAGACUCUAAGAGAGCAGGGUCGUCUGUCAGUAGGGCAACGGUUUUAUAGACCGUCAUCCAAAAUGGCACUCUGUUAUUGUGCAGCUUCACCAAAAUUGCAGAAAUUCCCCCUCACUGUGCAUAUAUUGCCAGCAACUAAGCUACCUAAGAGUCCUAUACCAGAAAGAUAAAAUCAGAAGGAGUGUGUGUCUAUUUUGUAUAAGGUACAAAAUAGACACUGGGGCGGGGCCUCAGUGGAGCACAUCUCUUCAAAACUAGUAAGUGCUCAAGCCAAAUAUGAUCUCUGCAGGAUGGAUAUAAUGUAGUCUCUGAUCUGGUAGCAUGCAAAUAUAAACAAAAGAGGGAUCCUUUUAUCCCCUAUCAAAAUCUCUUAGGAUCUGAUCUGUCUAUGAGGAUCAACAAAUAUGUCUUGCCUGUGGAAUAAACACUUUUUGGGAACAGGAUCUGUAUUGAGUGUCUUCCACCCAACUCAAAAGAUUGAUGCGUUGCAAUAGCAGGAGUGGUGAGAGUAGAGGCAAAUAAACAUUUUCUUCUUUGGAAACACCAUAUACACAUUGACAGUCCCAUAAAAGGAUGUCUCCAGACCAUUCGCCCUCCCUUCAGAGGUCAAUCCACAGUACACAGCUAAUCGCAUCCAGAAGAGUGCAUACCUCUAGACUUAUUCACAAUGUGUCAUUAUGUUGGAUACUCUAUUCCUUAAUCCUUGUUAGUUGUGUCGAUCAAUAAUAUUUUCCCAAAUACAAAAGUGAUAAGCAUUCACUGCUCUUGGAGAGCGACAUCUGAGAGAAAGACAGGCAAGGUGACUUACUGCACCAAACAAAGGAAUGGAUUGUGCAUAUCAGAGUGCCACAGAAGAGAGUCUUCAGUUUUAUUCAGACGGUUGGCCAGCUUCCCCCUACUAGUUAAUAGCUUUCUAUAAGUCUGUUUGUUGCCAGUAGCCCGGUGUGCCACUUCUAGUUUGGCUAUCACAUAAUAUAGAUCAGGGGUAGGCAACCUACAGCACAAGUGCCAUGCACGGCACUCGAGGUGUCUUUCCACGCCACUCAAGGCUGCUAGAGCCAAACAGGGUCUGGCCUAUCAGGAGUCUCAGUUAAACUUCAGAUAUCUGCUAAUACAAAGAGGUAGUGAAGGACAAUCCUCAAUUUAUGCAUUGCAGCACUUAGAGGAAGUGAUCUCAGAUCACUUCCUCCCAGCACUUGUGAAUGGGAAUCCACACUGUAGUAGAGCAGCCCACAGCUGAUGUUGCAGCUCUUGUCCUUUUAUAGAUGUUUAUAUAUUAUAGUAUAGAUGUUUGUUUAAUUUGUGUGGAGCAUUCCUGCUGUCUCUGAGCACCCUCCACGAUAUAAUGUUCAUGUACUACCGUUGUUGCAUUCUCAAGGAAAUAAUACUACAGAACUUUCUGUGUCUGUGUUACAUGAAUGGAAUCAAUCAGUAGCUUUCAUUUAGCCUUCAGUAAAUUCUCAUAACUCUGUGCAGUACUGACAACAUCAUCUGUAAUGGACAGUGGUCCGACUAUGUCAUUUGUCAAAUUGUCAUGGAGUUACAUAGUUACAUAGCUGAAAAGAGCUUUGCGUCCAUCAAGUUCAGCCUUCCUCACGUAUGUUUUUGCUGUUGAUCCAAAAGAAGGCAAAAAACCUAGUCUGAAGAGCUUCCAAUUUUGCCACAAACUAGGAAAAAAUUCCUUCUUGACCCCGAAUUAGCUGUCAGAUGUCUCCUUGGAUCAAGCAGCUAUUACCCCACUAAUUAGAAAUUAUAUCCCUGUAUUAUACGAGGAAAACAAAAAGAAUUAACCUAGGGCCAAAAUUUAGAUAUCACAAGUAGAGGGCACAAAAAAAGGGGGGUAACCCCUAAAUGGUGAAUAUCAUAGAGAAUAAAAAAAAAAAGAAAAAAAGGGGCUCUGGACACUUACUGACACAUUAUUAGUGUCGGCACCUAACUCUCUGCUUAUCUAUUGCUAAAUUCAAGUUCAUUCAUGUCCAGCAUCUCAGGAGUGCAUAUUGGAGACUCUUAACACUAAUUUUGUGUACUCUGUACAUACUUUAUUUCUUUUUCUUUUUCCUUUAUUAUGUUUAUGGGGGGAGAUUGAUAAGACCAGGCAUUUUACUAAGGGGUGCCCUCGAAGGCACAAGACUCAGGAAUCUUUAUUCUAUAUGCCUUUAUUCUAUAUGCCUUCCUCUGUCACUGUCUGUAUAUUUUCUACCACCUAGGCAACCUGUUCAAAAAACUGUUUGUAAACCCUCUUUUUAUACUUUGACCUAUUAUUUAGAUGCAGCCAGCACUUAGGCAACUUGCGUGACUUUUAACCGGUAUAUUUUCUACUAUCUAGGCAACCUGUUUAAAAACUGUUUGUAACCUUUUCUUUAUACUUUGACCUAUUAUUUAGAUGCAGCUAGCAUUUAGGCAACUUGUGUGAUUUUUAACCGGUUAACUGCUGCCUGUCAGCAGUCCUUCACAGGUGAGCUACUACUUGGUGCUCCAUUGUGGUCAAGCAUAAGUUAACAUCAUUCAGUGCAGGCAGCUGUUGUUACACUAGAAUAUACUGCUAGGUAUCUUGCAUAAAAAACGGAGCCAGGUCAGCAACCCCUUAUUUUAUACUUUACUGCUUGACAGCAACCUUUAAUUUAUUAUCAAAGUGCUGCUAUGAUCUAGGCAGCUUUUGUGAUAUUUAACUGGCUAAUCGCCGUCUGUCAGAAAUCUGUCUUAGCUGAACCAUUAUCUUUGAUCUUUCCAAGGUUAAGCACCAUAGAACAUUAUCAAUUAUUGUAUGUGGAGUUAACCCAUGUCGUUAGUUGUACUAUCAUGUAGGGAUUUACUUAUCCAUAUCUUUUAACUAUUGACAGCACUGAUUUAGCAGUUGUCUUAUCUCCUCCCCUCUUGUUACAGCUAUUAGUGAUAUAGAAUAUAGUAUCACUUCUAUUAUUUGGGAAUACACUGUUAUAUUGUAGCUAAACAGUAUUGCUUCAGCAUUAAUGUUAUUAUGUAUACACUUUUACAGCUUGUAUAAGUAGUCACAGAGUUUUACUCGCUGUAUAGUCUCCAUUUACUCCUGCUGUUCAUAUUAUAUAUUUUUUUUCUUUUUUAUAUUUUUCUUUUAGAUUUAUUUAUUAAAAGUUACUUUUUAACCUACAAUCUUCUCAGUAAAUCAUACACAGGUAGAAUGGCACUUUUUUCUUUUUUUCUUUAUUCUCUAUUAUAUCCCUGUAUGUUAUGUUUUUGCAAGUAUUUAUCCAAUUGCAGUUUAAACAUCUGUAAUGACUCUGACAAAACCACCUCUUCAGGCAGAGAAUUCCAUAUCCUUAUUGCUCUUACUGUAAAAAAAACCUUUUCUUUGCCUUAGAUUAAAUCUCCUUUCUUCCAGCCUAAGUGUGACCCUGUGUCCCAUGUAUAGCCUGUUUAUGAAUAGAUUUCCAGAUAAAGGUUUGGUUCUCCAUGAAGAAGUACCGUAAUCAAUAUGUGAGUAACAUCCAUGGACCAACAAAUAGUAGGUAAAAUCUCUCACAAUGGCAGAUAGUAUGUGUGGAGUGGUCAUUGAAAAGUGGACUCCAGAUGGGAGGAGGACUUAGUGCUUGAAUCAGCUUUUGGUUCUAGUACUACAUUUCCCCAUCUACACUUAGGAUUUCUUUUCGGAAUUUGUAUGUAUCAAAAAUCUACACUGUUUGGUGUUGGGCCCAUAGAGGUUUGCGAAUGUUUAGUGCUGGGGAAAUAUAGUCCUCUUAAUGAGGAGGAGUCUCCCUUUUCCAUCCACCUUAGUCUCUUUCUCAUGGAAUAGGAUUGCUCUGAAGAACAUGAUCACCACUCCUUUUGAUUUAACCUGAAUGUUAAUGAUAAAACAAACAAAAAAAACAAAAAAAAAACGUAAUGCUUGGCAGAGCACUCCCAAAAGUGCGUUUCUUGACAAAAUGCUAUUUCGACACAAGGCUUAAAAUCUUGCAGCACCAGUGCUCUUCGAAAAUUAACAAACUGAAACUAAAUGAAGCUAAAUAUUUUUAUUUGAAAAAUUUUCACCCAUGUACAUCUUUAGUAUAUGUUUGUCUUGUUAAGAGCAGAAAGGGGCUGCCUGCCAAAAUAGAAAACAUAGGUGACACCAAGGAUCAGUCCAUAAGCCAGACAUGCACAGCAGUGUUUUACUCAGUGGAGUUGAGGGAUUCUGUGAAAGAUUCCCGGCAGGCCCCUCGUAAGUUAUUCAAUUGUUCUUUAACGGUUUUGCUACUUGCUCAUAAAGAAGGGCAACAGGGCACUCCUGGCAUUAUAAUCUCUACAGAGGGCUGUAGUGGUUAUUCUGCCUAUUCCUUUAAAUAAUCUACUAGUACCCGUCCUAAGAUUACUAUAUAUAGGGUGAGGUAGAGGCAAAAAAUGCCUACAAAAUUCAAAAUAUAAACAAAGAAAAAAUUAGACCUGUGCUACAGAUGCUCCACACCAGGGGCGGACUGAGAACCCUCAGGGCCCCCGGGCAAAAUAAAUCAAGGGCCCCCUUACAGGCCCCUCCCAUACUCCGCAGCAAGCGCCACCCUUUUCCCGCCUUCAUGCACCGCCUCCAGCCACACCCUACACAAUCUUUAGACACAAGGAACAAAAGUGCAAUAAUCCCUUCGAGGCCCCAGUAGAGACUACAAUUGAGGGCUAAUGGGCCAUGGAGGGGGGUCUUUCUAGCAGAGGCUAUCUCAGUGUCCUUUAGAGAGUGUGUUAGAAAGAAGGCCUGUGGGCUGGCUACUGGCCUGGCUGGCUAACUGGUGGCUUGUGGGCUGGCUGGCUGGCUACUGGGGCACUUGUAGAUUACUUAAAGAAAUAAUCCUUGCACAAUAACCACUACUGCUCUGUGUAGUGGUUAUGGUGCCAGAAGGGCCGGGCCCCCCUCCCAUAGUAAGUAGUCAAACCGUUUAAGAACAGUUUGACAACUUACCUGGGGUCUGCUGGGAUAUGGGGCUGUAGUAGGGUAUAGGAGCAGUGGUGCAAUGUGUGAGGGGUGCAGUGUGUGUGUUGGGGUGUAGUGUGUUAAUGUGUAGGGUGUGUGGGGCAAUGUGUGUAUGAGGGGGCUGUGUAUGUGUGUGGCAAUGUUAGUAUGGGGGCUGUGUAUGGAGCUCUGUGUGUAUAUGGGUGGGCAGUGUAUGUGUGUGUGUGUGUGUGAGGCAAUGUGUGUAAAUGUGUAUGGUGUAUGGGGGGCAGUGUGUGAAUGUGUAUGGUGUGUGGGGGCAGUGUGUUUAUGGGGCUAGAGUUCACUCUCACCACUGCGACCACCAGGAAUCCCUGGUGGUCACAGUGUUGAUAGUGAACUCUAGCCCGUAGCUCCAGGGCUAGAGUUAACUCUCGCAAGAGCGGUAACGUUGCCAUGGUAACCGCGGCAACGCUCUGUGCUCGCGCAAGAAGGACCCAGAGGAGCUGCAGGCUGAGCUCCCGGGUCCUCUCUUCCUCCCUCCCCUGCUGGCUGCCCGCAUGGUGCCUUCGGACAGGGGAGGGGGCGCAACUGCCCUGUUGCCCCCCUGGAUCCACCAGUGAUAUAUACAGCCCUUCUGUGUGCCUUUUUGUCUCCCCCCAUCCCUCUGCAUGUUUCUUUCUCCCCCUCACUGCUCCUGUGUCUAUGUCUCCCCUCUCCUUCCCAGUCUCUUACCCCUCUGCCUCUUUCUCCCCCUCCCCUUGUGUGUCUCUCUCCUUUCUCCCUGUCUCUCUCUUCCACUGUUUCUUUCUCCCCCCUUUCCCUGUGUCUCUCUCUCCCCCACAUCUCUCUUCCUCUUUGUCUCAUACUCCCCCAUCUCUUUCUCCCCCUGUGUCUCAUUCUUAUCUCCCUUUCUUCCCCCUCCCCCAACUCUCUAUUCCACCUCUUUCUCCUCUUUCUCCCCCUCCCAUCUUUCUAUUCUCCUCUUUCUCCCCUGUGUCUCAUUCUUCCCUCUUUUCUCCCCCUCCCAUCUCUAUUCCCCUCUUUCUCCCCUGUGUCUCAUUCUUCCCUCUCUUCUUCCCUCUCUCUCUUUCUCCCCCUGUGUCUCAUUCUUCCCUUUCUUUCUCCCCCCUCCCCAUCUCGCUAUUCCCGCUCUUUCUCCCCCUGUGUCUCAAGUCAGAUGGGGCUUGACGCGUUUCAUGCUGGAGCCACCGGGCCGGGUGGCAGCCUCGCCGGUCCGGCAGCACUCCUCGCACUAACGCUGAGGGCUGAAGGAAGGAGGAGCAUGUUUCUCUCAUGCUCCUUUGCGGUUCCCACAUCCUGUGCUGGGAAUUGUGGGAACCGCAGGGAGCAUGAUAGAGAGACAUGCUCCUCCCUCCUUCAGCCCUCAGCGUUAGUGAGAGGAGUGCCGUCGGACCGGCAAGGCUGCCACCCGGCCCGGCGAGGCUGCCUCCCUGCCUGGCGGCUCCAGCGUGAAACGCGGUCGGCCCCCUCAGAGUGUGCCACCGGACCGGCCACCCGGUGGCACCUUCUUCUGCAGUACCCAGAUGCCGCCCUCAAUCCAGCCCUGCCCCCUCCUGGCCGUGCCCUUGGACCAUGUCCGAAGUGCCCGACCGGUCAGUCCGCCCCUGCUCCACACUGAAGUCCCAACAGUGUAUAUACAACCAAAAAACAAACAAUAGUCCUGCGCAUCCAGUAUAGGUGUGCACAAAGUUAAUGCAGCAAACGUUUUCUCGAUGCAGUCCUUUCUCAAUGCUAAUGUCCUCCUAAGAUUACGUUUUGGAUCUGCUACUUGUCUAUAUGUGAAUGCAUGUCUGUGUAUGUGUUCAAGUUAAUUUCCUAUAACAAGAUCUUCUAUAUUUGCUUGUUCUUACUCCAUGUGCAGUCAGUGAAUGAGGUAAUGCAAUUACAUGGGAUUUAUCAUAAAGCAAAGUUGUCCUACCAGGGAUAGACAACAUUCUGCACUCCAAAUGUUGUUCACUACAUCUCCCACAAUGCUCUUACAGCAAUAAUGCUGGCAAAGCAUCAUGGAACGUAGAGUCCAAAACUCUGGAGUGCUGAAGGAUGCCUAUUCUUGUGACGGAAUCUAACAAUUUUUUGUUUUUUUUUAUAUAACCUUUAAACACAAUCACAUUUUGGACUUCAAGCACCCUGGCAUGAUUUCAGUGUCAUGAGCUACACUUGUUUUUGCCAACAUCACACCAUGACAAAUGUACCUUAUUAAGCUGCCCAGUACAUUGUUUGAAAUCACUGAGGAUGAAAUGUACGUUGUCAAGUGGUUCUCUACAAUAUUUGAAAUCACUGAGGAUAAAAAGUACUUGCAAACAACUCCUUUUUCUGAAUCUGCUCCCUGCCAAGCCUCACACAGAAGAUUCUUAUAAGAUUACUUUUAUAUAAAAUAGAAGAAAGUAACCCCAAAUGGUUUCUAAUAAACUAUAACAGGUGUAUGUAAAGUAUGUGUGCAGCAGUGUGUGUUCUUUUUAGAGUGUGGGUUGUAAUGUAGUAGUGUGUAGGGUGUAGCAUGUGUGUGUUUGUGUGUGUGUAACAUGUGUAGUCAUUUGUGUAGCUGUGUGUGUAUUUGUAUAAGAGAGUGGGUAGUAUAUGUAUGUGUACAAGUGUAUGUAGUAAUGUGCGGGUAGUAAUGAGGUUGCCAUCCCGCCCCAAUGUCAGUGUGGCCAGGGUUGCAUUUGCAUGUCAGGUGCCUAUAGGCACAAAAGUGUAAGGUGCACCCUGCUCCUUAACCCAAAAAAAGUCAGAUAAAGCUAGUAUAAUUAAUUUAUUAACUAGACAUACUUCCAAAAUGAUAACAUACAGGUACAUAAUUUCUAAUUAGUGGGGUAAUAGCUGCUUGAUCCAAGGAGAUAUCUGACUCCCAUUUUGGGGUCAAGAAGGAAUUUUCUCCUGGUUUGUUGCAAAAUUGGAAGCGCUGCAAACUUUUUUUUUUUUACUUCUUUUGGAUCAACAGCAAAAACAUAUGUGAGGAAGGCUGAACUUGGACACAAGUCACUGUUAAGCAAUGUAACAUUACAAGCCUAAAAACAUAAAAAAAAAAAAAAAAUUCAAGCUAUUUCAAUUGCUUUUGUUUGAUUUGCUUAUUGCAAACAGCUCAAAGUCUGAACAUUUUGACAAUAAACCUGAUUUCCAAUGUGGGUUGAAUAAUUUUGAUUAUAUGUAUGUGUAUGUGUAUAUAUAUAUAUAUAUAUACAUAUAUAUAUAUAUAUAUAAUUAUAUUUGUUAUAUUUGAUUAUAGCUAUAUGUAUAUAAAAUCCAAACAGUCCUGCACUCCUACUUACAACUGCUUUAAUCCGGUGCUUGAUAGCACAAAAUAGCAUAUAAUCGAAAAGGAAGGAAUCAGCACUCCAGGGGUUUCCAAAAUCCAUCAUAACUUUAACUUUCAUCAGGACAAACCAGAGUGACCAGGGCCGGCCUUAGGCCUUUGGGCGCCCUGUGCGAAAAAUCUUCACAGAGCCCACACCACUUCCUGUCCCCCCCUUCCCACACAUAUGCAGACAGCCACACGCACACACAGACAUAGAAACAUAGAAUGCGACGGCAGAUAAGAACCAUUCGGCCCAUCUAGUCUGCCCAGACAGUCACACACACACAGACAGACAGCCACACACAAACACACAGACAGCCACACAACCACACACAAACACAGAGGCAGACAGCCACACACAAACACACAUGCAGACAGCCACACACACAGGCAGACAUAGAAACAUAGAAUGUGACGGCAGAUAAGAACCAUUCGGCCCAUCUAGUCUGCCAAGACAGUCACACACACAGACACAGUCACACAUAGACAGUCACACACACAGGCAGACAAUCACACAUAGUUACCUCUGUUCCUUGUGGAGGCAGACAGGCAGCGCAGCUCCUGGAUUCUGAUGUUGGGGGAAGCAGGGACUCCUUCCUGCUUCCCCUGCACUUUUAGCCCCACCCCCACCGCAAUUUUUUUUUUAUCCUGGCCAGCCAUAUGUGAGCUUAGUCGGCCGCACGGCGCCCCCUGCUCCAUAGCGCCGUGUGCGGCCGCACAGCUCGCCUAAACCUAAGGCCGGCCCUGACAGUGACCACCCACCAUCUCCAUAUAGGACCCCCAAUUAGUCACCACUUUCCUGUGUGUGGGGCUGGCGUCCCUCCGUACCGGGGAAGUGUGUCUCAUCUGUCUCCAUCAAUCAGCUGAUUAACAGUUACGCGUGUCUAUGCACCUGCUCCCGACUACCUGUCUAACGUUACCUUGGUUACCAGAACACGAGCAGCUGAUACCACACGUAAAUGGGGCAAAGAUCUAUAUUUCACCCUGUAACGUUCCAAAAUCCCAUAAAACCUGUAAUUGGGUGGGAAUGUUGUACUCCUGAGACAUUGCUGAAUACAAAUAUGUGUAUUUUAUUAUAAUAAAAGCUAACAGGAUUAUGACAAUCACAGUUAAAAUGCCAUGCAGAACUUUGAAAAUAAAAUUUCUUAAGUUCUGACAUUUUCUAGAUUUUAUUCAUAUUCAGUUUUGUUUCAUUUAUAAAUGUUUGAUGUGAAAUAAAAUCUUAUAUCUCCUGAACAAAAUUAUAUAUAUAUAAUAAGUGUGGGUGCACUUAAUAUGAAAGAGGUAAAUUAUGGUUAAACAAACAUAGCUAAAAUUCUAGGUAUUUUUAGUUUUGUUUUUUUUCAGAAGUAGUACAAUUGCCUUCUUCCUUAAGGGGUUAAGAAGGUUUAUUGAAUUUUAAAAAAUACCAACCGGGGGGUGGAGCCAGCAGCCGCACGGGACAGAUGCAGAAGAGUAGAGCUCCGUGCAAAGCCCGCAGUAAAUGGGUAAUAGGGACAGUUUUGCCUGGUCACACACACCAAUUCCCCUACACACCAACCUUGCUGAAGCUGAUGGGGAAACACUGGGCAGAUCCGAGCCCUGUGUCCCGCGAUAUCGGAACGUUCCUGCGGCAAUCUGCUAGGCCUCCGUGUCGGAGUCCUUGGAUGGGGAGAGCCUCCCUGAACAGCUUUCAGAGUUCGAGAGAGCACCCAAAGCGGCCCAAGGGUCCCAGGGGACUUGAGAUACAGCCCCUUCCACCACAGCCGACAUAAUAGCCCUACUCCAAGAAAUAAGGGCAAUGUUUCAAGCUGAUGUGGCAGUGGUCAGGGAGGAGGUGGCCACACUUGCCACCAGGAUUGCUAGCACAGAAGCUGAUAUGGGGAAUGUGAAGAUGCACACGGUCCAGAAGAGCAACGCGGCUAUACUAAAUCGUUUGGCUAUCCUGGAGGACAAGACAAGGGCACGAAAUGUGAGACUCAGGGGAAGAACUGCCUCAUUAUCUCAGGUGGCUCCUGACAACACUUCUAUCACCAAAACAGCUGAAACAAGUAGCAAUAGACUAUUAUUUUCGCCUGCCUAAAGCUCCUCCAGAGGCGCCCAAAGAUGCGCUGAUAAAAUUUGUCCGGGACUCUGACAGGGGGAUCAUUAUGGGAGCAACCAGGAAGACACCUGCUGUUGAUUUCGAGGGCCACCAUCCUUUGGAGACAAUCACUUCGCUCAAUCACCCAGGUACUCCGAGACCACAAGGUACCCUACAAAUGGGGGAUGCACAGGCUCCUGGUGGAGAAGGGCAGCAAGACCCACUCCCUCACUCACCUCUCAGAGGCUUCUGCUUUACUCGGCGAGCUCGGAAUGCCAAACGGAACCCUGUCAGCAACACCCCGACCGAGAUGGUUGGUUGACCGGAUAACUCCAUUUGGACCAAGAGCAACGGUGUCACCACCUUGCAACGCACCGACCUGAAUAGUCUCCUUGAAAUGGACUAACCCAAACUGCACUCAUCCUUUUUCCUCUAAUGCAAGAGUUUAAUGACUUGGGCUACUCCCAACGGUUUAUAUUUCAGUUACAAUUACCUCUCCAUUUAAUUAAUGAUGUUUCAUUUGUUUAACUUGAUUAUCUAAUUUUCUGGUUCCACAAGCUGACAUAGAAUCGGACAGCUACAACAACCUUCCUCCCACAACCAGCUGACAGACAGGUGCCUCCCCAUAUGUGUAAAAACUUGGCUAGCUACGUAACAACCAUUACUAACAACACAGCCAACCUCACUAGACACAGCUGACCGCCAUAGUGGCGAAUAAACCUGAUGACAUCCUUACCACUUAGUAUCGAGUGUGACAGUCCCUGUUUCCAAAGGCCAAAUGGAGACCCUUCAGCUCACAUACACUCACGAUACGCUAGCUGACGGACUCAGUAUUAUGCUCUAGCAGUGUUUAGUUUGUUAAAAAAAAUACAAAACAGUGCUGUAUACCAUUGCCAUGCUCCUUUUCUCUUUUUGUGAAAUACCUCUUGAGACCACAGACAUGACGGUCACUAUGUACAACUAAUGAAGUACAACCAAAAUAAAGAAUUAAAAAAAAAAAAAAAAAACAACCUAUGUUGAAUGUUUGAACUCCUACUUAAAAGAGACUUUUAAUUAAGUCCAAGUGUGUAUAAUAACUGUUUUGCAAUCACUGUAAUUAAUUUAGUUAAUUGUGAUAUAUAGAUCUAUAUCUCUCUAUAUAUCUAUAUAUAUAUCUAUCUCUAUAUAUCUAUAUAGUAUUAUUGCAAAAUAAAGACCUGUUUUAGGUCUAAACUGUAUUUGUUACACUGAUCUUCAUUAAAUCCUCCAUUCACUAUCCUUGAGUGCCUAUAUUAAGUGGGAUUAUGGACAGUACUGUCUCAAAGGGCAACCCAAGACCAACCACUACAUCUAUAUACGUUUUUUUGAAGAUGAAAAACUUGAAAAGUGAUUAUUUGCUUUGGGAACUGUGAACUGCUUUUCAUUAUCCUUGCUCUGCAGGAAUGUAGACAUCUGUUAAAAGAAUCAAUGAUGCCUUUCACAAUAAUUUUAGACAAAAACAAUUUGUCCUACAUACGUUAUAUAAAACUUUGGCAUUUAGACAAGCUAGGCGGUCUCUAUUUCUUUCUAGGUACAUUUAUGUUAUCACUUAUCUUCUUGGUUCCUGGAAUAUAGAGCCAGAUGCAAGUCUAAACCAAGAUUCCAAAACACAUAAAUAACUACCAUCAUACUGUGAUAUCCUCUAUACUUCUUGAAUGCAUUUAAGCCAGUCAAGCACAAACUCGUGCAAAAAACACCCAGGAAAUUUUUUUUUAUUCUUUCUACUGAUAUUAAUAAACAUUUCGGGUUAUUAAUUACCAUAACACAGCUAGAUAUCUUAUAGACUGUAACUGCCCUCUCUAACAAGUUUUGGUGACCAUCUCUUCACAAAGAAGUUAAACAAUACUUUCACACCUCCAAUACAUGUGUGCAAACAGAAAUGUCAACAAUUCACCUGUAGCCCUUUCUUUACAAACCAUGGACAUGUUUUAAUGGAUUUUAUGUUAGUGUUGCCAUCAUUUAUAGCGAAUACUGGAAAUUGUUAUGAUCAUAGAUAGAAAACGAUCAUAUCGGAAACCAUUCUUUUGCAUACUUUAUCUUUUUUGAAUUAAGAAUUUUUUUGUGAGUGAAAUAUUCAUUGGUUGCAUUGGAAUUUUCAUAUUAUGAUGGAUCUGAUGAACUGGCUAAUCAAGCUUUGGAGCAAAAUGUAUGCUAUUUUGUCCAGUAGUGCAAUAUGUUUUUCUUGGUUGAAUUUGUCCAAAUCUAUGGUAAUUAAACUUUUGGGCCAAGUCGGUUCUGUAUUUAUUUAUUUUUGUCGAUGAAAAUAUUUAUUGAGGCAUAAAGCUUAGAUACAUAACAGUACAGUAGUAAUAAAAAUAUAUGCAGACAUGCAAUGAGGAGGUAAGAUUCACAAUAUGAGUCGGGAGCAAAGCUAUGUUAACACAAAGAAUUUGACGCAUCUAGAAAUACUAGGAAACAAAAACAAAUAGCAUGUAGCUUUCGAUGUGUAAUAACGGUUUCUAAGGCCAUCCUAUAAAAUUGGCCUUUCAUAUAUAGACCAUAGAAUAUGAUUGGAGAAAGCAGGAAGAGAAAAUCAGCGCUAAAUUGCCACAAAAGAAUAUAAUAAAAAGGCUGCACUCCUCAAAGGGGAAAACAGACAAUAAAAUAAGGGUGCGCCUAAAAUAUAUAAUAAAACAUAAAAUAUAUUAAAAUAUUAAAAUAAUAAUAUUGUUAAAAUAUUAAAAUAAAAUAAGUGAUUAGCAAUAGUCCAAAAAAUUUAUCAAAAUCUGUAAUGGUAGGUCCCACGUGUGGAAAGGGAAUUCUUAGGAUGUAAAAUGGGAUCAAGUCUUCACGGUUAUAUGCUUGAAAUUCAGUGGAGCAUAUGUAGAGAAAGGAAAGAUAAAAACAGGACUCCAAUGGCACAGUAUAUAGAUAUAUAAAAUAAUAAAAUUGGUCUUACUCACACUUUUCAGAGCUAAAAUCCAGCUCUGAUAUUGCGCACGUGAAGUGGAAUAAUCCCCACUCAAGGAUAUGCGGAGUAAAAUUUGAUUGGCGAAUAUCUGGCACAAGUUCGGCGUCCAAAUUGGUGUUGUUAGACCCAGAAGAAGAGGAUAAAAUAUAUAGUGCUUUCUGUAUUAUAAUUAAAAGUAUAAAAGAGUAUAAAAUAUACUACUCACAUUAUUUAGAGCAGGCUUGUACUGCUCAGUGUAAGCGCUUGGGUGGUAUAAUCCCCACCUGUGGAUUCUUUGAGCUUCUUAUAGAAUAUACAAUAUAUGUAUAGUCAGGUGAAAAGAAAGAAAAUGGCAAUAAAGUAUUUUAUGCCAAAAUAAUUUCUUUAUUAUAAAGUAGUAAAAUCAAUAUCUAAACGCAUUUCGCCUCAAGGGCUUCUUCAAGUAGAUAAUAAUAAAAAGGGGGGCAUACCUGACAUACAAGAGUUUAUAUAGGGUAUAAUAGAAUUUUGAAAUUCCUGCCAAAAUGACGUCAUCAAAACCAUCUUAAUUUAGUACAAUUAAAAACAGUGAUUUUCACGUAGAUUUAUAUAAAUACAAUUAACAUGAGGUAGAUACAAUGGUUAAAAAUGUAAAACGAAGGUUGUAAAUGUAUAAAAUAUCUUUUAAAAGAGUGAUCACGUGACGCGCGAUUAGAAACACUUCCGCGUCACGUGAUGCUCGGUGGAACGCAUGCGUUCCGUUUGUGGGCUGUCCCAACAGACCGGGGAACAGAAGAAGCAGAGAUAAGGCUGUCUGCCUGCAAGAGCAGGCAGACAGCCACAGCAGCAGCAUUUGAGACUUGCUGUCUGCCUGCACAAGCAGGCAGACAGCUGUCCCAACCCUGCACAAGUUCAAACACUGUGAGAGAUACUUAGAAUCUGUCUUAACAUUGCACCCAUCAUAACAGUGUGAGAGAUACAUAAAAAGGGGGAAACUAAGACAAAUAACAUAAAAAACAGCUAGUUUUGUAAACUUAUGGUAAAUAGAAUAAUAUAACCAUUAAAUGCUGAAGAUAAUAAUAUAAGAUGCAUCUAAAAAAUAAUAUUGUAUAUAUACAAGCACUUUACAAUAUAUUAAAAUAGCAAUAAAAAGUAAUAAAAAUAUAAAGAUAAAUAAUGUGAGUAGUAUAUUUUAUACUCUUUUAUACUUUUAAUUAUAAUACAGAGAGCACUAUAUAUUUUAUCCUCUUCUUCUGGGUCUAACAAAACCAAUUUGGACGCCGAACUUGUGCCAGAUAUUCGCCAAUCAAAUUUUACUCCGCAUAUCCUUGAGUGGAGAUUAUUCCACUUCACGUGCGCAAUAUCAGAGCUGGAUUUUAGCUCUGGAAAGUGUGAGUAAGACCAAGUGUAUUAUUUUAUAUUUUAUUCAUCUCUAUACUGUGCCAUUGGAGUCCUGUUUUUAUCUUUCUCCUUUCUCUACAUAUGCUCCACUGAAUUUCAAGAAUAUAACCGUGAAGACUUGAUCCCAUUUUACAUCCCAAGAAUUCCCUUUCCACACGUGGGACCUACCAUUACGGAUUUUGAUAAGUUUUUUGGACUAUUGCUAAUCACUUAUUUUAUUUUAAUAUUUAAAAAAUAUUAUUAUUUUAAUAUUUUAAUAUAUUUUAUAAGUUUUAUUAUAUAUUUUAGGCGCACCCUUAUUUUAUUGUCUGUUUUGUGUUCCUUCUUACCACUAAGGGAUUAGACGGGAUUCCCCUUUGAGGAGUGCAGCCUUUUUAUUAUCUUCUUUUGUGGCAAUUUAGCGCUGAUUUUCUCUUCCUGCUUUCUCCAGUUUUCUCUUUAAAACCCCUAUAAAUUAGCUGCUAUACUCUAAGACCACAUUUUUCUUAAAAAUAAUGUCUAUCUUUGAUUUUAGAAAUAAUUUCAUUAUAGAUAUUAAUCAUGCUUUUAACACAGAAGAAAACCUCCCUACAUACACAAGAAUUGAUAAUUAUAAUCAAAAAGAGCUCUUUGUUAAACUAGAAAAAGCACUCACAAUGGAAAUUAAAUUAAAAUGGGAAUUAGCCACCUUAAAGAAAUAUCUAGAAGAAAGAAUAACCCCUAGAGGGUUAAGACUUUUUAAAGAACCUACAUCAGAUAGAGAUGACGAAGAAUUUAUGAGAGACUGGUAUAAUAAGUUAGAAGUAUGCACUUUUGGUCUUAUGGAUACAUUAAUCAUUAAAAAAACUAAAAAACUCUCAACGCUUGAAAUGGAGAUAAAUGAUCUAAAAGAAAAGAUGUCGAUAUUUACAGAGACACAAGUUUUUAAACAAAAUUCUAUUCUUAUCCAGAACAAAAUAGAAAAAGUGGAAAUGGAUACUAAACAUAUUAAGGUAAAAAAAUAUAUCCGUGACAAACAAGAUUAUUCUAACAAUCAGGUCCGUUCUUACCAUAAAAUAAAUAUUUCAGACAAUACCACUUAUCCAUCCUCUAACACCUAUCAAAACGAUCACAUACCCAAAACACACCAUAACCAUCUACUUAGAAGAGAACCACAAUAUCAACCUCAUCCUCCUGUGAGGAAACAAUCCUUCACUUCAUCACGAAAUUAUCACUCCAACCGGUCCCACACUACCCAUAAAUAUCAACACUAUCAAACUCAACCUAGGCACUUACAUUUAUCCCAUCAAUAUCACAAUUCACUCCCAUCGAUACAGAAACCCACCAAUCACACCAGCAACACCAAUCAUUCUCCUGGUAUGUACCAAAAUGAGAAAGGUAUAACACCCAAAAUCCAAAGAUCAAGAUAUGCACAAAGACACUUUGAAGGUAAAUGAUCUCCUCCGAACUAUGUCCACAAUAAUAGAUAUCAACUGUUAUCUGUAGAUUCCGAAACAGAUAAUAAUGAUUAUUUUUUUAGAGCUUGGACACAAAACAACGCACAUGCAUUAACGCCACACCCUAUAAAAACCAGAAAGCGAAGUCUGAAUUUAGAGGAAGGAGAAGUGGUAGAAGAAUCCAAAGGAGAAAGGUUAGAAAGACAAUAAAUCAGACAAAUGAUAAAGAUCUUGGUAUUUUUAACUUAUCCCAAAAGGCAUUAACAUCUACCCAAAUAUCAGUCCUAACUAAAGGUCUCAAAUUUGCUCCUACAAAUCCUUUUAAAGCUUUUAUAGAUAUUAACAAAUUUGUCAGAAAAGCCACUCUUAAAAGAGUUUUUGCUUGUAAGAAUGCAGAAAUUUCUACCUCACAACCCCUAGCUACCUCACCAUCAGAAUCACCUAGAAUCAUCUCUACCCCGUUAAAGAAAAAUUCGACUUUCUUUCCUUGUAGCUUCAAAUCAGGCCCCUUAGAAGUCUUUGAAAAACUAGUUACAAAAGAUCUAGAAAAAAAUUCAUUAAAAAAAAUCUGAUCAAGACAAUCUUACACAUCUAGAGCGGAAAGCAUUGCAACAAUUACAAAAAGACGGCAAUAUUAUCAUAAAACCUGCAGACAAGGGGGGGAGGUAUACAGGGAAAUAUUAGGCAAAUGAGUAUUUUGACCACAUCAUCCUCUUUAUGCAUGUUGUCUUACUCCAAGCUGUAUAGGCUCGAAAGCCUACUACCAAUUAAGCAUAUUAGGUGAUGUGCAUCUCUGUAAUGAGAAAGGGUGUGGUCUAAUGACAUCAACACCCUAUAUCAGGUGUGCAUAAUUAUUAGGCAACUUCCUUUCCUUUGGCAAAAUGGGUCAAAAGAAGGACUUGACAGGCUCAGAAAAGUCAAAAAUAGUGAGAUAUCUUGCAGAGGGAUGCAGCACUCUUAAAAUUGCAAAGCUUCUGAAGCGUGAUCAUCGAACAAUCAAGCGUUUCAUUCAAAAUAGUCAACAGGGUCGCAAGAAGCGUGUGGAAAAACCAAGGCGCAAAAUAACUGCCCAUGAACUGAGAAAAGUCAAGCGUGCAGCUGCCACGAUGCCACUUGCCACCAGUUUGGCCAUAUUUCAGAGCUGCAACAUCACUGGAGUGCCCAAAAGCACAAGGUGUGCAAUACUCAGAGACAUGGCCAAGGUAAGAAAGGCUGAAAGACGACCACCACUGAACAAGACACACAAGCUGAAACGUCAAGACUGGGCCAAGAAAUAUCUCAAGACUGAUUUUUCUAAGGUUUUAUGGACUGAUGAAAUGAGAGUGAGUCUUGAUGGGCCAGAUGGAUGGGCCCGUGGCUGGAUUGGUAAAGGGCAGAGAGCUCCAGUCCGACUCAGACGCCAGCCAGGUGGAGGUGGAGUACUGGUUUGGGCUGGUAUCAUCAAAGAUGAGCUUGUGGGGCCUUUUCGGGUUGAGGAUGGAGUCAAGCUCAACUCCCAGUCCUACUGCCAGUUCCUGGAAGACACCUUCUUCAAGCAGUGGUACAGGAAGAAGUCUGCAUCCUUCAAGAAAAACAUGAUUUUCAUGCAGGACAAUGCUCCAUCACACGCGUCCAAGUACUCCACAGCGUGGCUGGCAAGAAAGGGUAUAAAAGAAGAAAAUCUAAUGACAUGGCCUCCUUGUUCACCUGAUCUGAACCCCAUUGAGAACCUGUGGUCCAUCAUCAAAUGUGAGAUUUACAAGGAGGGAAAACAGUACACCUCUCUGAACAGUGUCUGGGAGGCUGUGGUUGCUGCUGCACGCAAUGUUGAUGGUGAACAGAUCAAAACACUGACAGAAUCCAUGGAUGGCAGGCUUUUGAGUGUCCUUGCAAAGAAAGGUGGCUAUAUUGGUCACUGAUUUGUUUUUGUUUUGUUUUUGAAUGUCAGAAAUGUAUAUUUGUGAAUGUUGAGAUGUUAUAUUGGUUUCACUGGUAAUAAUAAAUAAUUGAAAUGGGUAUAUAUUUGUUUUUUGUUAAGUUGCCUAAUAAUUAUGCACAGUAAUAGUCACCUGCACACACAGAUAUCCCCUAACAUAGCUAUAACUAAAAACAAACUAAAAACUACUUCCAAAAAUAUUCAGCUUUGAUAUUAAUGAGUUUUUUGGGUUCAUUGAGAACAUGGUUGUUGUUCAAUAAUAAAAUUAUCCUCAAAAAUACAACUUGCCUAAUAAUUCUGCACUCCCUGUAGUUAUCUUAACUAAAGAUAUGUAUAUAAAAGAAGCCAUGAGACAAUUAAAUGACCCCAUUGUCUAUGAAAAAUUAAUACAAGAUCCCACAUCUAAAAUCCAACAAAUUUUUACUUCCUUUUUAAUCAAUAGUCGUGAACAGAACAUUUUAAACAAACAGGAAUUUGAAUACUUAAAUGUGUCCCACCCCAUUAUCCCUGUUAUCUACUUUUUACCGAAAAUCCAUAGACAUUUCUAACCCUCCAGGUAGGCCUAUUGUAUCAGGGAUCAGCUCUAUUUUAUCCAAUUUAUCUGAGUACCUGGACAUUCUUUUACAGCCUUCAGUGAAGCGUAUGAAGUCAUACCUAAAAGACUCUAUGACCUUACUUCGUUUUUUAAAUAAUUUUAAAUGGAAAAAUAUAUAUGUUUUAGUGACCUGUGAUGUACAAUCUUUAUAUACCAUCAUCCCUCACGAUAAAGGCUGUUUAGCAGUUGAAAAAAUGUUAAAAGCCGAAAAGAAUAUUCCAGACCAACAAGUAGAUUUUAUUAUCCAGGGUAUCAAAAUUAUUUUAAAUAACAACUACUUUUGGUUUUUAGACUCUUUUUAUUUACAAAAACAGGGCACUGCUAUGAGGACCAGGUUUGCCCCUAGCUACGCCAACCUUUUAAUGGCAGAUUGGGAAUCCACUGCCAUUCUGGGAGGGCAUGGCUGGCAGGCAAACCUGGUCACAUAUUUUAGAUACAUAGAUGAUUUGUUUUUUAUCUGGGAUGGCCCAGAAGACUCUCUCAAUCAGUUUUUACAGUUUUUAAAUUAUAAUGACAAAGGUAUUGUUUUAACCUGGGAUUAUAGUAAAUCCUCUAUCCACUUUUUAUACCUAGAAAUUGUUAUUAAGUAUGUACCAACAACGUUAUUGAUGUGUCCAGUUGCCAUCAUAAACCAUGGCUUCAAGGAAUACCCAAGAGCCAGUUCCUCCGUUUACAUAGAAACUGCUCCCUCACACAAGAUUUUGAGGAACAGUCUCAAUUACUGUCCAACAAAUUCCCCCCCAAAAAUUACCCCAGAAAUAAUUUAGACCAGACGCUAAAAAACAUCAGUGAAACUAACAGAUCCAAAUUAUUAGAAUAUAAGACAAACAAAGAAGCUAAAACCGCUCCAGUAUUGCCAAUUAUUUUCGACUUCAAUAACAAAAGUAAUGUUAUGAAGAAGAUUAUAAAGAAACAUUGGCAUAUAUUAAAACAGGAUGAGACUUUGGCUGGAAUUAUCCCUGAGAAACCACAAGUUAUAUUUAGAGGGGCACCCAGCUUUAAGUCUAUCCUCACAAGUAAUUACACUAAAUAUAAACAUAGCACUUUACCCCCUAGCCCCUCCACCUUCUUAACUAAACCUAGCGGUUUCUUUAAAUGCAAUAGAUGCAUAGUUUGCAAACGUACUAGUGAUAUUAUCAAAUCUAAAACUACAUCGUUUAUAUCAACAAUUACCCAGAAAACAUAUCAAAUAAAACAUUUUAUUCACUUUAAUACGAGAAAUGUAAUCUCUCUUCUGGAAUGUCCAUGUGGGCUACAAUAUGUGGGUAUGACCACCAGAGACCUAAAAACGAGAUUAGCUGAACAUUGUAGAAAUAUUUUAAAAGGCUACGAGAAUCAUUCAGUCUCAAAACAUUUUCUACAACAUGGAAAGAAUCCAAAACACCUUAAAUGUAUCGGUAUAGACAUUUGUAAUGUCCCAUGGAGAGGUGGAGACAUUAAAAAAGUUUUAGGUAAAAAAGAAAUGGAAUGGGCAUAUAAUCUAAAAACCCUUGCCCCCACAGGUCUAAAUAUUGACUUUGAUCUUUUUAACUUUUUAUAACUAACAAUUUUUUAUAACAAACAAUUAAUCUCUGACUCUCUUCAUUUUAUCUUUAUAUUUUUAUUACUUUUUAUUGCUAUUUUAAUAUAUUGUAAAGUGCUUGUAUGUAUACAAUAUUAUUUUUUAGAUGCAUCUUAUAUUAUUAUCUUCAGCAUUUAAUGGUUAUAUUAUUCUAUUUACCAUAAGUUUACAAAACUAGCUGUUUUUUAUGUUAUUUGUCUUAGUUUCCCCCUUUUUAUGUAUCUCUCACACUGUUAUGAUGGGUGCAAUGUUAAGACAGAUUCUAAGUAUCUCUCACAGUGUUUGAACUUGUGCAGGGUUGGGACAGCUGUCUGCCUGCUUGUGCAGGCAGACAGCAAGCCUCAAGUGCUGCUGCUGUGGCUGUCUGCCUGCUCUUGCAGGCAGACAGCCUUAUCUCUGCUUCUUCUGUUCCCCGGUCUGUUGGGACAGCCCACCCCCCUCACAUCAUCUUUCGAUGACGCAUGCGUUCCACACAAACGGAACGCAUGCGUUCCACCGAGCAUCACGUGACGCGGAAGUGUUUCUAAUCGCGCGUCACGUGAACGCUCUUUUAAAAGAUAUUUUAUACAUUUACAACCUUCGUUUUACAUUUUUAACCAUUAUAUCUACCUCAUGUUAAUUGUAUUUAUAUAAAUCUAUGUGAAAAUCACUGUUUUUAAUUGUACUAAAUUAACCCCUUAAGGACUGGACUGUUUUUGCGAUGUUGUACAUUUGCGACCAGGCAUAUUUUUAUACUUUUGUGGUGUUUGUGUUUGGCUGUAAUUUUCCGCUCUCUCAUUUACUGUUACCAUACAAAUUAUAUAUUGUUUUUUUUCAGGACAAAAGGGGCUUUCUUUACAUACCAUUAUUUAUAUAAUCUCAUGUAUUUUAAUUUUAAAAAAAUAAAAAAAUAUGAUGAAAAAUUGAAAAAAAUACAUGUUUUUUUACUUUUACUUGAAAAAUCUUUUACUCAUCUACAAAAGCGAAUGAAAAAAACUGCUAAAUAGAUUAAAAAUUUUGUCCUGAGUUUAAAAAUACCCAGUGUUUACGUGCUUUUUCUGCUUUUUUUGCAUGUUAUAGGGCUAUAGGUACAAGUAGGAUAUUGAGGUUUCAAAACAUACAUUUUUAAAGUUUAUCAAUAGUGACAUUGUAACACUAUUAUCUGUCAUAAAUCUCUGAAUAACACCCCACAUGUACAUAUUUUUUUUAAACUAGACAACCCAGGGUAUUCAAUAUGGGGUAUGUCCAGUCUUUUUUAGUAGCCACUUAGUCGAAAACACUGGCCAAAGUAAGCAUUCAUAUUUGUUUGUGUGUGAAAAAAGUAAAAAAACUAAAUUGAAUGCUAAUUUUGGCCAGUGUUUGUGACCAAGUGGUUACUAAAAAAGACUGGACAUACCCCAUUUGCAAUACCUUGGGUUGUCUUCUUUUGCAAAUGGUAUGCCAUCAUGGGGGUAAUUCUCAUUCCUGGGCUACCAUACGCUCUCAAAGGCAACGUAACCAACCUGGCCAUUUUCAAUGUAAAAAUAUUUGACCCAUAUAUUUGACCUUGUAACUUUCAAAAAUGCUAUAAAACCUGUACAUGGGGGGUACUGUUUUACUCGGGAGACAUCGCUGAACACAAAUAUUAGUGUUUAAAAACUGGAAAACGUAUCACAAUAAUUAUAUCAUCAGUAAAAGUGCUGUUUGUGUGUGAAAAAUGCAAAAAAAGUAACUUUCACUGACAAUAUCAUCGCUGUGAUAUGUUUUACUGUUUUGAAUCACUAAUAUUUGUGUUCAGCGAAGUCUCCCGAGUAAAACAGUACCCCCCAUGUACAGGUUUUAGGGUGUCGUAGAACGUUACAGGGUAAAAUACAGUGCUAGCAAAUUAAAUUCUCUGGAAUUUCGGCCUGGGUUGGCAGGCAGGUCCCUCAAAUUGCAAUCAAUAAAAUUACUGAAUUAUGUAAAAAUAUUACAUAAAUACGCACGUAGAAUUUAAAUAUAUAUGCAUAUUUAUAUAUUUGAAGUCUAUGUGUAUAUUUAUAUAAUUAUUUAUGUAGUUUUGUAUAUGGACAUAUGUAUAUUUUGUAUUAUUUUUAUUUAUUUAUAUAUACAUAGAUAUAUAUACAAAUUCAUUCUAAGUGUAUUUUGAUAUAAAUAUAUAUAUAUUAAUUUUAAAAUACAGUUAGAAUAAAAUUUCAUAUAGAUAUAUAAUUUUUUAAAAUUUUUAUUAUUAUUUAAAAACUUUUUAAUUUAAUUUAAAUUACGUAUUAUUUAUAUUUUAUAAUAAUAUAUAUAGACAAUAUAUAUAGUUAUUAUAUAUAUAUUAUAUAUAUGUGUGUAAUUUAAUUAUAAGUGUAUUUUUAUAUUAAUAUAAGUACAUAUUAAUAUAAAAAUACACUUAGUAUGGCAUUAUAUAUAUAUGAUAUAUAGACAUAUAUUAUAUAAAUAUAAUAUAUGUCUUAUAUCAUAUAUACACAUAUAUAAUUUAUUUUUUAUUUUUUAUUAACACUAACUUUAUUUUAUUUUUUUGAUUUUACACUAGCAGUGAGACUGCCUGUCAGCACAGGCAGUCCCCCUGCAGGCAGACACAUGGACACCCAUUGUGACCAUGUGAUCGCUGUGUUAAGCGAUCACAUGGCCACAGGGGUCCUAAUUCAGUGUGGGGAGACUGUCUGGGCUGCAGGCAGUCUCCCCACAAUGGGAGCACCGCUGAUUGCCGCCAGGGGAACGACGGCGAUCAGGUAAGUAACUCAGACCGUUAGGACGGUUCAGGACCGUCAUCGGUUGGCAACGCAAAAAUGUCGGUCAUUAAGGGGUUAAGAUGGUUUUGAUGACGUCAUUUUGACGGGAAUUUCAAAAUUCAUAGUACUAUUAUACCCUAUAUAAACUCUUGUAUGUCAGGUGUGCCCCCCUUUUUAUUAUUAUCUACUUGAAGAAGCCCUUGAGGCGAAACGCGUUUAGAUAUUGUUUUUACUACUUUAUAAUAAAGAAAUUAUUUUGGCGUAAAAUACUUUAUUGCCAUUUUCUUUCUUUUCACCUGACUAUACAUAUAUUGUAUAUUCUAUAAGAAGCUCAAAGAAUCCACAGGUGGGGAUUAUACCACCCAAGCGCUUACACCGAGCAGUACAAGCUUGCUCUAAAUAAUGUGAGUAGUAUAUUUUAUACUCUUUUAUACUUUUAAUUAUAAUACAGAGAGCACUAUAUAUUUUAUCCUCUUUUUCUGGGUCUAACAACACCAAUUUGGACGCCGAACUUGUGCCAGAUAUUCGCCAAUCAAAUUUUACUUCGCAUAUCCUUGAGUGGGGAUUAUUCCACUUCACGUGCGCAAUAUCAGAGCUGGAUUUUAGCUCUGAAAAGUGUGAGUAAGACCAAUUUUAUUAUUUUAUAUUUUAUUCAUCUAUAUACUGUGCCAUUGGAGUCCUGUUUUUAUCUUUCCUUUCUCUACAUAUGCUCCACUGAAUUUCAAGCAUAUAACCGUGAAGACUUGAUCCCAUUUUACAUCCCUUUCCACACGUGAGACCUACCCUUACGGAUUUUGAUAAAUUUUUUGGACUAUUGCUAAUCACUUAUUUUAUUUUAAUAUUUGAAAAAUAUUAUUAUUUUAAUAUUUUAAUAUAUUUUAUAUGUUUUAUUAUAUAUUUUAGGCGCACCCUUAUUUUAUUGUCUGUUUUGUGCUCAUAGAAUAUAAUUAGUAAAACCAAACUUUAUUUCUUAAGUAGCAGCACACCUGUAAACCACUAUAUUUGAAAGUAACACUCCUACAUACAAGAAGAACCUCAGCCACCCGACUAAACCUUAAUGUGGCAGGCUCUCCAUGGGUGAAGAUUAAUUAUUUUUUAUUGCUGUGAAGUUUCUUUCUUUCUGGAUUUUUUGUGGUCAGGCCUUUUUAAAAUGUGAUUAGUGGUAUUGGUUCUUAUGAAUUUUAAUUUGGCCUAUUUUAGGGCUGAGGAACAGAAGAAUAAAAAGAAAUAAGACUUCUCAUGGUUUGAAUAUUUUUUAACAGGUUUUAGAUUUAUUGCCCCCCUCGCUAUUUUUAGGGUGAGAGGGUUACUGAUGGACUUUCAUUUCUUGUAGUUGUGGUGGCUAUGAGAUUGGGGACCCGUAGCCACCUGAGCUAUUAUUCAGAGGAUGGACAUUUUUAUAAUUAAAUAAGUUCCACACCCCAACCCCCAAGGGUGGGGGUGGGGGUUGGGGUGGACACUAGGAUCCCCCUUUAUUAUUAUUAUUAGUGCCCCACCUGUCACCCAUGGCCCCUGCUGCAUGGAGGUACAGUAUCUCCAUUGUAGUAAUAUGGGGGUCUUUUAUUGACCCCCAUAGGAUUUGUAUUUAUUAAAGGACCACUAUAGUGCCAGGAAAAUAAACUUGUUUUCCCUUCACUAUAGGGUUAUUAGCCCCCCCACCCUCAUGGCCCCCCCUCCUGCUUGGCUAAAGGGGUUAAAACACCUUCAGCCACUUACCUUUCUCCAGCGCCGGUAACCUCUCCUCCUCCUGGCGACGUCAGCACCGAAUGCGCAUGCGCAGCAAGAGCCGCACAUGCAUUCAAACUGCCCAUAGGAAAGCAUUAUCAAUGCUUUCCUAUGGACAUCAGCGUCUUCUCACUGUGAUUUUCACAGUGAGAAUCGCGAAAGCGGCCUCUAGUGGCUGUCAUGGAGGCUGGAUUUACCCUCAAUGUAAACAUAGCAGUUUCUCUGAACUUCUCUGAAACUUCUCUAAACAAAAAAAACUGUUUUCAGCUGCAGGGUAAAACUAGAGGGACCUGGCAUCCAGACCACUUUAUUGAGCUGAAGUGGUGUGGGUGCCUAUAUUGGUCCUUUAAUUAUUUUAAAAUGUUUAAAACAUUUUUAAUCUGGCAAGCACUGGCUAGCUACCACAUAAUUAACCCUCUCGCUGCUGAGGUUUUUUUACCUUGAAUCAUCAAUUCACUUUCAAAAAGCAAGUGAAUGAUGAUUUGAGAAUGUACAUCCUGCCAUAUGCAUUGAGGUAUCUUCGUUUGCCAAGCGACCGUUGAUAAAUCUAUAUUUCCUUUGCUUUAAUUUGGUUCUUAUAUUAGAGAUUUUUUAAACACUUCUGAACCAACUGAAUCCUGACUACAUUUAACUUUGAUAAAUCCCCAUAUAUGAUUCAGGCCUUGUGAGAGAAGUGGAAGUGAUGGGCGAUAAAGCCUUGCUAAAUUGAAGCAGUGCAGCAGAUAGACCUGCAAAAACCUUGAUAUGGCGAUACAGCUUAGGCAGGUCUGCGGCAUGGACAAUAUUCUCCCUGGCAUGGAAAAAGUGGACCCUUGCGUUGACAUCUCAUGCCGUAGCGGCAGGUAGAUGUUUAGGCCUCCUGAGCCUGUGUGCCCUAUACACAUGCAGCUGGUUAGAACAAAUUUCGGGCGGAUGUGUCUGGAACAUGUCCAGGAGCUAUGCUUAUAGGUCAGCAUUAGACACCGAUUUUGGAAUGUCUCUUAUGCAUAGAUUGUGCCUUCGAGAUCUAUCUUCGAUGUCAGCGAGUUUGAGCUUAUGAGCCUCCAAGAUGUUGUCGAGCUCUUGCAGUUUAUCUACUAAGCUAUUAUGAGCUCCUGCAAAAUCAUCCAUCUUCUGUUCAAUGUGCAAAGUGUGCAAACCAAUAUCUUUCAUUUCUUUCUGUAAAUCAGUAGCCAAGGUUUUUAGUUGUCUUUUUAUGUUAGUUUUAGUAGAGUCCAAGAAUUCUGAAAUCAUAGCCAAUAUCAUGGCUAUUGUCAAGGGCCAGUCAUCAGAUCGAGAGCAUGGAGAGGCUGGAGGUGAGAACGAGCUCUCUCUUGAUCGGGCGCCUCUGCCAUUUUGAUUAAGAGCGAGGUAUAAGCACACUUUUAAAGUGGAGGCUCUUAUUAGGAAAAGUGAAAGACCUGUUUAUGCUUGAGUUAGGUCAGUAUUGACAUAUAGUUCAAAUUAUCCCCUAAAUGCAUGCCAUUUGCAAAAGUAGACAUGGAGUAUGUCAUAUGGUAUAUUUUGAGCCUUAUUGUACAGCCAUGUUUGCACCAAUUUCUUUUAUAGUUUAAGGCAGGGUCGGCCUGUCCAUAGGAACAGGUGGGACCAUGACCCAGGUGGCACUUUAACUGUGCAGAGCCAACAUUUGCGAGCUGUGUGGGCGCCACUCAGUGGCCAUUGGCCACCUGAGCGCACCUUGGCAGGUGGGCGACAGUAUCCAAUGAUACUGCUCCCCCCCCCAGGAAAAGUGCAAUUUACUUUUAUUAAAUAUAUUGCUGGAUGCACAAUAUUUCCAAUAAAAAGUAUUCCUUGGUGAUCUAGUAGGCGAUAUCUGAUGCUAGGUACCUCCUCUUGAUCCACUCGAUAAUAAGCUCUCCCUCGCUCUCCGGCGCUCAGUGAUGACUCAGAGUGCAGCCGAGGAGAUUCCCAGCCUGCUCUGAGUCAUCACUGACCGCCAGAGCCGCAAGGAAGAGCUUAUUAUUGAGUGGAUCAACAAGCUCCAAGAGGAUUAGCUCGGGAUGCAGACACGAUGUGGCUGCCUGGUGUGUGCCAGUAAUCUGCCUUUUUACUAUGUGGGUUCUAGUGUACUGAGCUUGUGUGUAUGUGUGUCAGUGAGCAUGUGUGUAUGCAUGUCUGUGUGUAUGUCUGUCAGUGAGCAUGUGUGUAUGUAUGUGUGUGUGUAUGUGUCAGUGAGCUUGUGUGUAUGCGUGCAUGUAUGUCUGUGUAUGUGUGUCAGUGAGCUUGUGUGUAUGUGUCUGUAUGUGUGCAUGUAAGUCUGUGUAUGUGUGUCACUGAGCUUGUGUGUAUGUGUGUCAGUAAGCUUGUGUGUAUGUGUGUCAGUGAGAUUGUGUGUAGUAACCUUGUGUGUCAGUGAGCUUGUAUAUAGUGACCUUGUCUCUGUGUGUCGGAGCUUGUGUAUGUGUGUGUGUGUCAGUGAGCUUGUGUGUAGUGUCCCCGUGUCUGUGAGCUUGUGUGUAGUGACCUUGUGUCUGUGUGUGCAUGUGUCACUGAGAUUGUGUGUAGUAACCUUGUGUGCUAGUGAGCUUGUGUAUAGUAACCUUGUGUCUGUGUGUAUGUGUGUCACUGAGCUUGUGUGUAGAGACUUUGUGUGUAGCCUGUCCCCCAGACUGGCACAUUUCAUCCUUGGACCCAGGCAGCACAAUGUCUUCAAAUACAAAAAAAACAAGUCCUGCGCGUUUGAUGGCUAUAAGAUGGCUACAAGAUAAGGCCAGGGACUAAUGAGAGUAUCUAGAAAAUUGGGCAGACUAGAUGGGUUCUUACCUGCUGUCACAUUCUAUGUUUCUACGAAUUGGUAAGACAAAAAAAAUGUAUUCUGCCUUCAUUAUAGUUCUAGCGGGGACCUUAUUUUUAGUGGUGCACUGCUCGAAAAUGGUUUAAAAGCGGAUGGAGGGACAGAACCAGGGGAAUCCAUUCUCUAUAAUCAUUUCACUGUUAUAGCACCUACAAUGUCCCAUUUGGGUGUUUUGCCGUAAAUAUGUACACACAGUAUUGUUCCCUCUCAUAGCACAACUCCUGCUAGUGAAGGAGAGUGACUGAAAAUUGUGAUAUUGGACCUUAUAGCAAUGUCCUGAUUGUCAGAUAAAAAAUUUUGCUGAGACAUUCUGUGAAUUGGCAAUCAAAUAAACACAAAUCAUCGUGAAUCUGUAAUUGUGAUUUAGUUACUUGUAGAUCAGUUAAUUUUUUGAGUCUUUAGUUUGCUUAUUUUUUGCAUGUACAUUUUUAUUUGUAGAUAGCUGCAAACAUGAAUCUUAACGACAAACAAAGGAACCGCCAUUUUCUGGAGGAGAUGCUGCUUUUAACAUCGCGAAACCUACCUAUGAUUACAGUUAAGGAUAAUUACACAAUUGUCAAGGAACUGGGAAGUGGUUCUUAUGGACAUGUGCUUCUUGCAAUGAAUCAAGCUCAAGGUAAUUAAUAUGCUGUUUGUAUGAGUAUCAGCACAAAAUAUUUUUUUUCCCUGUUAUAAAAUGAGCAAAUAAUGGAUAAUGGGAAAGUAGAAAAAUAUGCUAUCCAGAAAAGAAUGAUGAUUAAAUUGAAAUUGAAUUGUCAAAUUCUAAGAGGGAUGACUAAGGUAAAGACAAAGUAAACAGUCGCUUUCACUCUUGACUAUUGGGGUAAACACAGUGUAAGGAAAUGAGUAGGCAGAGUCAGGAAGGAAGUAGAGGUCAGUUCAGAAUUUAUUGAGGAUUCAGAUAAAGGAAUAUCCAGGGAUCACAUAUAUUAGGGAAUAGUUCUAAAGAGCAAUGCAGAAGAUUGGUUGAUCUUUUCAUAUGAAACAUUUACACGUUUUAGCAGUAAUCCAAGAGAGUGAGUAUAAUGGUCCACUUCAGUUCUUCGCUAAACACAAGUAACAAGUAACAGUUCUUCGCUAAACACAAACGGUGCAUAUCCUGUGAAUACAGUUGCUGUUUAAAUAUCAUGUACAGACUCUAAUAAAAACCCCUUCUACAGUUAGAGAAGUCCACAUCCUUCUUGCUGUAAAAAUCCCUUUCCUUUGCCUUAGACUAAAACUAUUUUCUUCCAGUCUAAAUGUGGGACCUUAUGUCCUAUGUAUAAUUCUAUGCUCCAUGUAAACAAUGGAUUUCCAGACAAUGAUAUGUAUUGCAGAAAUAAACAAAAAAAAGUGCUAACUAUAAUAACAAGGACAGACAGCAGUGACCCAGGUAAGGAUUUCCAAACAUUUCCAAGAAAAAUAUGAGUGAGCAAAAAAAACAGGACCUAUUAGAAAUAAUUAUUUAGCAAUCUUUUUUUACUGUGCAUAGUGAAAUACUGUGGAAGAAUUCUUGGGUCAGAGAUGAUGCAAGGACACUCCAAACACAGGUCAUUGAAGAACAAAGGUUAUUUAUUAUUUUUGCAGCUGCAAAGUCUCAGUCAGACAAUAGUCUUGGAAUAACCGACUGAGCAAGCGUUUAAAAGAGAAUAUAUACCACAAAUAACAUAUUCCAUACGUAUACAUAGAAUACCAAAAUUACAACUACAUUACUAUAGUUACAUCCAAUUAUUAAAGGACCACUAUAGGCACCCAGACCACUUCAGCUCAAUUAAGUGGUCUGGGUGCCAGGUCCAUCUAGGGUUAACCCUGAAGCUGUAAACAUAGCAGUUUCACAGAAACUGCUAUGUUUACAAUAUGGUUAAUCCAGCCUCUAGUGGCUGUCUCAUUGACAGCCGCUAGAGGCGCUUCUCACUGUGAUUUUCAUAGUGAGAAGACGCCAGCGUCCAUAUGAAAGCAUUGAGAAAUGCUUUCCUAUGGACUGAUUGAAUGCGCGCGCGGCUCUUGCCACACAUGCGCAUUCAGUGGAAGAGGGAGGAGAGUCCCCAGCGCAGAGGGAGCCUGGCGCUGGAGAAAGGUAAGCGUUUAACCUCUUCCUCCCCCUAGAGCCUGGCGGGAGGGGGGGCCAUGAGGGUGGGGGGGACCUAUUAACACUAUAGUGCCAGGAAAAUUAGUUUGUUUUCCUGGCACUAUAGUGGUCCUUAAGCUUAUCUCUUACAUAUGUUAUCUAAUAGUGGGCAUUCCACACAUGCACCCUGGUUCAAGAGAGUUGCACAGUAGUUUUAACCAUGUGAGUACUGAACUUUACUUAAACAUCCUGUAGCUUCUACCACAAUACAUAUAUUUUUGCAAGUAUUCAUCCUGAGCGACCAUAGGUGCGACAGUUAAUCUAAGAUGUCCCUUCAGGCCACAAUAUAGGCAGGGCCCCUCCUUUCUCUUACACUAUAUCUCAGCCUCAGACAAUUUAGUGACCCCUAGAUGAAUCUAACACGAGUCCUCUCUUAGGCUCUUUCCCUUAGUCGAUUCGAUAAUCGAUAAGGUCUUCUAGAAGGACUGGAAGAUCUCUGGCUGCCACCUCAUCCAGGAUGUUAUCAUUAACCCCUUCCAUGAACGCAGAAGCCAAACCACUAUUGGCCCAAUCCACCUCAGAGGCAAGAGUGUGGAAACUAAUCGCAUAAUCCGCGAUGGAUAUUUAGCUGCACUCUUCUCUCUGCCAGGUGGAUCAAACACUUUACGGAAGGCUCUUACAAAAGGUCUUGUAAUCAUAAACCAAGUCCUUGUUUGCCUCCCAUAAAGGAUUAGCCCAUUCCAAGGCCUUGUCGGUUAACUGGUGCAUAAAGAACCCGACCUUGGACCUUUCAGUGGGAACGUUUCAAAAUGAAACUAUCUAGUUUAUGAACCCUUGACAGGUCUUGGGAUCGCCACUUUAUCUAAGAGGUGGUAACAGGCUGGUGGUCAUACUGUUCUGACCACAGGCACAGGCUGGUGGAGGGUUUUCAGGAGAGAGGUGGGCUGUCCUGGCUAACAAGGCCUGAAGGAAUUGAUCCAUUUCCACAAAUUUAGCCUUGCAAGGAUUCUGUGGAGCUCCCAUUCCUGCAGGGAUCCAUGGCCCUAUCAUAAUGUCACUGGAGUUGUACCCCAACAUGAAGGAAAGAAGAAACCCACAAAAUAUGGAAUCCGAAAGACGUAUUACAGAGCCUUAGACUGGCCGGACUUAACGUAUAAUACAACAAGAAACAGGGUCAAGAUAAAUCAAGGACAGGAAUAACAAAUACUUAGAGUCAAGACAAAGCCAGGUCAGGAUACCAGAAAUCACAAAGUCAAAUACGAAGCCGAGGUCAGAAUACCAGAAAUCACAAAGUCAAAUACGAAGCCGAGGUCAGGAUUCCAGAAGUCACAAGUCAAAUACGAAGACGAGGUCAGGAUUCCAGAAAGCACAAGUCAAAUACGAAGACGAGGUCAGGAUUCCAGAAAGCACAAGUCAAAUACGAUACAUGAGGAUCACAGUUCAAAUCCCCUUUUGGGCACUUCUGGGGCGACCACAUCUGGAUGUCACCAUGAGUACCGUGACAUAGUGUAAGAAAUUAUGACCCUCUUACAAGGAUAUUCUUUUAGGGAAUGUGUGACAAAUAAGACAUAAACACAAGUGUAUAAUAAAAUGUAUUGUAAAUAUUCAUUUAAGGAUACUGUUAGAUUUUAAAAGGAUAUACACAAUAUACAUUAUACAUUAUAUCCGGUACAUAAUCAAAAGCUACAUAAUAAAAGGGCAAUACUUAAACAUUUAAAUGCAGGUCUUCCCCUUGCGCCUUCAUCUUGGGUAAUCUGGGACAGCCUCUCUUAGUUCACCAUGGCCCUGCUUGCUGCGUUGUCCUCUCCAAAGAGAGAGAGAAAGAGGAGAGCCUUCCUUGGUUGUUGUCCUUUUAAAGACUGAUUCUUGGAGUAAUAAACUACAAGUCCCAGAAUCCCUUUUCCUUCCCAAAAGUGGUUUAUCCCGCCCUCUUUCUCCAGAGAGUUUUGUCUUUACACAAGUCUUUCCCUUUGAUCUCUUCCCUCCAGCCAUACUGUAACAUUGUGAAAGACCAGUUGAUUAGGUUUCUUGGUAGAUUGGACUGCUUGGGAAAACACACACUUUCAUGGUUACACCUAGAUGUCUAUUACUCUGAUCUCCUGAUAACAUGCAAGGAAUACUGGAGGGAUGUAAGCUUUUGUUUUAGCUGGGUGUUGUAAAAUGCAACUGAAAGCUUUGAUCCUUAUCACACUGUUAUCAAGGAAAUGACCCCCACUUGUGAAACCAGUCACAUACACAGAAAGUUAUAUACAAUAUUGCAGUUUGGAAUAUCAAUUUCUUACAGUCCCCACCUAGAGGGCGAAUGACUCAACAAGAAAAUGAGCCCUCUCAAAGAAAUACAGUAUUUGAAUUAUGUGUGUUUUAAAUGAUUAUGUGUUUUACUGAGACACAAAUGACUUGACAACCACAUAUAUUUAUAAUUUAGGGUACUGCAAUGCAUAAUUUAGCCAAAUCAUUGAGGCACUUACAGUUAUCAUUUUUCACCAUUAAUUUGAACUCCUUCAGCCAUAUUCGUAACCUUUCAUUACCCUCAUAGGCUCAGCAUCACUGCAACCAUUAGAUUUCACUCCCAUCACGCUCAGUUACCUGUGCCACCAGCACUGCUUCCACCACACUGUUCCUUUAACCCUGGCCUUGCUUACUUUGGGCAAAUAGGCCUCUGACCUCUGCCCACCAUGACACCUGGUGUAUUUUCACACCAACAGCAGUUAAUUUGCUGUUCACUUACAUAGUGUAUUAAAGAGACCACACAAGGGAGAAACAUAGUUUAUUGUUUGGAGUGGGGAUCUGAGUGAAGGUGUUUGUGCACGUUUGUAAAGGUGGAGUGGGUUUGUGUUUGAGCCCUUGAGGAUGUUUAAUAAGUUUUCGAUAGGCCCUUGGCUUCCGGAAAUUAAAAGAUUCUUAGCACAGAAAGUGCGCAGUGUUACAUUAUGCAAAUCACUAGUGGUUUAAUUAUCAUCCUUGUCUCAGUACUACCGUCUGGAUUCACAAGUGGUCAUCUAAAACAUUGUAAACACAAAUGUGAGCAAAAUGCAACCAAUAUUAAUGUAUACUAAGGGAUACGUCCUCAUAACAGUAUGAAAUAAUUUACUAUAACUUUACUAAAACCAUAAAUAUUUAACCCCUUGUGGAAAACCAAAUAGAGCAAAUAGAAAAUGCUAAAUCAUAUAUUGUCGCUCACCCCACCUUGACUCAAAAACAAUAUAAAAUAUACAAACUGGUCUAAUUUGUCUAUACGCUAUACCCCACCUUGAGAGUAUAAAUUAAAACAAAAACAAACAAAGAAUAACCAUUAUCAUUCUAUUGUUCACCCAACCUUGACCCAAGGAAAUGUAAAUAUAUGCAAUUAUCUGUUUUCCCUAUAUUCCCUUUAGAGUGUGAAAUACAAUAAAAAGCAUAAGAAAACAACAAAAUCAAAGAAGAUGGAGAGAGAAAAAAGUAGAUUGAAUGCUACCAUUACCUUCAGUCAUUGAACUGUAUACAAAGUUUGGCAGCGUGCAAUCUAAAGAAAACUGACAAUGGUCUGUUGCCUUUCAAAGAUUAAAAUCAAAAAUCGGCUUGAGGCUAUUUGUGUUGGUAACCAAAUGAAAAAAAGACAAAAACUAAAAUAUUUACUGUUGUAAACCAACAGACAGUUACACUAUCACAUCUCUCCAGUGUGAUCAACGUAUAAGCCUCACCUUGGCAACAAUUCAUCUAAUCUAGAAAUAUAUAAAAUUAGUAAUCCAGUAUCAAAAUACAAAAAUAAAACAUAGCUGGAAGUGCAGGUGUGCUAAACUAAUAAAAACAAAAAUAAUUUGGAAUUUGGACCACCUGACUGUAAUGAAUGAGUUUAGAGGCUUAUCCUUAAUAUGAAAUAAAAUAUCAUAAAACUACAUAUUAAGGUCCUCUAUAAACUGGAACUGUAUUUUUCCUGAAAUAAAUAAACAUGUUAAAUGGUUGGUCUUCUCACAGAUAUUUGUCUUCCUUCUCAAUUGGCAUCAUCUCCGUAGUUUUCUAAAAAACAAACUUCAAGAGAAAGUUAAUAACACACAACUAGAAUAGGUCAUUCAAGAAAAACUGUAUCUAUUAUCAGAUUCUUUGUGUUAACCAUAUCCUCUAAUCUACUUAAUUGUGCCUUGAGACAAUCCAGUUUUUCAAGGAACUCAUUACGUUCACAUGUAAGAGAAAGAUUUUCUGCCUUUAGUUGUGUAUUCUGUGCUUUAAGCACAUGGUAGGGAAUCCAAGGUCUUGUGAGGGAGAUACCAUUAUUAUCUUUUCUCUGGGAUCUCCACCUAGGCUGAUUAUCUUUAUUUCCCAGAGUCCAUCUAUCACACAUGGGCCUUUCAUGAUGAAUAUGCACAUCUGAUUUACAAAAUUUUUCAAUAUGUCCCAUCCUACCACACCUAAAACAUGUAAUGGAUUUUAUAUGUGGGGACUUUCUCUGAUUGAUAUAUCCGUGAGGUUGGGGACUUUGUAUCAAUGACACUUGUCUUUUAUUUACUUUUUCUUGAUUUAGUAAAAUUGCUUCAGCCCUUUUUAAGCAAUUCCGUAUAUUUACAAAGGUGUCCUGUGGGGACACAGUUAAACCAAUUAACUCUCGAAUAUCUGGCAGUGUCCUAUUAAGUAAUGCUUUCUUAUAUGCAUAUUCAUUCUGAUCAGCAUGUGCUCCAGGUGGAACAGUCAGUUUGAAUAAAACAAAUAACCUAUUUACAAACCCUUGAACAGACUCCCCUCUCUUCUGAGCACAAUUACCAAAAGCAAAAUGAUGAUUUACUUCCUCUAGACCAAGUGCGUUUAAUAACUCUUUGAUAAGCUGUUGCUUGGUUCUAGGUUCUAUAAAUAUCUCAUGUGGCAGACUUGCUCUUAGUGAAUGGUCUGUACUAGCAAUUAUAACAUCAAAAAUAUCCAAUUCAUUUAAGUUUCUGUGUAUUAUUUCAAAUUGAUCAAUUUUUAACAUUAUAUCUAUUGGAUCAUCAUCCAAGCUUAUACAUCCCAGUUCUUUGCUCAGUGCAAUAACCUCUGUAUGUUUUAAGGAAUGGGUCACAGUAGUUUUAUGUAGUACAUUUCCCUGUGCAUCCACCAUGUGCUCUGUAGAGACUGGUGCCAUUUUAGCAGGAAUACUGCACUCACAAUUACUAUAAUUAUUAUGAAACACCUCCAUUUUUGUUGUACACAAACCUCCACAAUUGGUUUUCAGCCCAUAUUUAGUAGCAGCAAAACCAUUUCUUUUUGUUAGUUUACAUUUUAAAUCAUCAAUUUCUUUAAGGCACACAGAAUGACCAGCCUACUUCUGGCUGCUGGAAGCAAAGAUUCUAAUAGCACCCUCUGCAUCCUUCAGCCUUUCUACAAGCUGCUCAUUACAACUGUGCAAUUCCUCAUUUUCAAGACUCAUUUGCUGACUACCUACACACAAAGCAGCAGCAUUUUGCGCAGACAGUUUAAAACCUUCCACUUCAUUCUUUAAACUCAAAAUGUCUGCCUCUAAUUUCUCUUUUUGCCUAUUUAAAGAUUUAUACUUCUCCGCAAUCCAACGGGCAGCAUAAAUCAAGGCAAUUUUACCACGAGAUUUGCACAAUUUCUUUUCAAUAAUUGCCCUGGCCACAUAAUCCUGAGCAUUAAGCCACGGAUCUAAUGCACCAUCCAUACAUUUAAUUAUUGCUUCUGGAUUAGACACCUUAGCAAUCUUUUUCAAUAAACUCUCCAUCAUUGACAGCGCACAAUUCACUGAAAUUUCUAUACACAAUAUCUGAACAGUAUCCAAAAGUAAAUAUACAAUCUAUACAAUUAUGAAUAUGCUCAUAAAUCACACUAAAUCCCUCCUACCUCGGCUCGCCAAUUUGUAAGAAAUUAUGACCCUCUUACAAGGAUAUUCUUUUAGGGAAUGUGUGACAAAUAAGACAUAAACACAAGUGUAUAAUAAAAUGUAUUGUAAAUAUUCAUUUAAGGAUACUGUUAGAUUUUAAAAGGAUAUACACAAUAUACAUUAUACAUUAUAUCCGGUACAUAAUCAAAAGCUACAUAAUAAAAGGGCAAUACUUAAACAUUUAAAUGCAGGUCUUCCCCUUGCGCCUUCAUCUUGGGUAAUCUGGGACAGCCUCUCUUAGUUCACCAUGGCCCUGCUUGCUGCGUUGUCCUCUCCAAAGAGAGAGAGAAAGAGGAGAGCCUUCCUUGGUUGUUGUCCUUUUAAAGACUGAUUCUUGGAGUAAUAAACUACAAGUCCCAGAAUCCCUUUUCCUUCCCAAAAGUGGUUUAUCCCGCCCUCUUUCUCCAGAGAGUUUUGUCUUUACACAAGUCUUUCCCUUUGAUCUCUUCCCUCCAGCCAUACUGUAACAUUGUGAAAGACCAGUUGAUUAGGUUUCUUGGUAGAUUGGACUGCUUGGGAAAACACACACUUUCAUGGUUACACCUAGAUGUCUAUUACUCUGAUCUCCUGAUAACAUGCAAGGAAUACUGGAGGGAUGUAAGCUUUUGUUUUAGCUGGGUGUUGUAAAAUGCAACUGAAAGCUUUGAUCCUUAUCACACUGUUAUCAAGGAAAUGACCCCCACUUGUGAAACCAGUCACAUACACAGAAAGUUAUAUACAAUAUUGCAGUUUGGAAUAUCAAUUUCUUACAAUAGGCCAUCCCCAACCUCUUCCAAUAAUCCAUCCACUCUGUCUGCAACAUGCCAGACCUGAGCACCCUGAAGACAUCUCUCCUUUUGACAUGAUCAGAGCAGCAGAUUACCAUAUCUGCUCUCUUAAUAUAUAAUAUAUAGUCCCCUACCACCACAACCUGUCUAGCCUUUAUCACGUUCUCAACCCCACCCAUACUUGAGAUAUUCUCUUGGUUGUUAGAAGGAACAGCUUUCUUCAGUACAGUUACUCCUGCCAACAUCUUCACUUAAAUCUGUUUGAGAACUAGAUAAACCUUUCCUCUUCCAUCCCCUCUGCUACCACGUGAAUAUCUUACCCAGUUGUUUUAUCUCCUCCUACUCCACUACCAGUCCCACUAAACUUUGCUCAAUGAGUAUUAAAGUUUAUUGACUGUCAUUACUUAGUUACAUUAUGUGAAACUAUAGCACAUUAGGUAACAGGAAAUUAUUUUGUAGUUGAUUAACAUAGGAUCUUCUCUACUAAACAAUGUAUGUCAAAUGUAUCCUUUCACAUAUCAAUCAUGAGUUUCAUGAUUUAUUAUUAUUAUAUGUGGUUAUUAGCAAUUUGUUUUUAUUAUUUAAGUUUGGUAUUUUUAGGGAAUGUGGUAUGUCUCUUUAAUUUUGCUUCUAUUCAUUUUUUUGUGAUUUUAAUUUUUACACUUUUUUGUUGUUUGUUCAUUUUAUUUCUUUGUGUUCUUCGUUUAAUAUGUUACUGUGUGGGGUCAUUAUGCCAUUUGAAAAUUGGUGUGUUAGACAUCUUAUGUUGUCACACUUUUUCCAUUUUGAUAAAUAUUGAUUACUUCGAUUAGCAUUGUAACACCCUUUUACAAGGGAGCAGUCUCCCUUGGCAACCUUUGGCACUCCAGAUGUUUAGGACUACAUCUCCCUUGAUGCUUUGCCAAUAUUAUGGUUGUAAGAGCAUUAUGGGAGAUGUAGUGUUUUAGUAUGAAACAUUAUAGUUGGUGUUGGUGUCUUCCUUUAUUUAUUCCUUUCUUAUACUGGAAUAAAUUAUCGUAUCUACCUUGGUCUUUUUUUUGCUUAAUUGCUUGUCAUAAAACUGUAGAGUUGUUGCAUAUGAGAAUUGUACCAAAUUAAGGAGCUAUCUACUAAACAGCAUUCUAUAGGGAAUAAUGGAUGCCCGAAUUUCGAAUGUUUCUGAAAUUAGCGGCUGAAUUUCUCUCGAAAUUGAUAAUUACCAAAUGUCAGUCAAACUGAAUUUCGGAAUUAACAAACGAAACAAAUCGAAAACAAACCAACUUUUCUCUCGUACACAUGUCUAAUAAUCUCCAAUCUUAAAUAGUAACAUCUGUAAAUGGCAUUCCCAUUCUGAUGUGUAAAUGUUUUGCCUUAUAUGUCUAAUGGCAUAGAUUUCUGAUUGAAAUAACUAUACCUAUUUUUUUUUCUGUUUUCCCUUUAGGAAACAUAAUGGCUCUGAAGUUUAUACGGAAAAGUACUACAGAUCUCCAGGUUUUCCUUAUUGAGUAUUGUGUUUCGCUUAGCUUGGCGGCUCACCCUUGCAUUAUUGGUACAUUUGGAAUUGCCUUUCAGACUGAUAGCCAUUAUGUUUUUGCCCAGGAACUGGCUGUAGACAACCUCUUCUCCCUAAUGAAACCUCAGGUGAGAUUAUUUAAUGUAACCGUAAUUUACAAUGUAUUUCCAUGUAUACAUUGUGUAAGUAGAACUGCCAAUUUUUUAGUUUGGCUAUUGUAAAUUUUAAUUUAAAAUUCACUUUGAAUUUGCACUUCAGUAAAUAAACCUGUAAAUUUUAUUAGAAUAAACUAGGAUAUAUAUAUAUAAUAUUAAAAAAUAAGCUUCCAUUUAGCCAGACAGUUAGCACUUACAGAUUAACCACUUGAAUUCCCAUAUAUUUUUAACUAUAUGUUCAGUUUUGUUAAAGAAUAAGAUGUGUGAUUAUUUUAAUGUGUACAUACAUAUUCUAUGAAAAAAAAGUUAUAUUCUCUCAUUUAUUUUCAUUUACAGUAAAGUGAAAUGUCUUUUCUGUGAAACCCCAAUAUAAUCAUAACACUCUGUGUGUUUCUUCUUCUGCUUAGGUUGGAGUACCUGAGAUAUUGGUCAAACGUUGUGCUAUACAACUUUCGAGUGCAUUGGAAUAUAUGCACAUGAAAGAACUAGUUCACCGUGAUAUAAAACCUGAAAAUGUUUUAAUUUUUGAUCAUGAGUGUCGACAAAUUAAACUGACAGACUUUGGGCUUUCUUGUACUAAAGGUACCUCUGUAGAAUCCAUGCCUGAGAAUUUGCCAUAUACAGCACCAGAAAUGUGUAUUUUGGGUACAUCAGAUAAACUGAUUGCACAAACAAGCUUAGAUAUUUGGGCCUUUGGAGUACUUAUUUUUUCCAUCCUAACUGGAUACUUUCCUUGGAACUCUGCUGUGACAUCAGAUAAAGAUUAUGUGGACUAUUCUAAAUGGCACAGAAGCAGUAGAAUAUUCCAGAUUCCAAAUCAGUGGAAGUUGUUCAGCACAGAAGCACUGGAAAUGUUAAAAAAGUUGAUUGCUCCAGAACCAGGAAAGAGAUGUUCUUCAAAAGAAGUGAUGAACUAUCUGAAAUCACCUUGGAAAGCAAUCCCUGAAAACAAAAACUUAAAUCCCAGAGGGAGAUUAAAUGAUUUAAGUUAUUUACAUGGCCAUCUGGAUAACAGGAAUAUGAAUAAGAACAGGGGGAAAUGA